GUCAACGAGCGGGGUCUCUGCUGCUGCUCGCGGACAAAACCACACGCAGCUGCUUUCAUUCUCCAGAGCUCGGCACCGCACGAACAGGAGGGGAGCUCGUGCUGCUUGUUGCGGGGAUAUCACCUCUGUUGGACUUGAUUCAGGACGCGAAUACUAAUCCAUCCAUCCUGAUCAUGUCCAUUUAGUUGAGAAAUCCAAGUGUCAUUCAGUCUAAAACAAACUUGCAGACCCUUUUUCCAGCAACUGGUUUUAAUGUGUUUUAUGUGUUUGCGUUCAACAGUGAGGUAGACUUAUGCAGGGAGACUGUCCAGGAGUAUCGGCGUGUGAUUUAUCCCGUGGAUGCGGCUGUCGGGGUCGGAGUCUGAGCCCUGCAGGAUCAGCCUGUCAUAGGGCAUCAUGAUUUUUGUGUUUCUCCAUAAGUGGAUGAGGAAUAUUUCUCCGGAGAUGCUGCUGCUGUUGGUCCAGAUACUGUGGCUAUUACCUCUGACCGGAGCGGCUCCCUCUCCGACUACAGAGCAGCUGGACACAGGGGUGGUAAGUUCUCUAUCUUUGUAACGUGAGGGUUGAACUUUGGCUGCUUUUUGGCCAUAUGAGACUGGGAAGUUUUCUCCACUGGAUGCCACCACUAAAAAAUAGCAGUAUGCCCCUCUUCAGUACAGCUGGUAGUUUCUACUUUAGGUCUGUCCUCUCCAUAUUUGAGCUGACUUUUUACAUCCUACAGCACCAAUGAAGCUAAGAGGUUUAGGCAGAAUAGGGUGAAAAAAUUAAACCAUUUAUCCUGUGAAUAAUUUGCAAGAGACACAAUUCAGAUAUUCAUUGGCUGGACAUCAACCAUCUCCACAGCAUGCUGACAUUUUAUUUAAUGAUGAAUGGCACAAGAGGCUGACUUCCAGCACCCUGACAAAUGCCUCAUUUUCUCCAUCAUGCAUCUACAAGACUACACCAGUUGUGUGUAAGAUGGGAUGGCUUAAAUUGGAUUGUGACAGAUCACCAGAUGCUGCUCAACCAAUCAAAUAAGAGCAUAAUCUCAACUAAGUCAAUCACUAGGCGCUAAGAGACUAAGGGUUGUAAGUGUGUACUCUGUAGUUUUCAGAAGUUUUCCAGUGACAACAUCUGGUGUGUGAUUGUGUUCGUUGUUAUACAUCAACAAUUUUCAAUCAGUCUUGCCUUAUUAAGUGUAUCUGAACAAAUAACAGCUGUGUGAUGUUUUCACAAAUAGACGAGACCCAUAAUGUACUUUAGCUUUGAUUUUGGUGUUUAAUGAGCAGAGCACCUGCGGAAUAAACAGCUAUCUGCUUAUAAGUUACUCCAGAGACGGCAUCCUAAUUAAUUGUUGUCUCCAAGAACUCGAACAUCAGCACACAUUUAUUUGCAGUUGAGUAGCACACCUGGGGAAAAACAUCUCCCAAACAAAUCACACAUCUCAAAGACCUGAUGUUUCCGCUGCCGGUUCAACUUCUUGUCUUCAGUGUCCCUCUUCAGCUGCAAUGUUUUUCUCCUCCUUUCUUUCUUUCUUUCUGUGUUUUUUGAUUCGGAAGCUUGAGGAUGAGUCCUAUUACCAAGGACACUGCUGAGGUAUUUCUGUUGCUGCACCACCUCCGCCGACUCCCCGUGGACAUGCGGUGCCAGAAAACAAUCAUUCAUCUUGUUCGUCUUGGAUACUCUCAGUGUAGCUGCAAAUAUGAAUUGUCCCUCGACUCUACAAGUGGGAUGAGGACAGUGACACAUGGUUGUUUAGGACUUGCAUGCACAGAGAAGAGCACUGAGAUAGCGACAAGUCUCAAUGGUUAAUGCUUAGGAUGUGGAGAUGUAUCAGUGUAUAAGUAGGGCGGUUGGAUGCGAGAGAUGUGUUGUUUGUUGGAGCAAUCCUUUAAGCAGCUUUGAUGCUGUAUUAUCCCUUAUCAAGCUAUCUUGGAGAGGGUGAGAAAACACUUGGCUUCUCACACAUUCAGCAGAAACAACAUUGGAGAAAUCACUGGGAGUAGUUAUCUCCCCACAUACCCAUUCGAAGUGCAAAAGUAACUGCUGUUUUGCUCCAGGUUUGGUUUAUCUGCUAUUGAGGAUCUGUGUUUAUUGCUUGUGAGAUAUUCAGCUUGGCUCAUCAGCCACGUGUUUACUGCAGCUCUUCAUCAUUUCAUGCCGUACCACUCGCAUGUAUGAGCUCCUUUGCUGGGAAGCAGCUGCCUGGAGUUUUUUUUUUAUUUUUUAUGAACCUGCAAACCAAAACAAUGAGCUGCAGAGUGCUGGAUCUGUGUGGAAUAAUGAGCCUGGCUGCACACACAAACCUUACACAUUAUAAAAAAAUCAGUGGUCUUGGCAUUCAUACGUGAGGUACAGCUCAAUGCAGGUUGAAGUCCAGGGGAUUUCACUCUGGGCUGGAAAAUGAAAAAUGGCAGAUUGUUAAAUAUUACUAGAGUAAACUGUGAAUGGAUUUCACUUCUGAACAACAUUUGCCUCAUUUUAAUCCUGAUUAGGGCUGGGCAGUAAACCGAAAAUUUACUGAUACUGAAAUUUACGACUAGAACCAACGUCAGUUUGCCCAUGUCAACAUAUUUGGUGUCAAAAAAAUAAUGAAUAAAAGUUGGUUUUGGAUGUGUGUAGGUAGGCUAUGGUCUCAUGUCCCUUUAAGACGCUGUCCUAGGUCAGAGACGUGACUCCACCCCAUCCAAUCCAUAACAAAGAGGAAAAGACGGGUGAGGAGAUGGAGGACGGUUCAGAAGUUGGAGCGGCUGAAGUAGACAAAGUUAAUGUGGGAGGGGGUGAGCAGCUUGUGGAGUAGUUACUGCUCAAUAUAUUGUGACAUUGAUUUGAGGCCAUAUCGCCCAGCACUAGUCUUUAUAUUGUAUCCUGGAAUACAUAACCUGCAUGUGAUGGACAAUCUCAGUUGUGUUGUUUGGGCAGACCUUGUGAAAUCCUGUGGUGGGUGUAUUUCUGCAGAGUGUGUGUACUCUCAGUUUGUAUGUCCACAUUCCUUGUUUUGCACUGUCUUGUGGACAUUUGCUUUUGUUUGGUGGUUUUGAGUUUACAGCCAACAGUCGACAGGUUGGUUUUGAUAAACAUGCAGUGACAUCGCUGUUUCGCUGUUCUGCUCUCAGUCUGUCUGGAAAAAGAAAAAAACACAAACGUGAACUUGUGGAUCUUUUUGAGAAAGGGACAUCAAUGUCAAUGUCUUCCAACCUGUGAAUGAGAACAGUAGAGGUGGAGCAGGGUUACACACUCAAACCAACAAGAAAAAGCGAAACUUCAGCAGCAAGAGCACAAAAUCUGGAUUACAGUGAGCAAACAAUGUCUCAUAAUUAAAAAAAAAAAAGUCUUCCUUGCCAGCUCGCUCUGCCUUCCUCCCUUCUCUGCCAGAGGAACUCUAGGUUAUAUAUGAUGGUAGAUCUGUUUUUUCCCCACAAACUUUCAUACUUUUGGCUAAAACAGUGAAAAUGUUGCUGCAGUUAGACAAUACUGCAGUUAGUGCUGUUGAAAUAAUAAGGUGACUGCACAUUUGCUUUUUUGCACACAUCCUGAACUUGGCCUCACGAGCAGCUGUUAGAAUCUAGUCCGUUGCAUGCUUGCUUGGUCAAGUGAAGCACAUUGUGUCAUUGUAGUCUUAUGGCGAGCAGUAAGCUGAAAGAGAAGCAAAAAACGCUGGACUUGCCUGCACUGGAAAUCUUACAGCGCUUAUUGGAACAACAACCAGCCAUCUGGGCAGCUUUGCUGUGACCCGAGGGGCACAGACUGGAAAGUGAUCUCUUCACCUUGACAGGGGCCGACUUUACCAUCACAGAUUGCGGUGAAAGCUCUCAGCAAUUCUAGUCAUAUUUGAAGGGAAAUCCUCAACUGUAUGUAUUUUUCUUUGCGUUAAAGCAUUAUGAAACAAUUAAUUUUCCAUUUAAGUUUAAUGGAGAAAUGUUGACAGGUAGACCCUGAUUGUCGUGGAUCUAAGGAAACUGUGCCUUAUCAGUAGGAAGGCUAUCAUCGCGGUUACUGCACAGAGGAGUUGCCUCACUCCUAAACAUGUAGAUCAGCUGAUUUUCUUGCAGGAAAACCAAGAAAUGAAAACAUAGUUGUAAAGGAGCUUUAGUUUCUUGGAUGUCACAGUUUAAAACAGCCAGAGUUUUUAUGAGACUGAUUUUCAACAUGUUCCCAAAAUGUUCUUGCACUAUUUUCAAAGGGAAUUUGUAGCCUUUCAAUUUCUGAUUGUUUAUUUUGUUCAUAGUUGUCUUCUUUGGUCCCCUUUCUGCUGAUGCAUGCCAUAUUUAGUGAGUAUCUGUAAAACUGAUUGCACAAAAUCACAGACAAUCACUGCAGUUUUUAUUUUUCUCAGGUAAAUGGGAAGUUUCAUGUUUGUUGCCACCUUAUUUACAUGAGCUGCCUGGUUAAUUUAAAAAUCCAAAGAUGUUUUUUAAAACUCUUAAUACACAGUUCAAAUGCUUUACAUUUUCAUCUGUUUCUUGCUAUUUUCUUAUGGCUCCGACUGCGUGUAGAUUUUGCUGUGUUCUACAUGUACCCUGUGAAAAUGUUAAAGGUGCAGUACCCGACCUCCAUUACCUCUGAUGUAAGGACCUGAUGUGUCCUGUAUCAUCUCUGCACCCGAUAAAGCGCCUGGUCACUCAAAACUUCUGUAGAGUCUGUGCUUUGUUAUAUUGUGUUGACUGCUGCAGCAUUCUAGUCAUAGUUAGAUAUAAGAAAAGUACAGUCAGUAACUGCUUGGAGGUCAAUUCUUCAUGCAAUGUUUAAUAUAUAUAUUUUUAAAUAUUCUUGGUUGAACAAUUAACAGCAUUAAUUCUCAGAGAAUCUUUCAUAUUAAAAAAAAUGGUAUUCUGACUGAAUUAUCUUUAAAAAAAUCAAUAUUGAUUCGAAUUAAAUCAAAUGUAGAAUCAGAUCCAAUCAGGAGCUUGUCAGUAGAGAUAAAAUCAAUUCAGGCAAUCAGCGGCGUGGUUUACUGAUACCUGCCACAGUUUGAUCUCAGUGCUCUCUCUAGUGAUUUCAGGGAUUUUGCAUAGAAUUUCCUUAUCUCUGUAUAUCAUCAUCAACAUCUAACAAAGGCUGUUACCAACAGCAACUGGUACAAAAAAACUUAAAAUUAUUAUUAUUUGCUCAUUUUUGAAGGAUGCAAAUUAUUGUCAUUAAUCACUUUCAGCAAAAUCCAUCAAAAUGCCAAAAUGUUAUCUUUUGUCAAUAUAGAUAAUCCUUCUGCUAAACACAUUGCUGAUAAAACUGAAAAAUAUUUAAUUAUUGUUUUGACAUUAAAAUCUAUCAAAGAGACAGCAGCGAAGAUGAAAUGCUGAAAUAAUGUUAUACGAAUACACCAGAGUGAAAAACCCAAGGCCUUUUUUAGAAUCUGAAAAUUAUGUAAAGCUGUUAGAGGUAUCAGAACAAAAGUAUGGAGUCUGGAAAAAAAUGUAUGAUACUCUUUCUUUAAGUAAAGUCAAAUAAGGAAAAACAGAACAGCAGAAAAAAACAGAAAAACAGAAUGCCAUAACCUGCUAAACUUUGUCAUUUUUGCCCCAAAAAGGAUGCUAAUUAUUAAUCGUCAAAGUAUAUUUUUAGAUCAAUUGUUCCAAUAGUUACAGGAUGUGUCUCGAAGUCAAACAAUAAUCUGUGUGUUUUGAUCAAGAACUUUGUUUGGUACCUGUUUUCAUCACCUAAGGAUCGCACACCUGAAGGUGAUAACUGGUCUUCCUGGCAGAUGCAGACACAUAUUUGUCCCAGACUGUGGGUUUGAUGUCAGAGGGCUUUAGGGUGACCAAAAGGAUUUGGACAGACAGAUGGACAGAUGGGUCCCCGUCCAGGGACGCACUGCUCCCCAGUGACUGUCUGACUUUUAAAUAGGACCUCUCCUGCAUGGAUGAAAUUGCUUUCAGCUGGUGAGAGCAGGUGGAUAAUUGGUUGUGGAGGGUAUAAGUGGGUUCGUCCAUCUUGUGUGCCCAGUUGUGCUCAUGACUGCUAUACAUUUGGGACCUUGUUCACAAAACUAAGCCUUUACCCACAGAAGCGUGCCUAGAUCCCCAAAUCUGCUGCCUCCAUGUCCCAUCACACUCCAGAGCCACUGUGCUGCUUCACUUGGCUUUUAGUCGAGCUUGAGCGCAGAAUGUGUCUGUUCCUCCUUAUAACUGUAGUACACUGUGACCGUAAUUAACUGCACCACAAACUUAAGCACAGAUCUGAGGCAUCCAGUUUCCACUAUUGCUGUUAUCUUGCUCAAUAUAUCACCACUGAGUGCCAAUUUGCAAUUUCAGCGUACUGCGGGAAAUGCUACAUUACAGCGACAAUGUAAUCUGCAAUAUGUUUUCCGCUCGUCAUAUCAUUUUACUCGUGAUGACUGUUUUCCAUAUACAGGCUGUCAGAGCUCCUUAGGGGACUGUUUAACUUCAGCAGCAGCACUGUACUGGCUUUAGCAGCUGUCAUAUACUAUGACUAAGGUGCGAGAUUGACUUCUGAUAAAAGCAGCCUUAAAAAACAUUAAAUUUGGUUGAAACUGACAUCCUUUAUGUUCAGUUUAAUCCCCUCAAAAAGAAAAAACGUCCUGAGGAAUGAACCUAGUGUAAAACCAGUGUGCAGCCUGGCUCUGAUUGGACAACCACACCCCUCCAGUCUGCCUCUUUUUCCCAUACUGCUUAAUAUUUUCAAUGAGAAUACCAUCUGGUCUUCAGUUUGGUCCAUGAAGGAAUGAGAAGUGGAAAAAAAUCCCUCUUACAUCUACUUUCACCACCCUCCUUCCCUGCUGCCUUCUUGUGCAAUCAGCCGCCCAGCAUCACCGCUCCCAUCACCCCUCAUUUGCUUCCCCUUCGCCUCUCAUUUCUGCACAUUUCACCAGUCUCACAUUCUGUCCCUUCUGUCUCUCAGCCUCUGUGCUUCAACAUUCUUCUUCCAGUCCAUUCAGCUGGCUUUCUUCUGCCAGUCCAUCAUGGUCCUCCUGAUUGAGCACAACAGCCCAGAGGUAGAGGGGGAUCAGAGAAGGGAAAAAAAAGACUGAAAGCAGUGACAGAUGAGGGGUAGUACAAUGGACGGAUAUAUAGGCUGAAAACGUCAUCAACCAGGGAGAAAGAAGAUAGAAAAAGCUGAAGGAUACAUCAUCUAAAGAUGGUCUUUCUCCUUCGCUUUCAGUGUGAAUGUGUAAGAAGGAAUUUCACUUUUGGAUGUUCUGUCUGUGAGUUAUUAAGUAGGAAGUAGGAUGACUUCACACAGCACACAAAAUGCCUUCUAACUCAUAUUCCCCAUCAUGCACUUUCAUGUCGGAUCAUUAGGAUACUUUUAGCAUGGCUGUCCCACUUCUAUGACGCCGUGUGACCUUCUUGUCUCUCGAGCUGUGUCACAGGGCUCGUAUCCUGGGAAAGGGCACUUUUUUUAGACAGUAGAGUGUUUCAUUGAGGACUGAGAUAUACGGGACAGGAAGACAGUCCAGCAUUCAGCACAUCCUCCUCUUCUGAGCAAAAAGAGGAGCGCGAUGGAAAAAAAAAAAAAAAAGCCACUCCUUAAAUUUACACCCCUCCAAUCUGUCAUUGCUGCUUUGCUAAGUGCAAAAGUUCUCCAGGGAGCUGCAACUUUCAGAGGAGAUUGUCAGACUUUAUAAAAUCCUUAGAGGCCAUUUCAACAACUUUAUCGUCUGCUGCUGCAGCAUGACUGUGUGGGACUGAUGUUUGGCAGCUGCGCCACUUCUGCUUGAUGAUUACUCAGUGACAACGCCAGAUGGAUUUGAGUGAAUUCAUAGCGUUUAAAAAACUUAAUAAGUUUGUGAGUAAAAUUUCAUAAGGAGCAGAAAAUGCAGCAUGUUUAUGGAUUUGUACCAGAAUAAAUUGGUUAUUUUCUUGGAUGUUACUUUGGCGCUGAAUCUGGCUGACCUUGGACCAGUAUCACAAAGAUAGGCUUUGACCAGUGAUUGUAUAUUAAUGAGGGGUGGGUGCUGAUAAGAUUAUCCUGAUAUCAAAGCUGUUAUUGAUCCUGCUUGUUGAUCUGAACUUUAUCUGCUGUCCUUUUAGUUCCUGUGGAUUUUCUCUCUUGAAAAACUUAAACCUGUCCAGGUUUUGUGUGUCAACAGCACAGAUCUUAAUGCAAUUGUAAAACCUUUACUACUUUGCUAUGACAAUAAACCUGAUUUCACACUGGAACUUUAUAGGUCAGCUGACUACAGAUAGAGUCUCUGAUUGGUAGAUAAAGAUGGCGGCAAAUAUUUUUGUUUUAUGAUCUUUAAAUCCUGAUCAUUUUUAAUACGAUGUCUGAUAUCUUGUUACCUGUUGUUACUAUGCAACAUGUAUAUUAGCUCAUGCUUUAGCAGUGCCACAAUCAAGUGACUGUUACAAGUUGUGUCCACUAGAGGGCAUACCAAUUUUAAGAAGCUGCUAAAUAUUAAAAAUAAGCUAAGAUUUCCUGUCAGGUAAUUAUAUUUCAGCACAAAAUGAGUAACUUUUUAAAUGUUAUCUUCAAUUAAUAUUUACAAAUAUUAAUACAGGACUCCAAAUCAAAGUGUGCAGCUUGAUGUAAAAGGCAAAAACACAAGGGAGUCGAUGUUUUCUGAGUCUAGAGGGGAGUGUUUUUAUCCAUGAUGUUUCGAGCUGUAAAGAAAAACUUCCCUGGCCUGACUGAUGUACCUGGGAUGCUCACGUAGCACUGUGCCAGCUGGACAAAAUGGGGGGAUCUUGCAGUUUUCCACCACAACAGUGGGUUGCUGUUGGACCAUAAAGGGAUCUUACUCUUGGGCAUCAACGUAACUCGCUAUAGCACAGCUUCAGUCGCAAAAGAAGUACCGCGGUCUGGGCCCUGACUAUAAAUAUCCCUAGAUCUCAGUGGGAGUGCUGUUGUUGGUUUUUUUCAUGUCUGAUUGAAAGUUAGAAAUGUAUUUGUCACGUGAUGUUUCACAUGGCCAAAGUAUUGUGUUGCUACCUGGUUGUUGAAAGAAGCAGAUAGGUGGAGGUUAGAGAGAUAUGAAACUGCAGAACAGACACAUUUAUAAUUGCAUUAUUUGUACAUUUUGUAUUUUUUCUGAAUGGUAUUUGACUCCUGAAAUUGGUUUCAACUACCCUACUCAUCGUACCAUUCUAAGUUCCCAUUGUGAACACAACAAUAACAUGUUGUAUAUAACAGAACACUGUUACGCAGCGUGGUCUGCUCUUGUCUCCUGUCCACCAUGAUUUCUGCCAUAUUUUUCAUGUGUUUUUGGAACUGUUUGGCAAACUGGUUCUCAUCUGGAAACAAUUUUAAAAAGAAAUAAAGCCGAAAUACUGCCUUGGAAAUAGCUGACAUAUUUCAUUGGUGAUGUAUUUUGCAGCCAGUGCAUGCACAACAGCAAUCUGGCUGGCGAAUUGACAUGAUCACACCACUUCUUCUAACAGAAAUAAAAAUAGCUAAGAUCCCACAGGUUGGUACAGUUGGCAGCAGAACAGAUUUCUUGUGUCAGUUUGAAGCAGACACUUGGGUUUAAGGAAAGGAAAAAAUGACUCUUGUGUUCGUGUUAGGUUUGUUUUUUCUGUCUUAUUCCAAAGACACUACCAGAGCCCACAUUUGUGAGCAGAGCUGUCGAUCAUCUUUAACAUCAAAUAAAAGACUUAAAACUACAUAAACAUGACUUACACUGCAGUCAGUCUACUACUAGGGUGAGCUCUAAAAGGUACAGCUUCACUACAGGGGAGUGCCUCUCUCUAACAGUCAUGUCUGUCCAGAGAUAUCUGCGCUAAUCCGAUGCGAAACUGUCUAUUUCUUCAUCAUCCUCGGGGAUACCGAUGUGCUUUAUAUCCUGGGUAGAUAAAGACAUGUUGUAGAGCACAGCUGAUGGUGCAAACCACUCUGAGAACGGCACCCUCUGUUGACUGGCUGCAGUAUAGGUCUUAAAUCCUGCUUCCUCCAGCAAUCCCUGUGAAGCUGUGGACAAACUUUAGAAAUUUAUAACACAGAUUAUAAUCCCCCAACCCCCAUCCCAAAUUGCGAUAUUGACAUGAUGUUACUGUCAGACUGGUUUGUGCUCAAGCCCUCUUUUUUCUGUGCAGCUCCAUUUUUAAAAGUUAUGAUGGGGGUUCAUGUUUUCUAUGAUUGACACCUGAUACAUCCUAUUGGUGCCUGAGGAUUGCGUAGCUCACCCAGGGGAUACGCUGUUUAAGACGAGCGUCAUCACAGCGACUUUUGGCAACUCUCCCGCUGAAUGCGCACAACACUACUGCGCAAUGCUGGUUUCAGGAAAUGAAGAAGAAUCCUGGAAAUACCGAGAGCUUUUUGGCAACCAAGUUGUCCGUAGCAUAUACAGUCUAUGGUGCAGACACAUCAAACUGCUGAGCUCAGUUCAGUCACAAGUGAAAGAUGUUUGACUUCUGGAAGAAUUGGGCAGAUGCAAAGACAUGUUACUUUGAAAAAUCAGAGUGAAUUACAAAAUCUGAACACAGUGCAGAUAUGAGACAGGGCUGUUCAAUGUGGCAGGGCUCGGCACCUCCGCUGAAGUUAUCCGUCAGACUUUGAAUAGUUUCUGUGGACAUAGGAACAUCAAUCCGUCUCAUGUUAUUAUUUCUUUAAUUUGUGUGCUAACUCUUGUGCCAUUAAGAAACUUUUUCUCUCCAUAAGGGUUUUCUUAAAGCAUGUCACUUGCAUUAACCUAAUAUAAGUAGUCAAAUGAAGUCAGUCCAACACUAGAAGUACCUGGUACUCUGGGGAAAUCAAGUAUGUGCGUUUCAGAAACAAUUACAAAGAAACUCAUUAAGUCUCUCUGUGCUGUGUUGCUUUAUUUAAUGGUACAAUGAUUGAACUGAUUUGUUGAACAAUAUUGCUGUGACUCACAAAUUGAAGGCUGCGUCUUAGUAGUUCAUUUGCUUUUCAUUUCAAAGGCAGAGAGUGAGGCGCAGUAUAGUUCAGCUCCAGCUCUUAAUGUUUGACAUUACAGUAGUGAGGGUUUAAUAUCAUGGGCAAGUGAAGGCUGUUUUCCACAACAGAGCUGCACGCGAUGGUGUUUUUCCUAUUGGCUUGGAGUGACUUUAUUACUUGAGCAGACCCACUCCGGGGCUCCCCAUAUAGAAAACCUCAAAUCAACUCCAUGUGGACAGUUCUAUUUUAACCCCAAGAGCCCCGCCUCUCCUGCUUGUCUUUGACCAGAUCAAGGUUUUGGUUUUCUUUGCUAUUCAAAGGGCCGACCAGAUCUUGUAAUUACGGUGGUUUCUGGUGUUGUGCUGGCUCUGCAUGCUGAGGCCUGAAAUAAUCCAAAGCCAUGCAGACCGAACUGCCAUUGGCCUUCUUUAAUAGCACGAUCAAGUAAACCCGAAAGCAAACAACAAAGCUGCUCUGAAAUUGCUUGCAGAAAUUGGCAGAAUGAUGAUAAAUGUGGUUUUGAGCGUCUGUGCAUGUCAGUUUCUGCUUGUGUGUGGCUUUUCGACUGUGUGUUUGCCUGAUUGCUCGUGUGUAUGUGUGUGUGUGUCACUCUACCACUGUGGUGAUCUCAUAGUUUGUCUCUCACAUGCAUUUGUCGUUUCCUCACAUGUCACAGUAGAGCACAUGAAGGGAAAAAUGUUGAGUGGAUGAAGUUGAUUGCUUAUCUUCUGUGGAGUCAACUUCAAGCUUACUUUUUACUCAAGAUCCUGUUUCUCUGGGGCCCAAUGAGAUGAAGAGAAUUAGUGCAAAGGGGGUGAAAAACCAUGUGAGAUUGAGUGGGUGGCAGAGAUAAGCUACGUUUCCAUCACACUGCCACUUACAAUUUCGCCCAGCGUCUUUUAAUCCAGUGUCGAUUCUCCACUUCCUAUCUAGAGAAUAUAAUGAGCCUCUAACAGUCCUGCUGAAUUUCAAGUGGUACUCAUGAUUGUGUUGUUUGUCCGUUGAAUGAUUGCAUGGACAGGGACUAAUCUUGCAGUUGGGUAAAUGUUUCAAGCAGGGCCAUGUUCUCCAAUUUGAGUCUAAAAAUAGGGUCAAACACAUGUGGAAACGAACACACACACGCACGCACACACGCACAUGCACGGUCAUGUAUGUAUGUGAGUGUAACUUUGCAGUGCAUGCUUACUAUAGCUGUGCCAGUUGCCAGCAUUCCUCAGUCAACUCUGGAGACUCAGUGGUUUCUUUGUAUGUGCCACUAUAUCAUGACACAUGCUCCUAUUGCCAGGCUUUCAUGUGGGCUCCAUGAACUGCAUUCAAGGACAAUCCAUAAAUACACCCCCGUGCACAUUUCCACCGGCAGCUUAAAAGACACUUACAAAGAUGGAUAUCAUCUCAAACACUGUCAGAAGUGUAAAAUAAGCGUUGGAGUUCCAGAGACAUGGAUUAUUUUUCCUUUUUCAAGUCAGCAAACGCAGUUGUCGAAUAAUUUACGAUCUUUUCAUGUUGUUUACCGUGAAUCAGACUUGGUUGAUGUUUCUCUGUAUCCAUAAAGGUCACAGAUAUCAAAGUGAUCUACGUUUGAUAUUGAUUGUUCGACUUAGUUUUUGACAGAAAAACAGCCGUAUCGCGGAGAAUGACCUUUCUUUUGAGACUGUUGCGAAAUGAUGUUUUGAAAAGUAAGAAUAAGGCAGACUGAAUUAUAAAUCUUCAGCACAUCUCACCAUCAAAGAAAACCCAUUUUUUAAAAAGCCAGCCUAUUAGACAGGUGCUCACACAGGGGAUGCAAUGAGACAGUUUGAUAUCAGUAAUCUUAAAAGGGUUUAGAAACUGGUGAGAACAUGAAUAUGGAUACCUGAUUUAAAUGGAAGAGAUGGAUGCAUGUGAAGUAGAGAUGGGGAUUGUUAAUUUUACUAAUUUUUUUAUUGGGAUGUUUAUCAACUGAGAGGUUGAAACUUCUAAUCUCAUGCUAGUCAGACCAACAAAGUGGUUGAUUAAUCAGAUUAUGAAUAUUUGUAUCAUUAAAGGCCUGAAAUGCUUAACGUGCGAUGUGUUUAAGCAGUAAUGCAGUCAGGUUGUGCCACAAUACUAUGAUGCUCUUCUACCCUGAUGCACAGGUAAUGGAUGACAUCUCAUAGCAUAGCAUGCAGUGGAAGUAUGCUAAUCUAGAAAAUCAAUAUCACAAUAUAUUGAUCAGUUCACCUCGAUAAUGAUAACUAGCAGUAACUACUCGACAAGCUGCUCAUCCCUUCCCACAUUAACUUUGCCUACUUCAGCUGCUACAACUUUUGAACUGUUCUCCAUCUCCUGACCUGUCUCCAAAGUAGGACAGCAUCUUUAAGGGACAUGAGACCAUAGUCUACCUACCUACACACAUCCAAAACCAACUUUUAAUUUUUUUUUUUUUUUUGACACUGAAGAUAUAGACAUGGGCAAAGUGACGUCAGUUAUUGUUGUAAAUUUCGGUAUUGGUAAAUUUUCGGUUUAUCGCCCAGCCCUUGUGUAGACUCUGUCUUAAUAUGUUGGCAUAUAAUCUUUGACUGGAGCAAUAACCAGCACCAUCAUGUGAUUGUUAGGCUUAAAGGGGGGCAGUGGUGUUAGCUAUGCUAAUAGUAGUCACGCUCUGCAAACCAAUCUGAAGAUAUGAGAGCCUUGCUUUGGUCCUGUCUUGAGUCCUGUAGGGUGAAGGAUAUCUUUAUUAUACCCUCGAUGCAGUUUGUUUUACAGCCAGCAGUACAACUAAAUCACUACACAGACAAGAGAGAAGAAUUUUAACACAACCUAUUCAUUAAAAAAGACAAUGCGAAAGAAUAAAACGAAUAUCAGAAAUAAGAAUAUCACUUUGGUCUGUUUGAAAAGCUGAUGGCAGGUCAGACGAAGGAGUCAUUCAGUGUGUCUGUCCUGCUCUCAGGGAGGAUGUAUCUGUGGCCCGACAGAACCACUUGACCUCUUUAGACAGCGGGCGCUUCGGAUCAUUUACUUUUGAUUGAUUGAGCCUUUUUAAGAGUCCUCUCAGGGUGGUGCGAGGCUUUGUCUGCUCUGAGUUUGUCAAAAUUAAAUCUGCACAUAGUCAUUAAGUCAUUGAAAGGCAUUUGCUGAAGAGUUUGAUUGGUUAGGCCAAUGGAUAAAUCUGUAAAAUCUGUAAAAACACAUUUUUCAUUUACUUCCUUUUGUAAGGUGCAUCUCUGUCUUCUGUGAGAACCUUGAGGGGAUGGACUGCAUAUUCAGUAUAUGAUAUAAGAAGAGGAGGUUCACAGAAAAUAGGCUGUGAAACACUUAGAAUUUAAAGUCUUCAUUUAACCAAGGAGGAAACCCCUCACUCCAGACCAUCCCUGCAGAAGAGUCUGAUUAUCUGUGAGUAUUGUCUCCACACUUGAUGUGCGGGUACUUGAGAAAGAAAGGGAAACACAGCAGUAAGACCUUCUCUCUUCGGCAGUGCUAACUAUAAGUUCCAUAAAACAUGGACAAAGUCUUGACUUCACCCUUUCAUUCCUGAAAAAAAAUAUUUGAAACUUUGAAGAGGUUAAAAAAAAACUGUCUGUCUGUAAAUCCAUCUUUGCCCCUAAUUAUGCAGAUUUAAAUCAAACUCUUGGCGGUCUAUUAGCUUGACUGAUGUGUUUUAAAACCCUACUCCAUCAUACAUUGUAGUUUUUGCACCUGACUUGGACUCAAAUGGGGAUUUCAAUGGCUUUUGCAGAUAGCCUCAAGUGGACACUGUAGGAACUGCAGUUUUAGCAGCUCAUUAUUCAACACUGGAGGCGUCUGCUUGGUGCUAAUACAUGUGACAUUUAGAACUGGGUUCAUUGAGUUGUUGUCAUUCCUUCACAUAACUGGUCUGGUGAAGGAGCUUUUGGUGUCCUUUCAGAAUAAAAACAUGUUUGUUUACUUGGAUAUAUGACUGUUUUCUCUAUUUUAAGUUAUCUCUUCUCUAAAUGUUUCACUACACCCCUGUUGUUCAAUAAAAGAUGUAAUUACUUCUUUUAAAACUCAGUGUUUGGGUUGUGUAUGCCAUGAAUUAGGAGGAACAAGCGAGAACUGACAUCUAACACACUUUCAUUGGCGCAUCCUAAAUUUUGCUCUAAAUAGGCCGCCUGAGGCGUAUGAGUUAAACACAGAUAGUAAACAAACAAACUGGAGAUUGACUCUGUUAAAAUCUCUCAGGUGUAAGUGUAUGUGUAUGUGUAUCUGUAUUUAGGCUUUCUGUUCGAGUGUAACUUCACAUCCUGUCUCCUCACUGUCAGGGGGACAGAGGGUGAACUGUAUUCUGUGGGCUUUGGCUCAGCUCCAUGCCACAUUACCGCCCACAGAGAGAACUUCAAAGACGAUUUGGGGGCUUUCUCCCUGAGUGGAGCCACUGAAAUUUAUGCCUCCUAAAUUAAAUUAAGGCGAUGUUCUAAUUGGCUCCAUCAGUUUGUUUAUCUUUAAUCUCUGCCUGACUUUUCUUCAGUCCUUGUUUUCCUUCCCAUUCCUUUCUGUCCUCAAAUCCUCCCUCACUCAUACUUAGUCCUGGGGAAAUGAUGCAUGGUUUGAGUUUUUCCUGUGCAGUGCAGAUGCAUAGUCUUUUACCAUGAUAAUAUAGGCCUGCCAAAUUGAAAGCUGACUGAACUGAAACUCUUGUUGGCUGCUUAAAUGGGGCUGAGUCGCUGCUGGCACAGAUGAAGCAAUCCUCUCAUGAGCCAGUGAUAACAGUCUCAGCAAAGAGGUUUCUGCCCUGUGUGCCUAAAAAACUCCAUUUUCAAUCAUCAAGAACAGAAAGGUCAGCCACGUUUGCAUCCUUAUGUAGAAAAUAUAGGUGUGUCUUUUUUUUCUGAGGCAUUACCAGCAUUAGCCGAUUUGCAUAUUUCAGGUUUAUUUUACAUUCAUGUUUGUGCCCCCUCCUUUCAUGGGUUGCUUUUAAAACAUACUCACCGUGUAAGACCUAAAGAGAAGCAUAUUUCAUAUGGAAAUGAGAGUACACGUACUUGACUUGUAAAGCUGUGCUAAAACCCGCCUGAUAAAUGAGGGCCGACCUUAUUCCAGAGGAUGGAAACCUGUUCUACAAUUCUGCUCCAGCCUCAUUUUUCCAGAUAACCUGGUUUCUUUUUCCACAAAGAGCCAUGAAGACUUCUUUCCUCUUCCUCUAAGCUUCUGUCUUUCACAAUAUCUUUCUAUUUUAUGUCUUCUCUUCCUAUUUUCUCCUUCCAGUCUCCAUUCUGUUUGUUUCUUACGCUCUCUGUUACCUUUUCCCCCUGAGCAUGAUCAUUUUUUUUCUUUUUUCAACCCCCUUUGUUUGUCUCUGUCUUCCCUCUCCCAUUCUCUCUGUCAUUUCCUCUUUGUAUUCUCUCCCCGUCUUUGUCUCUCUGCUUCUUUCUCUUAACACUCCUGUCCUUACACCUUCCUUCCUUGCUGCCUCCAGGAACAGACACAAGUUGAGUCUCAGCUCUCAGUACAACCAGCUGUUCCUAAACCGGGGAUUAGAUGAUUCACUUACAGUCACAUUUUAAUCCCCACUGUCACGCUCUCACUCACACAAACAUGCAAAUUAGGACAGAUUUUCCUCCAAAAUGUGUAGAAAAUGACAUUCACACCUCCGACUGAAUGUAAACUGGCUGUCAGAAUAAACCCAUCCAUUAGAAUCUACAACAUCUUGUCAACAAGUCAGAAUUCAGCCCAUUAUAUGCACUUUGUAUCUGCAGAAGAGCAAACACGUCCUGUUGAGAACUGAUGGACUGUUUCAGUGGGGUGGCGUCAAUGCCAUCUGCCUGCCAAAAGCAGGCUGAAAGCUAACAGAUGACUUUUGUUGUCUGUCAUUUAUUUUUUGUUCUGUCUUUUUGUGCGCUGGAUUCAAUCACACAGAAAAACAUUUCCACUCGUGUAGUGAGUGCGUUGGUGAAAUGAGACCUAUCAAAAAGUAUUUAUGUUUCCUCAUGUUUUUCAGGAACGUUCUGUACCUGUAUACCAUUUUAAAGCCUCGGUGAGGAGUUUUCUCUCUCUGUCAACUUUUUCACCCCAUGUGGACAAAAAUGUACAUCUUACAUAUUUACUUAUUCUGUCCUGUACACUAGAUCUAGCAAAAAGAAAAAGCCUCAUUCUGUUUUCAUUCAACAGUCAUAUGUAUCACUUCUUGUAUUUGCUAUUGAACAUGUAAAAAAGUCUGUUUCUUUGGGAUGUGCUCAGUCAUCUGGUCUCACAUCUACCUCUUCACAGUAGAGGUUGAAGAAAUAAGGAUAUACAGUAUAUUAGUCAUGUUUCCUUAUGUGGGUCAUAAAGAGGCAUCACUGUUCAUUUGAACCUAUUUCAUAACCAGUCCUCACAGAAGCCUGAAAGUCCCAAUCAUUUUGAUUUUUAUUAUUGAAAGUGUUCUCACUGGUCUUUAAAUUGUGAUUAUGAAGUUUUUAGCCAAAGUCACGUUACCCGUGUCAUUUUCGAGAGCUUUUCUUCUUGAGUUGUGGGCGGAGACAGCGCUGCUCUGCACACUCCUCUUCAUGCUAGUUUGUAGCCUAACAUUGCCAGUGUUGUAGAAGUAGCAGGUAACAUGGAGCUAUUCAGCUCUUGGACACUAAUGUCUUUAGGGACAUGAUGAAAGUUAAUAUCAUAAUUAGCUUUCUUACGAGCAUUGCGAACCGCUAACGCACACGCUUGUUCCGCGACCGUCCUCUCUACUUUUCCAAGUGUGAAAUACAUUGUGUAGCUCCGGGGGUGGAGCUUAGAUUUGCUACAUUAGAAAUCUGACUGUCUUAGCCUGCUGUUUGACUUUGCCAGAGAUUCACAGAGAUUUGAAUGCAGAAAUACUCAGAAAUGCAAUUUCACACUUAUUUUACUCACGAUACGUCCUGUAGCAUCAGAAAAAUGUCGUAUGAACAUGUAGACAACAAGAAAAGGUGAAAGUACCAUUCUUAUUUAAGGCAAACUCUUAACAUCAUCUUACUUUACUGUUAUAAAUCACAUUAAAGGUUACAGUUGCAGUUAUAUUUAAGUCUCAUUGUUUGUGUUUUCAGUUGCAGUAAAGCUUCUGCAGUAUAUCUAUAAGGUCUUAUCUUGGUAUUGUUUUCUCCCUAAGUCAGUCAGUCAGUCAGUCAGUCGGUUGAACCAGAUCCAACUAGACUCUGCACUCUUAUGAUGUAGGCAGAAGCAGUAUUCCUGUAGUACCAGGAGAAAGAUGACUGCUCCUUUAAGUCAAAGAGAUCCUUUUUAAUGUGCUCUGAUCGUUGAAAGAGAGGAUGGAUGUGAAGAAAACAAAAAAAAAGCUACUACAUUCAUGAAAUGUUCAUCCAGGAACAAUCUCAAUAAAGCAAAUUGCAAAUUUAGAACUUAAUUUUCUAAAUCUCAUGCAGGAUAAUGAAGUCAUAAUUUUCCAUUAAAAAUAAAGAAAUGAGCAGUUAACAAAAUUAGUAAUGGAAGAGUAAAUGCAAGUCUGCUGCGGCCAAAACUAUAAAGUUGAUGAAAGAAGUUGAGUCGUCUGUGUGAGAGCUUUUACUGUAAUAAAAAGAGUACUAAAAGGAAUAUUUCCAGCUGAGUUUGACAUGUAAGAUCGUAGGUCACAGGGACUUAAAUGUGAUAGGGACCCAUCAUGACGGUUAUAAUACUUCUGGUCAGUGUCAGCAUGACCAGGAAAAUCUGCGGGGAGGUGUCAGUGUCAAAAAAUUAUCAUUUCGAUCAGAUUGUUUUUAUUGAAUUUGCUGUGAGGUGUCACUCGUUCUGUCUUGACUUACCAUGUUUAUGAACUACAUUGCAUCGUCAUCGGUCUUCUGGAGCAGUAGCAUCACGGCUGCAGACAGGAACAGACUGAACAAACUGGUGAGGAAGGCUAGCUCUAUAUUGGGCUGACCUCUGGACCCUGUAGAGGUGAUGUGGGGCAGAAGGAUAAUGGCUAAGCUGUGGUCUCUCAUGGACAGUGUUUCCCACCAUUUGUAGAGUACUGGGCAGCCAGUGACAGGCUUCCUCACCUUUGGUGUGUGACAGAGAGAUACUGCAAGUCCUUCCUUCCUGCUGCAAUCAGACUGUUUAACCAGGCCUGCUCCCAGUAGUCCAGGUUUUUUAGCACAACUAAUGGACAAUAACCUUUUUUAGUUUUGUUGCUGUUGCGUACAGUUUUCUCUUAUCUGAACUUAUCUGAUCUUAUCUUAAAGCUGAGUUAGACUUUGGGCAGGCUGGGUUGUAGCGCCCUGUUCCUUCACAGCAUGAGGUUUCCUGGUUCAAAUUCCUGGCUGGGCUGGAGCCUGUCUUUGUGGGGUUGCAUGUUUUCCCUGUGCCAGUGUCAGUUCUCUCUCAGAACUCCAGACUCCUUUCACAGUUCAAAGACAUACUCAUCAUGUAAACUGAUCACUCUUAAGUUGCCCAUUGGUAUGAGUGAUUGUGUGAGGAGAUGAGAUAAGAGGUGGGGAUGAUGGAUGGAAGACUUCAAGCUCCACAUUUAGAUGAUCGUAUUCACAGUUUAUCUCAUUAUUCCUCUCACCUUUGCAUUUUGCUUAGAUAACUGACCAAGAGUUACUCCCACUGUGGGCACGUUCAGUGGCUUCAAGGCUGAGUGAGUUUUGUGAGUCCAGACUUUACUUUGAGAGUUUGAGUCUUAUUGACUCUACAGUUAAUAACUCUUGAAUCAGCUUUGUCACACUAAUGAAGAGCACUUCUUUGCAGUCAUUGCCACAGAUGACUAAUCCAAAUGAAUACUUCUAUUUCAAAUUAAACAGUGGACAUCGAUUCACUCAGUCAAAUAGAGUAACUCUGAGUCAGUUUCACUUUGUACAUAUUAGUUUUGAUUGGAAAGAUGCAACUUUUUGUGAGUUUCCAACAUUGUGACAUCGCUUUUUAGAAAAUCAGUGUCUCUGGAAAGAUUGCUAAUAAAGGCUGACAGAUGUGUGUGUGCUGUACAACUCAAACACAUGGCUGCAGGGAGACAUUUAAACAAGGAGAAAGAGGUCAUGUUCAGUUUAAAGGCGUGAAAGGAAAGGUGAGGGAAAUGCAUCUAUAGGUGGUUGAUUUCUUGCCAUGGAUUAAUUUCUUCACGCUUUUACUGCCUGGCAAUCCAGCUGCAAUUUUCUGUUCGAUUAAACGUGUCAUUCAAGCUGCAUGUCACCCUCAGUUUCCGCUCCGCUUCCUGUAUCCUCACUCUUUGAUCUUAUCUGUUUGCACAAAUGAGGCUAAAUCCAUCAUUUCUGUGCUAAAUUGUGUUUACGCAGUGGAUACGCUGUUGGAAUACUUUCAGGAUCUUCUCAGACAAACACACUUAAAGAAGCUUUCCUUCCAUGGAUCCUCCAUCAUCCCAGUCUAAUACUUUGUGUAAACCACCCUCUCUGGGUAAGCUGCUGAUAUCAAACUGGAAGCUGCGACGACUGCUCUGAAUAAUGAUAGCAUCUUUGUGUAAACCUCAAACAGUCAUGAAUGUUCAGAUAAAAUUAAUAAGAAGGAAAUCUCUGUGAAGAGAUCCUCAUCAGAGGCAGAGGACUACUUGAAAGAACAUUUUAAUCUCUGUGAUAUAUGGUAAUUGGCUUAUAAAUGUUGAGUUUAGGAUUUCUGAACAGACAUGCUCUCUGAUUUUGUCAAAGCUUUGCCUCUACAAGGCAAAUAAUUUAGGGAUUUUUUUGCCUCUAAAGAUCUCAUCUCUCUCAUUUCUAAACAAACUUCAUUGUCUUCGUGGAAAAGCUAAAGAUAUUUUGUGAAGGAGGAGCUCAAGCAAAGAGAAAGCUAAAGCUAAACUGAAUGAACUUCAAAGCAAAAACUUAGCAUCAUCUAAUACUGUCUACGAGGUGGUCAUAAAAGGACACUCUCCUUUUCAAAGUCCUGAUUUCAAAAGUUAAAAAAAAGGGAAAAAUUUUUGUAUUUCAAAAACAAUAUUCAGCAAGACAGUUUCUCAAAGGCCGUCUUACUGAAGUACAAGUCUUCUCUGUUCAAGCAUUUCAACUCGUUAAAAAAGAAAUACUGUUCUCCACCGCAGCCGAAUAAAAACCUAAAAGUAUGUCAGGUCUGUUUUUGAGUAUUCAAGAUGAAUCUGUCUCACACUCUUUUAUCUUCCUUGGCAUUUCUGAACAGCUGGUCAUAGUACAAUGAUUUCUUGGUCGCUUGGCUGACAGUUUGUGGUUCACUUCCAACAGACGGGUGUCAGGACACCGGCUGAUCUGUUUACCUUUAGUAAUUUAUUGAUUCUCUGAAAGAAAAAAAGACAUCACAAGAGUGAUUAGAGACUUCUGUAGGCUAACUGGACUUCAAAAACACCUGUGGGGCGCUUUUGGCUCUUGUUUUGUCUCGUGGUUGUAAGCCUGGCAGUUUGUUAUCCAGCUCAAGCAGUCUUCACGUCCUCGAGCAAGACACAGCAUCUGAGUUGCUCUCCAAUAUUUAUUUAGUGUAAUGAGUGUGAUUAAUGAUAUUCUUAUUGGCAGAUAGGCUGUUUUAUACCAAUCAAUGUAUGAAGGUUAAGGGUUGAAUGCAACAUGAAGGGCUCUAUUUUCGUGCCUUGGCGUAAGUCAUAGGGAGGGAGGAGAGAGGGCGUGGAGUGGGUUUAACUCAGCCGAGACAUGUUUUGACCAAUAACAUCAGCUCCUCUCCUCACCUUUAAAUCCGCCACCGGCGAGGCGUAUUACAAUUUUUGUGAAGUAGUCAAAGAGAUCAAGAGGUGUCUGAAGACAGUAAUGCCACACGAUGGCGACAGAGGGCAGCCCCUCAACAAGUGUCACUUGGCUCCACCAUACCACUGCGCAGGGUCCGCUGCCCUCCGCCGCGUCACUGGCGGACAUGAAAAUAGAGCCCGUAGGGUCAAAUUACUUUGGCAAGGGCAGCCUAGCCAUAGGUAAACAAGCCAUGAUGCAAGAGUUGUGUGCACUGCAAUUCUGUGUGAGUGCUAUAACAAAGUUUUACGGUCACAUCGCUGAUGCACCGAAACUUUGAACUCCACAGAGGUGUAAUAUCUGUGCUCUAGCAUUUGACUUUAAAUAGAAUUAUUACUAUGUUACACACAUGCAAGAGGCCAAGUGUGUAUAUACAGCUUGAGCUCCACACACACACACACACACACACGCACGCACGCACGCACGCACGCACGCACGCACGCACGCACGCACGCACGCACGCACACACACACAGAGCGCUGUUCUGCCCUACCAACUCUGGUGCUACACAAUGCCCCUAUUCGGCCUCUGUGACUGAAACAAAAGAACGUGUAGUAUUGAAUAGAGUACCUCUGAAUGUAUUUCCAGAUAUAUUAUCUCUCUCAAGGCCAUGACAGUAACCAGUGGCUCAGUUUAAGAAAGCUUCAGCUGUCUUUAAUCCCAUGUGAUACCACUAACAGCAGGACUCACUCUUUACUGCCAAAUUCAGCCUGAAUUGUUGAAAUCCUAACUCCAAGUUGGUUGGAUAUGUUCGCUGGCAGCCAUCAGCUUUCAUUUAGCUCUCUACUGUUAGUUGCAGAACAAAGAUUUACAGACACAGUUACUUCUUUACUGUCCCCACAUGUGGCAAAACAAAGAUUUACAGACACGGUUUCAUUUCAUUCCAAGUCCUCUGGGGAGUAUGCACAAACUGCCUAGUCUUGAGUACACCUUAUAUAUAAGAGACGUUUUGAUGUGUCACAAUAAAAGAAGUGCAGGUGUGAAUAAAAAAAGAAAUAUUAUGAUGAAUGAUUCCUAUUUAUCAGCUUGCUGGCAGUACAAUUCUGCUGUAUCACAGGGCACUUGAGAGAAUUUUGGUCCUGUAUUGCAGCUCGUCUCAGAAGUGAGUUCUUCCUUCGAGGUUAUUUUGCAUCACAAGACCUAAAGAUUUAACUAAAAGUAAUGAUGCUAUGAUUAAAUUAAACCCGAUGUUACAACGGUUUUCUUUGAACAGACUCUAGUUAGUCAGUCUUUAUCUCAUUCAUGGCUUUUAUUGUACUCCAUUUAAUCUCUGUUAUGGCCAUGUUAAUAUGCAUGAAAAAAGUUCUUGUAUUGUAAUGAUCAAAAUCCAAAUCUGAUGAUGCCCGAGGAAGAGCUUGUGCGUCUUUUUUGUUCUUUUAUUUGCUUAUUACUUGCACAGUGUGCAUAAAACAUCAAAUUUUCUGCUCUGAAAGGCUCCCCCUCUUUCUCUAAUGAUCAAAACAAAGUCCUCAUGCUUAUUUGUUAGCAAACAGCACUGGAGACAUGCAGAGUUUCAUCCUUUAUUGACAUUAAUUAAUGGACUUUGAAAAACUCAUCUCCAAGGUUGCAUGCUGCUCUCACUUUUCAAACUUUUACUUCCGUCGUAGUCGAUCUUUGUAACCUUUUGUAUGACCUCAAUGCAGAGGAAGUAGUAAGGAAUGAUGUAAAGUCUGUAUCGGUAUGGCUACUUUGUGACCCUCCGAGAGUCGAUGAGGUCGUGAGGUUAAACGCCUCCCAGGGGCUCAUUUCCUGUCAGUGAGGCUGAAGAUGAAGGGGCUCUUCAGCUGUUCAUCAGGACUACACAGGGAGGUAUUGUGUGACAGUGGAGGCUGUCUGCACUGGGGGAACAACCGAUUCUGCUUUCAAGAGAUGUUGCCGGGGUGAUAAUGAAAUUACAAAUGUGUGAGAAUGAUACUGAAGCUUGUAGUCUGGUGGCGUGAUGUGAUUGAAAGGGGGGUGACGAUGCGGUUCUGUGUUAGACUAAUAACGUCCCCGUUUUCAAGCACAAUGUGCAAAAGAUGCAGCUGUUUCUAUUUGCGGGUCAAAGUUAAACAACAGUGAACUUUGACCUGAGCCAAAUGCAGCUCACCCCGAAACAGGAAACUCAUUCAUCAAGUCAGCAGUUGCAUUUGUUUGAGAUGAAGUGAGAGGUGAGUGAGUGUGAAAAUGUCUGAGAUUGUAUUUUGUCCGUAGCUUCCAUAUCUGCAUGGUGCGCCACUCACGGUGUUUUCUCCUCUGAAGGAAAAUCGAAUAGAAGAAGUAGAAUACAGUGUUUACCACAGACUGAGAGUGUGUGCGGGUUGUGUUUGUGUAAAAAUAAGAGAGGAGGGCUGAGAGAGGAGGGCUGAACGGCUACUUUUUGAAGCAGAUACUGCAAAAGUAAUAAAACCUGUUCUGCUUCUGUCCAGUUUGAUCUGCUCUUCAGGUGACAGCAGGAAAGAUGUACUGUAGAGUUCGGGGGCUUUAUAACUGACUUUGUGCGGUUAUACUUGAGCUUUUUCUUACUAAACUUGUCAUGAUAAAGAAAGGCAGUGAAACACAAGUGCGACAGGACACUUGUGUAGGCUGAUGUAAGAGCAACGUGGGCUGAUGGACCCAAAGAAAGAAAGAACAGGUUUGCUGAGGAACUGCAGUAUGUUUUUGUCUUCAAGAGUGUGUGUAACCGUCAGUACAGCGAGGGAAGUUUGCGUGGUACAGUGUUGUAGUCAGAUCACUAAAGCUGGAGUCAGAGUUGAGUUUCGAGUCCCCUGAGUCACCGAACUUUGAGAACGCUUCAAGCUAGCUGCUUGUCCCCAGCUUUCAAGUCUGAGUCACGUCUGAGUCACUAAUGAAUAAUUUGCAUCUCCAUCACCAGAAUCCAGGUCGGAGUUGAGUCCCAGUUACCUGAGGGAGUUAAAGUAGGACAGCUAUUGCAACCUAAUCUAUUCUCUGUAUGAACCUGGUCUGAUUCAGUGGGGCCUUUUGGAUGUGAAGGGAAUUUUAGAUUCUGAGUGGUGCUAUCAGCAUGUCUGAGAAUUUAACUUGUCAGUUAUCAGGAUAUCUCGUCAUUUAAGACAAAACGCUUCCCACCAUUUAAAGCUUUUCUGUCAAUCUGUGUUUUCACUGUUGACAUACAGAUGGCGCUGUGACCUACCUUGUUACCACUCCCAGUUCGAGAACUAGCAAGAUACUUCGUCUUUGUCUUCAUCCAGACCUCGUAUUUUUACAUCUCCUUUUUUUCCUUUCCUCUUUUUCUUCUUGUUUGGAUUAGGAAUAGAUUUAUUAAUUUUUUUUAAACACUUAUUUAGGCCUACACUUUUUGUGAUUAACUACACAUAAUUUAUUAUCUGUGACCCACUGCACAAUGCGACGUCGAAAUGACAUCUAUUUAACGUAUUUUUUUGAAGAUGAGGUACAAAUGUGGAUGUCAUUUCAACAUCUAGUAGAGGUCCAAUAAUUAUGUCUAUAUCUUGGAUCCAUUUUGCACGUUGUGCCGACAUCUGGAUUCGGUCUUCAGAUGAUGUCCAAAUUCUGAACAUCAGAGUGACGUCUAAAAAAGGUCCGAUUUGGACGUUGAAAUUUCUAACCUAUUUUGCACGUCGCACUGACGUCUAGAUAUGGUCUUUGACGGACCGACCCAAUACUGACUUGAUCUGCACGUCUCUUCAACGUCGGCUGUUUGGUGGGAAGCUUCAGAUUUUCCUAAAAUGCUUUUGACACGCAAGAGGAUGUACUUGUUGCACUGUUGGAAAUGGCUUAUUGACUGACUCAGAUUCAGAAAUCUCCUCGGUGGAGAACUUUAAGAUUGUUCUCACCCAGCAAAGAUGCAAAAGGCAUGAUUUGAUUGUUUUCUAUUAGUGAUCACAUCUAGGUCCGAUUGUGCUGACCCACUAAAAAAGCUGAGCUGAUGAUUCGAAUGUCGAAGACAAUUUGAUCCUCUUGAUAUUUGUUAAUUUAUUGAUUGAUGCCGUCAUUCUCCUAUUCUAUCACGAUGGGAGGGAGAGCAGAGCUGCGUUGAAGGCGUUAAACACAAGGAAACAAGAGGAAAAGUUUACAGAGGUCACCAAAACUUAAAGCACAUGAGAGCAGUAGGCCUAUAGCGUAUUUAUUAUCAUGACGGCACAUCUGCAUGAGCAUCUGACGCACACAGACCCCCAGCAGAGCAGCUGUGCCGCAAGAAGAAACAUCCAAACAGCUGGAUGCAGAUUAUAAGUUAAUGAAACAAGUUAGAAUAAAAGGUUUUUAACUCAAGAAAACUGAAGCUCUCCACUCUUUUCUGAUGCAUUUAUUCGUUACAUUUGUUUGUCAAAAGAUAAAAAUAUUUCAGACGCUUGAACGCUCACUUGAUUCGGUCAAAAUGCCGGCAGCGGUUGGCAACGUUUUCAUAACAUGCUGGCAGGGAAAGAGAUAAUGGGGAGUUAAAUUCAUUGUUUCAGCUGCUGUUGGAUCACUUCAGAUGUCUGAUAAACUCAAAAAUAUAUCAAACCAUCAGAGUUUUAUCUUAUGAAACGUCUUGGACUCAGUGGUUAAGGCACUUUGGAUCAAUCCCAGUAACUCCAGCAUCUCCCUCAUUUUUUUUGUGUAUCUUGGAAGGACGCCUGUCAAAGUUUGAGUCUUUCGGCACUAUGAUACACGAUGAAUUAUGAGAGGGGCUCCGCUAAUGUCAGCCCUCUGUCUAAAUGCAAUGUAGCUGUUCUGCUAAUAAACUUUGUUUUCUGAAAAUAUCACUUGAAUAAAAUAGUGGAGUGAAUUUAUCACCUGCAGAAGUGUUCUGUACCUCAGCCAGGCCUAGUGGUUUGGAUGUGGUACAGACAUUUAAUUCCUGCUUUUUAUCACAAAAACAAACUCUUUGAAAGCAGGUAACUAAAUGGGAUUUUGUUUUUUAUCUGUACACCUGCUCUGUGCUGUUGUGAGCAUCUGUGGGGGAGAUCAGCUAAGCACAAGAUGCUAUCUCUAUUUUUCGUCUAUUAUUUUUGGGCAGUUGGACGCGGUCAGUAUGUAAAAAAUACAAAAAAAUAAGAAAACCUUUUUUUGUCUCUAAAAAAUAUCAGUUAGAUGUAGAUAAAGGGGCAAAUAUGAGCACAAUACUGUCUUUGAAUUCAACAGGCUUACAGACGCCUCAGAAAGUGUUUCUCUGAAUCACUGGAGCCUGCAGUCUUUUCGACUGGCUUUGGUUAGGGAUGUACAAUGUGAAUUGAAACAUAUUUCAAUGUCUUUGCAUUAACAAAACACAAAGGGCUACAUUUAUGAAAUCCCAUAAACCUUGCCCUGUUGUUCUGCAGACUCAGUCACCCACACAGUGCCUCGACUCUCCUGUUUCAAACGCUACACUGAUCACUGAUUCAUCUGCAACACAGCAACGCUUCAAACCUCCGCCCACAUUAAUCAAUGUCUCACACACGUGAAGCUCCGUUUUGCACUUUGAAUCACUUUUUCCCGUCACUUUAAACAUUUGUCUUCGCAGCAGAAAAGAAGGCAGUAAUUUGUAGACAGUUUACCGUCUGACACUCCUGAAUGUUAUGUAACCUUUCCAUAUUGUAGGAUAACAGGGAUCAAGUUUCAGGAUUAGGUCAGAUCCAGAUAUAACUCACAGGUCAAAACCUGUUAUACCUGCUUCACUUAGUGGAAAAAGGAGAGUGACAGGAUGUACUCAGAAAAUUACUGCUUUAAUGUAAAUGUAAGUGAGAGUUUAACAUGUAUGCAUGACCUUCAGAGUAUGUGUGUUUGAACAUUGGUUAAAUCGAGCUUCGUUCUCUCUCUUCGUUUUUGUCCUUCAGUCUGGUGAAAUGACUUUUUAUGCAGCAUUGUACGUCUGAAUCUCUUUGUGUGCAAGCUGACUAGAAGUACAGAAUUUCUCUCAAUGAGAUUUCUAUUUAACUGUGUCUCAUAUAUCCACUGCAAUGUAAUUUCUUGUAAAGCUAGAAAAAAUAUAUAAUGCAAAGAUAGAAACAGCCGAUAUUAUUACUUGUAGCUUAUUAAAUUGCUGUUUGAAACAAUAUGUUGUUUGUGAUGGGCUGAUUAUUAUUCAGACCCACCAGGAUAAUAGCGGUAGAUAACAGAUGCCAAACUGGUGUGUCGGGUGUAGCUAACAUUAGCACCACCAGUCCACAUGACUAUCCUGAAGAUCUAGCGGUUGUAUCUCAGUUUAACCCGAAACAACCUACAUACAAAUUCGUCUCUAUUUUCUAGACUAAAAAUGCUGUAAAACUUUAAGAUGCAGCACCUCGCUGGUGUCAAGUUAUGCCACCAUUUGGCAUGUGCCGAUAUGAAAAAUUUAUAUCACGAUAUUGGUGGCCCAAAAUGUCACGAUAUUAUCACGAUAUUAGCGCAUUGCAUUUAACGUUAUUAAAAAUGGCAAAAAACUGUGAAAUCACUUCUCUGUGCACAGCAUGACACGCACAAACAAUAUGAGCAAGAGGCAGCUAACGCGACGUUGGGAGCAUUAGCUUCUUGGAGCUAAAGUUAGCAGAAACAUCACUAAAGUUGUCAAUAAUAAGCACUAGAGUAGACCAAACUUGUUGCGGUCAUGUUGUUUUUACCUUGAUUUGGGCGAACAAUGCUGGAUGGUGUUCACGGAGGUGGGCACGUAGGUUUGAAGUGUUAGACAACGGCGCUGCAACUUCCUUACGGCAUAACCUGCAGAUUGGUGUCAGGUUUACCUGCUCCGUCUGAUUUGUGAAGCCGUAAAACGUCCAUACUGCCGACAAAACCUUUUUUUGAGAGAUUUUUUUUGGAUUUGGGACUACUUCUGUGGUGGUUUGUUUGUACAUUUUGCUACCGAGGCUUUGACACCGUGGGUAAGACUACAAGCGGGUUUGUUUGGUAAGUACUUUAAUUAUUAUUGUGGAAUGAUCAUUGCAGUACCUUACGAUUUCAUCACCGUGGCUGUUUAAUGUCGCAUAUCGCGAUUAAAUCGUAUAUCGGCACAUCCCUAGCCACCAUAUGGAUUUUGUUUCACAUUCAGCAUCAGUUUAACACACCUUUGGCUUCAAUGUGACUCACGGUAACACGGCUUAAAUCCCAGUCUACUCCCUGUUCCACACUUUAGAUCAGAACCAUGCUCACUAACCAGAGGACAAAGCCUCCCCUCCCUGUGUCAGAGCAGGUGUCAGUGUUUAAAGUGGAGGUGAAUUGUGGCUCAGCAGUCGGGUAAACUUGCGCUCUUUUCCCAGCUGGGUAUUGUUGUUGGAAGGUAACAGCCCUGCAGGGAUUUGCAUCUCUGUUCCUACGUGUCUACCUAUCCGCAAGAAUGUUUCAAAUGAUGACUCUGUUGUCUUUAGUGCGAAGUAUUUAUAACAGCAGGCUGUCUGACUGUGAAUGCUAAACCUCUGACAAUUGCUUCUGUUAGUAGCUCCAUUAAAGCUCAGUUCAAUCCACAAUGAGUACAUUUGGUUUCUAAUGAAUUUUAUCAAUUAAACUGCAGUUGUUUGGUUGUUUUCAUUCUGUAACAACCAUGUUCAGUUACCUUAACUGAAACAGUAAAAUAAAGUUGGUGUUUAGAGAUACAAACAUGCAGGCUGGAGAGAGAUGAAAAUCUAGAUCACACAGAUUCAGUCUAAAAGAUAAAACUUAUGUAGGACUGAAAACACACUAUUGGAUUUCAGAUUGUGAAAAAUGUGUUGACUUGAACUGCUGCAGCAUUUUCAUUUUGUACUAUAGAGGCUUUAAAGUCUUAACAGGAAAAGCAAAAAUAGAAAAUACAGUUACAUUAACUUUGGUCGUAUCAACCACCCCUACAGACGAGUGAUUCUGGUGCUGACUCACACAGCUGAAAGAAUUCAAUUUCUACAAAUUAUCCUAAAAAUAAUCAUGCACAUCCCUAAUGACAAAUCUUUAAGAUAGUCUGGGCCUGCAAAUUAAAUCGUCUAUUUUCCCAACUCAGUCUUCUAUUGUGUCUGUAUUCAAACUCAAAACUGUAGUCGUGAGAUUUGUAACCAGCCAUACAAAAUAUACUGUAAGUACAAAUUAAUAUUUAGGAAUUUAAUCUUUCUGGCAGAAAAAAUACGGAUUUUACUUUGUUUGAUUUUUCAAAAUAUUCUUUUUUUUAUUUGUGGUUUAAUGACAGUUCAACUGUGAGUUCAAGGCAUGUGGAUUAUCAGAAAGCCUCAAACUGUAUUUUAAUCAAGUGUGCUUUUGAGGACUGUCUGUCCUUGUGAAGAUGUGUCAAACUUGAACCCAGAUAAUUGGAGUUAAGGACAAAUAAAACCUUUACAUAUUUUUUUUCUGAAAACUCAAGGAAUUAACCACAGAUAAAAUUCAGUGAAUACAUGACCCAAAAAGUACUUUUUUUAACCACAUGAAUGCUGUAAAUCUUAAAUGGAGUGAUUGUCAUAACAGUGACUCUUACGCAAUUAUAACAACGCACAAUAGUCUUUUAAACUGCAGAUGAAUUUGACAGUAUUUCAAGGGAAAAGGGUUUCAUAUUGAGGUAUUUGUUGAAAAGAGAACAGACAUCUUAAUAUGGGUAAGAAAUCUCUGAUGACUUUUAUUUAGGAUUAUUAUUAUUUUUUUCUUAAUGGGACAAUAUGCAUUAAUGAACAUUUACAUGUAAAUGCAUGUGAUUAUAGCCCAGUGGCUAACUUUCACCCCCAGUCCCAUUAGCAGGUUGGUGUCAAUACAUAAAACCAAAAACAAACCUCAAUAAUAGGCAUAAAACACACAGAGCAUAUCAGCAACAAUAUAGAUAACAUACAUUAGUGUUUUUAUUCACCCAAACUGUAUACAAUCAUAUCUCGAAUCUCCGUCUCAUACCUUGGAAAGAGUUCAUCGAGAGGAUGCAAAAGUCAACGCGUUUGUUAGAAAGAACUCUGCAAGAGAGACAGCCGAGUCUCCCAGAGUUGAACUCUGAGGAAAUAUAACAAUAUAUAUGAUGUUACAGUAGGUGGCAAAUCUUCACUAUGAUUCUAGAGGUUAUGAAAUUGAAGCACAGUGUUGUGCAUCAGUGCAGUCUCAGUCUACUGUCUCUUAUAAAGUACGCGGUGGGUGAUAAAUGUUUGCUUAUUGACAGUGAUGAAAGGUGAUGGUCGAACUGAUCAAACACUGCUUAGCUGCCAGUGUUGAAAAGAUAACACUAAAGGAGAGUAGAAAACGGGGGUUUGUGAUUUUGCAGAGCACUGAGGGAAGUUUGCCCCACUAAUGAGGUUUUGAAAUGGCAGUCGAAGUUGAUGAGAGGAUCUCUCAAAAAAAACUGGGCCAACGUGAAAGACUUUCACUUCUUAGAAAAACUGGUUUUAGUCUUGGCUGUUUUUAGCUUACAUAGUUUAUAACACAGUGAGUGGUAAUUGAUGUUUAAGUUUUGUAGAGUAUGAGGUCGUGACAAUAACCCCUCAACCUGCUUCAUCGGGUCUGUGUAGGGUCUUGUUUGUUUCAAGUACAGACAUCAAUGAAAACUGUCUGUCGGUGUGACUGAUGCAAAUGGCUUCUUGGCGAUUCGGUAAACACAGGAACUCUACACCAAAAGCUCUCUUCAUCUGGCACAUGUUAACUCAUACCUACUCCGUCAGUGAUAGUGUCAGCAAUCUCACCAGCCUAAAAGUUGAUGGAAAGUCUAACAAGUGUUGCUUAAGUAUGUUUUCAAAUCCUGAGUUUUGAGUCCACAAGGAAAGUAAAUUUUGAAGCAAACAGAUUGAAAGGACCUCUGUUUUUUCAGGUUUGCAGAACAUGGAGGUUUUCUUGAGCAUUAGUAUCCAUUCAUCAAGCAAAUUGAAACUUGUUACCCUCAAAUGAAGCAUUUCUCUUUAUUCUCGCUCUUUUUCCUCAUCUUCAGCAGAUUUAGAGAUAAUUGGCACUGGCAGGCAAGACUUGGCCAGCAAGCCGUAAUUUAGCAUCACUAGUCUCCUAACUAACUGAAGACGUUUUCUUUCUUGUGGAAAACCACUGUAAAAGUUUUAACUCUAAAGUUUGAAAAAGGUAUCUUUUAUACAGAAGUCUCUUCACUGAUCGCUUCAUACUUUAUCAAAAGUUUGGCUGCUGCAAAGCCCAGACUCAAAACCUUCUGAUAUGGCACAAGUCCAGUGGUUUUCAGCCAGGUGCUGGCGCUAACUUCCUAUCGACUGUGCAAACAUCAGAGUGGUAAUGAUAUUUUUCAUCUCGCUUUUGGCAAGAAAACACAUACACUGUAUUUGCCAAAGUGAGAACUCUCACUUUAACACCAAACAUUUACUUGAAAGGCCUCAGUGGAAGCAUUUUUAAUGGACACAGAUGUUACAUGGCUUUUGCUCAACAAAAUUUACAAUCUUAAUUUAAAUAAGUGAGGUUCAUAAAAUUAUGUCGAGUGCAAACUGAAUUGAUGGAAGUAAAUGACUUUAAUUUUAUGAGCAGAAAAUUGGGAAAUAAAAACUAUUAAAAAAACAAAUCCUGUCAAACAUUACUCUUUGACACUGUAUCCGUUGGCUGUUUCAUGUGCCUGGUUCAUCGAGAACCAUAAUCUUGACAAGUAAUGUCAGAACUCCUGCUCGGUUGUCAACAGUUUGGUUUGGCAUGCACUGAUCUCUUCCUGGUAUUGACGAUCAGUCAGAUACUGAAUCAAGAAGCUGGAUUGGGUAUCAGGGUGAUCAGUAGUGCAGCAUGAUAAAACAACCAAUUUAAGCAGAGAAGACAGUGAGUGCAACUACAUAAAUGUCAGCCAAAAUGAAGCUGUUGCCAAUGUGAUCUGUGUUGCAAAAUUGCAAAACCCUUCAAAUUGUGGUUUUAAAGUGAGAAAAAAAGCUUCCUGGACUUUUUUAGGUAACCAAACCCAUGAAAGUAGCUGAAAACAUGAGAUUCUGCCACUUGGUUUGCACACUUUGAACCCUGAUAUAGUUACAAUCAUUCAAGUUUGCCUUCACUUUUAAAGGCAAACUUAUAGGGCUGACAAAAUAGUUCUAUAAUAACACAUAAGUCAGAACGUAUUAGAAUAUCUAUAUUUGCACCUCAUGCCAACAGGAGGACAAACUAAUACAAGACAUGACUACUUGUGUCGGUAUUUUUUAUUUUUAUUUCAGUUUGACAUCUUUGAGAAUUCCAAGGACAUUACAAAAUGAAUUACCUUGUGCAAGCAAUUAAAGGUCCCAACUCUUGUCCGUAUGGACAGGCUUGAUUCAGUGAUUGAAGCAAUGAUGAUGAACUUAUUCCAGCUUACACACCUUGCAUAUAACUUUAUCCCACUCAGCAUUUUUUCCAUCUACCAUGUUUGCCCAAAAUCAGAAGAAUUUCCAACUGCAGCUUUGAAAGUUUGUUGAGGUCCAGACCACUCUCCAGAUUUGGCUCCGAACAUCCCUCCAUCUCUUUCUGCAUGUGCCACAGACAGUUUCUGUUGUGUCUGACUGCAGGUGCAGUUCCUGUGACCUGUCUCUGACCCGUCGUUCCAGUGCGCUCACUGGCCGCUGUUUUAUUUCCUUGGUUUUUCUCCCACUCAGUUUUUUAAUAUUCAAAUAUAUAUUUUAGAAUAUAGAAUAUUCGUUGACAGCUCUGCAAAGUUAUAAAGGAGAGGUUGCAGCCAUGGGCUUCAUCACAGGUACCUUUAGCUAUUGCGUUUACCUGUUGUCACUCUUCAUUUUAACUGGACGCUGGUUUGACAUGAGUUGGUGUUACACUUGUCAAAGUAGGUUCUGUAUUUUUAAAGCAUCUAAAUCCUUAACAAACUCAAUACUGUCAUCUGAAUAUUAAAUUUACUCAAACCAAAAGCUUGUAAGAAUGUGAGUUUGUUAGGGCUGCACAAUGUCGGUAAUAUGCUCAGGCAAACUCAUCAACAUGAUAUUGAAAGAGCGCUGACCUCGCAGGAGAUUGAGUUCAGUAUUUGGAUAAGAGGUCAUGUGGUUCUGUUCGGUAAUUUUUUUCACUUAUUUGUUAGAUAUGUCUUUGCCUCCACUUUGAAAGUCCUGAACAUUUGAAACAGACUGCUGAUACAGCCAGACUGGUCAGGUCACUUGAGCAGCAUGCAGGGUAAGUGGUAGAGACCCCCUGGGCCUGAGUUUAGACACGGGGUCAAGCCCACAUGUCAGCCAGAAUAUGGGCUGCUGAAGUGACUUUAGCAGCCACCGGACUCCAGCUGGGUCUGUGCCCUGACUCAGCCGCAGAGAGAAAACACAGAGGGAUACUUUUUGUUCAGUUUUUUGGCUGCCCCCCCUUAGGUAUCAGGGGGUCCCGAAUUUAGAAAAGUGACCCUUCAUUUUAGUAUGAUUUAAUGUAACACUUUGUCCUUUUAGUAAAAUACAGAUACAAGGACAGUUUGCUCACAUGAUAGAUGAUGGCUGAAUAUGAUCGAAAACUUUGGCUUUAUUAGCUGCAGGAGAGCAGGCUGUAAGCAUAGGAUCAGGUGUGUGUUAGUGAAGCAGAGGGGCGGAGUGAGCACAGGAUGCAAAGCUGCAGCAUUGACUUGCGUCAUUAUGAAAAAUUAAUGCAAAGUUGUAAGCCUGAGUCCUGUGUUGGGCUGUACCGUCUUCAAAAUUAAAUCAAGGCUUGGAUGCCGUUCAUGGCUGUAACAUUUGAAGGCGAUGUAACGUGGAGGUCGGCACUUAUUGUCAAAGCCAAUAAAUGAGAUACAGGGUAUAGAUGUUUUUUUUAUAGAAGAAUUAGCAGUCUAAUAUUGAUUGAAAAUGUGAUUGUGCUUAUAAUUAACAAAUUCUAAUCUUAAUUCCAACCAAACUGAUUGUAAUCAUCAUUUCAGUCAGGAUCACUUUGUCAAAAUUCAGCUUUAUUAUUAAUAAGUUAAAUUUGGCGGUAUAGUUCUGUUCUGGGUCCCUGCCCUUCCACGAGCUUGCGUGAAAACUAGCGGCAGGAAGAGCACCUUCCCGUUCUUCAUGAGGCAUCAUGAAGGCAGAAACAACGGGGGGUAAAGCAGCGAUGAACAGAACCCCCCCAGAACAGGAGCGCUUCAAGAGUAGUGGAGCACAAGGGUGGAGGUGGGUUGCUGGUUGCCUGUCGAAGUAGCGGAAGAGGCUGGGUUAGCGCUUGACGUUGUGACCUUCCAGAACUAACGCUAUGCCUCAUUUUUGCCAUGAUAAUGCAGCCAUGUCAUAUCUUAUUGAGUCUUUAAUUUUAAUCCAUCCAAUCUGGCUUUGUACAAGUUUAUCUGAUUCAUGAAGAAAAAUCGUUGUCUUACUGUGUUUAUUUCUUUCUCGGGUGUCAAUAACAUUUUUCAAAUCUUUAUUUGCUGAAAAUGAGAUUUUCAGAGUCAUUACAAUUUCUUGUCUCUGGUUAUUUAUACAAAUCACUGAUCUGUGUCCUCUCUAAAUGGCAUAAAGAAGUCAUAACGCAGUUGCUUUGAUGCUGAUUGUGAAAUUAUGUUGUUGUUGCGCCAUUAGAUCAGUUUCUAAUUAAACAUCGAUAUGCAGAGAAAACUGAAAGUCACAGUUCAAGUUCCUCUGCAGUUUUAUAACCAUUAACAUUCUCAAAAAUGCUUUUUUUUCUGGGUAAUUUAGUUGCUCUCUUCCAUUUUAUUCCAUCAGUGAUUCAUAACAACAGAAUCAGAUGAUAAAUAAAAAAAUAUAAUUUUGGUUUUCUUUUGGACGACCUCAAACAUUGAUUAUAUUUUACACAGGAAACUCUUGUCUGCUCCUCUACCUUUCUUUCACAUACUUGCAGCUUCCUGGAUAAUUAGUUGUUUUGUUGCUCGAAGCGGUGGUUGAACUUUAGCCUUUGACAUUCAGGAUGUUAUUUACUUCUGCUGUAAAACUCUAGUUUUGAAAAAAAUUUAGAGUCCAUAGUCUUAUUUUAUGCAAAAUACCGCAGAAAAUCAAACACUGCUGCAGUCGUUGAGAUAAAGCCAACCCUGAAUCAACAGCCUCUCAUUUAAGAUGCAGGAGAAGCUGGACAAUAAUUUUAUGCAUUAGUGGUGUGUAUGUGUUUUUGUCUUUGUUUAGAAGUGCAUCUUAAUAAGCCAGUAAAAAGGAUGGUCUGUCAUCCUAUAGUUAACUGUUACAGGUCAGAUUCUGUCUUUUUCUCUGAAUGCUUCUAUUUGUUCUGUUGUUUUUUUUCUUAUCUGUAUUUCAGAGGUUAGGGCCCAUGAGAACAGCACCAUUAUUUUUGGUGUACUCGGUUUGAAAUGCAUGUAAAUUAUUAAAGCUUCUCCUUUCCUCCUUCCUUUGUUUUCACAAAUUUGGUUCUUUCUUUUUCUCUGAUCUUUGACAGUGAAUAUGUGCUUAAUUAUGUUGUUCCUUUUAUCUCAUAAUGAUUAUUUAUGUCUCUGUUUGAACUCAGGUGACUCGUGUGCAGCCUCUUUAAAAGUACAGCCAUUCUCACUUAAACACAGUGACAUCCCCGUAUAUAAUUUAGCAGCGUUCAGCAUGUUACUGAGCUCUUUGGCAGGUUUUACUGCUUUUUUUUCCCCCUGUGAGCUACGGUGUCAGGGUUUAAAUUAGUUGCUGGCUCCACAAAAAAGUUUGAUGUACUGAGUUUAUGAGUUGUGUGUGUGUGUAUGUGUGUGUGUGUGAAAAAGGGGGGCUGUGGUUUUGUAGACAGCACAGAUAUAAUCCAUCACUUCAACACUUUGCUUACAGAGUAGAACUUUAACCUCUUCUUGUCCGCGUGGAUGUUUUCACAGACACACCGUGUUUGCAGAUAUGCGUGCACACUGGUGUUGUUUCCUCUGCUUCAUAUUUAAACAUUUCUGAGUUGAUAUUUUACUAUUAAAAUCAUUAUAGCCAUUGUUUAUAUGAACUCACAUGAGGAUUUUUUAUGAAUAAUACCAAAAGUUUUCGGGAUAGGGAUCCAUUAAAGAGUUAGUGCAGGAUUUUGAAGUGUUGUCUUUUUGAUAAUACGCUUACAGUUUAUGAAGAUGACGUUUAUGUGAAUUUAAAAAUAUUGAUAAUGUAAAAUCGUAUGGUCGUUCAUUAGAAAUGUUAUCAUGUUUAUUUGAAAGCAAACAGUUAUCAAAAUUAGUCCAGCAGAAAAAGGAAGGAAACAAUCUGUUUAUUGUUUUAGUUUAGUUUCAUAUAAAUGCUCCAAAAAUGCUGUCGAACCAGUGUUGAUAAUGGCUGAAUUGCAGUUGAUUUAAUCCCAAAUUAUAGUGCUGAACAUACAACUGACUGUAGUAAUCUUAGUGUUUUACACCAGGUGAUUUAACCUGCUAAGGAUGUAUGAUCACUGACAAAUGCCCCUCAGUUGACUAUUUUCUCUUUCAUCAAUGAUACACAUUGAUUUGCUGCUGUGUUUGUUUAUUUUGUAUAGAAAACUAAACUUUCUGACCAUUUCUUGAAACUGGUGUUUGUUUUUGAUCCCCUAAUGACCCAAAGGGGACUUCUCCAAGAAUGGCUGUGGUCUGGCAACAAGAGUUGCACAUCAUAUAUAGUAUCUUGCUGUCUUCUCUGUCUCAAGGUCCACUUUACACAGCAUAUUACCCUAAUGAGAUUCAAAAACAAUGUACUGAAAGCUCUGGAUCCCUGAGCAGUUUCUAUAAGUCUUACAUUUGACUGUAACUGAGAUGAGCGGUUAGCGUUGUCACACUGCUGUGCAGAGCUGCACUGUGCACUCUCUGUCUAACAUCACCAAAUUUUACUAUUCAUGUACAGCUUACUUGAGCAAGCUGGCAAGAACUUCUUUAUUUAGAAUUAGAUUGAAGAAAAUGUUCAGCUAAAUGGCACAGCCCCUGUGUUUUGUGGGGCUUAUUUGACCAGAAAGUGACGUAUUUUUUUUUUAUUUUAUUUUCCGUUAUCAUGACUUCAUAUUAACAAUUAAUUUGAAAAAAUCAAUACUUGGUAAAUGAGACCAUACGAGAUAUCACCAGACAAAUUAUCGUGAUACUAUGCUGUAUUGAUUUUUUCUCCCACCCUUAAUACAAAUGUGUUUGUGCUUUGGGUUUUGACAUUCAACACAAUGACUUAAAGUCUGCAGGUUUAGCUGUAAGAUUCAGCCCUUAAAUAUUUUCCCCACAUUUAGUUAACAACAAAAAAUCUGCAACAUGAUACACUAUCAUGGAAACCAGAAAGACAAAAACAGGACACUCAGAUCAUGAAAAGAAAGAUUUUUAUGUUUCUCUUCUUCUUUUUCCUCAUGCCUCAUUUUUUUGUUUUAUGAUGAGCGUUUCCUCUCAAUGUUUUAUGCACCACACUGUCAAAAAUCUAUAAUAUUUAGUACCAGUACUCUACUUUGAACGUAAUUAUCCUAAAACUUUAGAGGAAUUUGUAAAGAGUUGGGACACAUCAGUGGAAUCUCAACUGCAGUGGCCAGACAGUUCAUUUAGUAAAAACCUUUGUUGUGUUCUUGGUGUGCAGUACGCUGGGAUGACCUGGGACACAUUUAAACUGACUAAUGACUUCCACUGUUUCUUAGCACAUCUUUUGGGGCUGGAUAAAAAAAAAAAAUGUUCCUACUGACUGAAACUUUUAACAAAAGACAAAACUCCUAAUUGGCAAACUUUUAGAAAAGGAGCCGCUUUACAAUCUUUGUUGAUUCAUGGAGUCAAUUUAACUUCCCUGCUUUCUCUUAAGGUUUUCUAACCAGCGUGCUCACCCCAGGCAUUACAGUAACAUUGCAGAAACUCUUCCAGGAAAUUGUUGUUGUUUCUCAUCGUGCUUGUUGUUGCUGAGGGUCAAUUUAAUUUCCCUGCAAACCUUUGCCAAGCCCUCUGCAGGGAUGGCAAUCCUGAGGAUGAGGGGGCGAAUAUCAGCCAGCAGAGAGCUGAAGUGAAGAGUUAAUAGGAUUUUUGCCAACAUUGUCCUUACAGAGGAAUUGCCUUGCAAUCGAUCUGUGUCACUCAUCUCUGAUGAGUACUGAUCAAAAACCUAUUUAUAAUCUGCCAUCUCUUAUAGGCUGUCAGGAGGAGAGAAGAGGCGGCUUGAGCUGAGCUGAAUUGGAUGAAGAGAGGAGAAAAAAAGGAAAAAACAGACAAAGGAAAUCUCAGGGGACAAAAGGCAAAAGAAAGAGAGAGAAAAAGAGCAGCGCUCAAGUUUAAGCUUGCGUGCAUCCAUCAGUCAGAUCAAUACAGUCGGCAGAGCAGCUUUGAUUGGCAGCAAUUUGAUUGGCUUCUUGUGGAAAUGGAGUUUCACUGUGAACCUUUAUUAAUUCAGCCUCUGUUAUUACUGGAUUAACUUUCUCAUGUAAACAAAUUAAGUCUUUAUGUCUUUUAAAUUCAUUUCAAAUACUUGAAUGUGCUUAGCUCUCAAAGAGACAGAGGCAGAGAUACACGACUUACACACUAACACACUAACACUAACACAUGGUCCACGGACUGUCAACAUGAACAGGUGUCAGACUUUCUCAGCGGCUUUGGGAUACUUAGAGUCCUUGAAAUGCCUUGACUGACCCUUGAACUUUGUGUCUUCUGUUUCCCCUCCAGGACUGGCUGAGUAAGUUUGGCUACCUCCCGCCCCCUGACCCAGUAACUGGUCAGCUCCAGACCAAGGAGGCCCUGACCAAGGCCAUCAAAGCCAUGCAGAGGUUUGGAGGGCUAAAGGAGACCGGGGUCUUUGGUAUGUGGUGUUUGUGAUUAUAAAAUAGGAGAGUUAGUUUGACAGUUAAGAGAAGGAAAAAUAAAUAUCAAACCAUUAUACAAAAGAAAGAAAAAAAAAGAACUUUUGGCCUCAGAAACUUUUAUUUUCUGUCCUUUUUUAACAACAAUCAUCUGACAGAACCAAUGUCUGUUUGUUUCCUCUCCAGACCAAGCCACACUGGGUCUUAUGAAAACACCCAGAUGUUCUCUGCCAGAUGUUUCUGAGGCUGAGGGGACAAUGGGCCGCAGGAAACGCAGCCCAACACCCCAGAACAAAUGGAAUAAGAGACAUCUAUCCUGGAGGUAGGGAACCGAAAAUGAUUCAUUUAACUCAAGAAAUGCUGAUUUCACAAGAAUGACUCACCUUUAUGGAGGGAGAAAUGGACAAUUAUCAUGUUAGUGUUGCUUUUAUGUGUAAUCAUGCUCAUGUUUUUGGCUACCUCAAAGGUUUGUCAACAGUUUUUGUGCGUUUAGUGGUACAGUAGUUUCCGCGAUUAAGAGGAAUCAUACGAAGGACAAAUAUCCUGUAGAGUUAGUUCUGUGUAUUUGUGCAAUCUGUUCCUCUUGCAGUUCUGCACAGAUUCAGUCCGGGACAUUGCAUCAGUGCAGUCAUCAGAAAGUCAUAAACUCCACCAUUUCUUCCCUAAUGUGUGCGUCUGGUAGAUUAAAUUGGAGGACUCCUCCUCAAGCUGGAAAUCUUCUGCUUUCCUAAUCAAUUUUGAGGAAGAGAUCUGGCAAAUAUGACGAGCUGAUUAAGGAGACAUUUGAUAAACAUCAAACACUUUAAUCCUCUAAUAGAGCACAAGGAGUCCUCAUUAAAUUUGAAGAACAAAAUGUCGCCUUAAGGGACAAAAAGAUACCACUUCAAAAUAUAUCCGCAGCAUUGCAACUUGAUUCGGGAAGUUUUUAUCAAAGUGGACCAGAUCAGAAGCAGAGUUUGCUGACACCUGUGCAGAUGCACCACAAUUCAAAGGUAUCGUCUCUCUGAAAAUCCUUCUGUGUUCCUCCACUUGUUAAAAUGUAAGUUUUGAUUUAUAAUUGAUUCAAAUGGUUACCUGCAGCGUGUUUUUUCCUGCACAGAAUAUUACAAGGUGGCUGCCUCUGUCAAGUUUUGAGUUGCCCUCAGCUCUCAUCAAAGCCUGAUGAGUGUUUUCAGAAAAAAUACUCUUUUCCAACUUGGACUACACUCGGUGCAUUUGUCAUCUCUAACUACAAUUAUAACAUUUCACCCUUUUUGUUGCAGCGCUGUAUCCUAAUUAGUCCAGCGCACCAGAAGAGGAGGUGCCUCACUUGCCAAAAGUGAUAGAAGAAAAAGAAAUCAAAAGUUUUCUGCAGAGGGAGUCCAUGGGCAUUUCUAACACACGUACUUAGUAUCUGUCUGUGUGCUUGUGUCUGCCACAGUGUGCACCAUAUAAAACCCCUGAGUGUGGAGUGGGGAUGGGCUGUUAAACCCUUUAAUGGUGAUUUGCAUAGCUCCUGUCUUGAGGCGCACAUUAGUCCAUGUCUGCCCGGACUCUGUCAUUUCAUUUUGUUGCCUUGCAUGUUUUCUGGAAGCUCAUAAGGUACAAAUGUUGCAGUGCUACAGGAAAUUAUGAGGGCAGUGCAGUCUGCAGUUUAAACCAGACCAUAUUUCAAACAUAGAACACUAAUAAAAAUGGCAAAAGAAAGGAGGAGGAAAGUUCGACUUUACAGGAAGCUAAGAAAACCUGUCAUCCAUGUUCUUCAUUAGUACCACCAGGGAAAAAGUCAACAUGUCAUAGUGUAUUUAAUGACCAGACAGACCACCACCAUCUACGAUGCUGCCAUAACAUCUGCCUCUGUCUUGACAGAGUAUGUAACAUAAUCAAAGAGUCAGAUUACUUCACCGAGUGUGGCUAACGUUACCAGUGCCAGCAUUUCUAGCCUUGCUUUGGUCGAGUUGUUAUUUCCUAGAUCAAUCAGACACAACAUGCCAGUAUCUUCUGUAUCUUUAUUUUCAGGUACAGUAGCAGAGCAUUAAGGCAUUGUGAUUUUAACCCAGGCUUCAGUCUAACAAAAAUAUUCAAAAUUUGUUUCAUUGACAAGUAGUUCUGUUGCCAGCUAGCAAAGGCAUUUAAUCAUUUGACUAAUACAUCCUUAAUCGAUACCUCUCCUACUGAUGCCAUGUUUUUGUCAAGAAAUUUUGACACAACAUUUGUUUAACAUCCAUGCUAACUUUAAGGAGGCAGAGGAAUAUGUGAGUAAGGGCAAUUAAAUUGUUUCAAACUGAUUUAUGUAUUUUCAGACAAAUGUUACAGACACUGUUGUCAACAGCAAGUUGGGGUUGGCUAAAAUGCCAUUUCUGUUAUCAUGAGAAAACAAACUUUGUCAUGUCGGGAUAACAAACAAAAAGUAAGUCUAGAAAACAAACUUUGUUAUAUCAAGAUAAUGAGUCGUUAUCAUGAGAAAACAGUGCAUUAAAAAAAAGGAAAAGAAAAAGAAAAAUCCAUGGCCGUUCGCAGCUUCCCUACUUAACCAUACAUGAAAAUUCCUUUUUAAAAUGAGUGCACAUUGGUGAUAGGCUGAGGGUGAGGGUGCGUCGCCAUGCUGCUGGAUAAAGAAAACACUGAUGACUGGCUGAUUAACCAAUGACCGCCCAGAAAAUGAGUGAGCAUGAAAGUUUUAAUACCUUUUCUCUAAAACAUUGAAAGUCUUAAAACUUAUUGUUUACAAAAGGUUAAGUUUGAGCCAGUACUCACAGUACACAUACAUUUUUGCAUAAAGCAAGGGGCAGGUAACUCCUCCGCCUUUAUUUGGACCUCGUAAAACCCCGCAGGUUUACUUAUUUAACCAUGUUCAGCCAAAGUUCAUCCUGCAAACAUCAAUGUUCAGAUUACUCCAGGCUUCUAUCAAUGCAGCUAAAUAGACUUUUACAUCGACAUCAUCGCCUCCUCAUUUUUCAGAAGCUCUGCCAGAGGUAGUGUAUGAAAUAAUCUAUGGGAAAGCAGGGGAUUGUUAGCAAUAUACUGAACAUGAAGAUCAAUAGCAGGCAAGUGGAUUGGAGUGCUUUGAGAGGUUUUUACGGAUGUUUCGAAUCAUUUUCGCAACAAGUCUGUCUCAGAAUUGGAAUCAAUUUCAACUGCUGUUUAGAAACACAGCAAGCAUGAUACGAACUCUUCACAGAGAUCCUUCAGUCAGGCGCUCAGUCGGUGAGUAGUUGUUAGGUUUUACUUUUUCAGUAGGAGAACUUCUUUUAUGGUGUAGGAGGUUGUUUUUGUUAUGCCUUUGUUCCCGAAAGGGGAUGUUUUGGAGUUCUCCUCUAAUGAAAUUGAUGGGCAUCCGUGACCAGCUGAGAAGCAUCGCCAUAGUGUCAGACGUUCGAGUGGGAGGCACUGAAACAUGAGGCUGAUAAAGAAUAAGCUACUGCAUACGUUGGCCAAUUUAUGUGUGCGAGUGUGUGUUUACAGAAUAUGAAUAGACACAUAAUUUACAAAGAGGGAGCCAACACAAAGAUUCCUACACACAGUAGACAGUAUAUCCUGAAUGCACACACGCUCAGGUGUGUAUGUGCUGCCUCCCUCCUGGUGAGUUUUAACUUUCCUUUUUUUUCCUCUGUACUGCUGCCAAUCAUACACAGGGCUCCUGUCAGCUCGCCACGCUCUGAAAUAAGACAGGUUUGUCUUCAGUCCAGAGAAGCGCCUUUGUAUUCACAGCACUCAGAUUUGUAGAACAGUGCGCUGGCUUCAGAUCCAGAGAGAUUUCUAUAGUGCAGAUUUUGAGUAAAGCACCAUAACAAAGCAUUGAUAUUCUGCAUAGAUUGGCCUCCUCUGUAAUUCUCCUGGUGUGCUGUCUGCUUCUGUCUUUUUCAGCUGGUGUUGUGGCUCUGGCAUUGAAAUGCCUUCACUGCUUGGUUCAGAAAAAAAAUAUAUCAUCUAAUAUUUCAUUUUGGACACCAGAGCUGACAUGAUGUAGAUCAUUUUAAAACCAGCUAAUGAGCGAAAUGCAAUGGAACAGACAUGUUUGAACAUGAGUGCUCUGCUCCAGCACAUCAGUGGCAGUGAGGAAAGCAUUUUCUGUAAAGAUGGAACAGUUUUAAUCAGCGGAUCACUGUCCAUCAUAGCAUGGCACACUAUAAAGACCCACUCUGAUGAAAUUCAUGUUUUUCUUGUUGUCUACAUGUUCAUAUAUGGCAUUUUUCUGAUGCUACAGGACAUAUCAUGAGAAAGGUAAGUGCGUAAUUGCAUUUCUGAGUAUUUCUGCAUUUAGAUCACUGUGAAUCUCUGGCAGACCCAAACAGCAGGUUCAGAUACUGUGAGAUUUCCUACAUAACAAAUCCAAGCUCCGCCCCCAGAGCCCCGCUAUGCAGGCCAGACUCUGCGAAAUAGAGAGCAUGAUCGCAGAACAAGCGUGUGUGUUAGCGGAUAUUGCAAUGCUCGUAAGAAGAAAUUAUGGUAUUAACUUUCAUCAUGUCCCCAAAGACAUUAGUGUCCGAGAGCUGAAUAGCUCCUAUGUUACCUACUUCUUCUACUACACCAACAAUGUUAGGCUGCAAGUUAGUGUGAAGAGGAGGGUGCAGAGCAGCGCUGUCUCCACCCACGACUCAGAGGCGAAUUGCUAAUGAGCUACUGGAGCUCUGCAGAAGCAAAGUCCUUAAAAAUGACCAAGGUAACGUGAUUUUGGCGAAAAACUUGAUAAUCACAAUUUAAAGACCACUGAGAACACUUAAAGUAGUAAAAAAAAAAAAAAAUUUGAGUGGGACUUUAAAGGGAAGUGUUGACAUGUUUUCAUCCACGCUCAUUUUAUCUUCCUUUUGGCGUGGCAAAAGGAAAAAAAACAUGACAGGAUUAAAUAAGGAAACGAGUUGUUGUUAAAACCACGAAUGCUUCCGGGCUUGUAACAUCCUUGGGCAUUGAGUGGCUUAUUUUGACAGAACUUCAUGCAACACCCAGAUUUCUAAAAUAGUCCUGCACCUCUGCUGCACAAAACUCUAAAAGGACUCGGGGAGGGCUCAUUGUUGAUAAAUCCAGGGGAAGGCUAUUGUUUACCUGGUAUGAACAAGAUGUCCUUCUCUUUAAAAAAAAAACAAAAAAAACAUCAACAUAGCAAAGUGACCCUGCUGUACAAAAUGUUCAUUCUUACCAUCUCUCAUUUUUAGUGCUGCUGGAGCACACUGACACAAACCUACUUACUGUGUGAUUUCUUACCACACUGCCAAUGUGAAGAGCUCCUGAACUGCCUUUUAUUGUUUAAUGACAAUAAAGAUCUAUUCUCUCUAUUCCAACAGGCGGGGGUUGAUGAGUUUUGUAUCAUGCCACCUGCGUACUGACAAGUUUGCUGCAUUGGCAAGCGACUGUAGUGAGAAUCAGCAGGAGAAGUGUAUUUUACCAGACUAACAUCCUUUAUCAAAUAAUGCACCAAGUACUGAAUCACAUUAUACAAUAUCUCUACGCUCCAAAUUUGCAUUUUCAGACCACACAGAGUACAUCUAGAUACUCAACUAUAAAAAUCCUUGAAGAUUUCAGGAGAGGUGUAUCUCAAUAGACUGAUGUCCUUCAACAAGAAGUACUCUCAAUGAUGACAAGUGCCCUGGAUUCUGGCUGUGCAGUAGCACAUAUAAACAGGAAACACUACUGGCCAGAAGAUCAAUGAGAACAUUGAAUCCCAGUGCGUGUUAGACAAGCAGCAUGUGCUGGAAUGGAAAAAAAGGAACAAAGAUAUAGAGGAUUAGAAAUGAAGCAGGACGAGCAGAUGGAAGAAUAAAACAAAACAAUCAACAGUUUCAAUCUUGAAAAAGACUGUAAAACACAUUAUCGUAACUAUGGCGGCGUUUUUUCAAUGUCACGUCCAUCCCGCUGAACCUGCCCCUUGUGGAACAGCUGUGAGGGGACAUAUGUGAAAACUCUGGGGGCAGAGCUCCUGAAGUUAUCUAAUACAGAUGUCCAGAGUGCAUGUCAAAAAACUGUUAUUGAUAUUAGAGUUUCCUUUAAAAAGCAGAUAUGAGUGGAUGUGUUGCCUCUUAAGUUCAACAGCCUUCAAGCCUAGAGGCUACGAUAAAAGCGAGCAUCAAUGUGGGAAAGAUUCCAAAAACUUAUUAAAGUUUCAUACCGAUCGAAGUUAUUAAAAGAGUUCUCAGUUAUCGUUAAAAUAUAAAGUUUUUAGCCAAAAUCACGUUACCUGUGUCAUUCUUAAGGGCUUUUCUUCUGCAGAGCUCCAGUAGCUCAUUAGCAAUUCUCCUCUGAGUCAUGGGUGAAGACAGAGCUCCUCUUCACGCUUCUCUUCACACUAGCAUGUAGCUCAACAUUGCCAGUGUCGUUGAAGUAGCAGGUAACAUAGCAGCUAUUCAGCUCUUGGACACUAAUGUCUUUGGGGACAUGAUGAAAGUUAAUAUCAUAACUAGCUUUCUUACGAGAAUUGCAAUCCGCUAACGCACACGUUUGUUCCACAAUCAUGCUCUUUAUUUUGCAGAGUCUGGCCUGCAUAGCAGGGCUCCGGGGGCGAGGCUUGGAGUUGUGACAUAGGAAAUCUCACAGUGUCUGAGCCUGCCUUUGGGUCUGCCAGAGAUUCACAGUGAUUUGAAUGCAGAAAUACUCAAAAAUGCAAUUUCACACUUACUACAGAAAAAGGACAUAUGAACAUGUAGGCAACAAGAAAAACAUGAUUUUCAUUAGAGAUGGUCUUUAAGCUGAAUAAUAAUUACGACACGCUCACUCAAUGUAUUCUUACCUUUCUCCUGGUUUAAGGUGUUGGAAAGGUUCCUAAUCUGAGCGUUAGAGUCCAGCGCUUUGUUAUUGGCCGAGUUUUCCUAUCAGACUGUACUUUACAAGUCCAAGUUUUUAAAAAGGACCACUUUCCAGAAGUGUUAAUGAUAGGGGAGUCAUGUCAGAUCUCACGGCCAAAUUCAUGCUUGGGAAAAAGAUGACAGAACUAUGUUGUAAGUAGGGUUCAUAACGCUGAAAUAACUAGUCAUCUUGGUGAUAUCUAAAAUAAACCGCGUCUCCUGCUGUGAAUAAUUUUGACGGUUCCAUUCGUGACCUCCAGUUUUGCAUUUUUACCCAAAUUAUUUUGACACUUUUAACAAAUUUCCGCUGUCAGGCAACAAUUAACAGUUUUAAGCAACCCAUUCAUUGGCGGUCACAUUAACCGAUCACAAUGGCUUUGAUUUAAUCUAGCCCGCCUGCUUUCUAAGGCAUUUUGAACACACACAGAUGGAUUUGGUUGGACAUGCUUUAAUAAUAGCGCAGGGUGGAGAAGCAGAUGUACUGUUUUGGGACACAGUGAAAGUAUUGGGAUGGGGGUCAGGUCCAAAUGAACCAUUUUUGAAAAUCAGUGGGACUUAUCCAACCAGUAUCCAAUGGUUCAGAUGUAGAUGUUGCGUUAAGAGUUUCAAAGCUCUUUGCGAAGUACUUCACCGCCUUAACAGAAGUAUAACUUUUAUAUGAAAAGGACGAGGACUUUGACUAUCUGCAAGGUUCGACCCCUGAUCAAUCAAAGGUCCACACUCUCAGUCUGCUUAAUGAGAUCAUCACAUUAGCUCAAGAAGCACAGAGUCUGUUCGGCUGAUGCUUCACACUUUCUCCGGCCGGUUCGCACACAUCUAUCACACCAUUAUGUUCUGAAAAUGUGCUGAGUAGGUGGUGAGUGGUUAGUGUCACUUAUUUCAUAGGAGGAAAAAAGAGGUAAGUGCUAGGUUGGGAACGUACUCAGUAGAGGGAAUUCGAAUGAAGUAAUGUAUUUUUCUGCACUUGAAAUAUAAGUAAAGGAUUUUUUCUCAUAACAGCUGUGUCUUAGUUCCAUGGCAGAGGCCUUAAACCUCAAUUUCACUCCUGCCUUCCUUUUUUUUCUUCUCUCUCUGACACACUUGCCCAUACAGCACACUGUACUCAGCCCACUAUGUUUGCGCCAACUUGUAUAACAGCCCACUGUUAGCUCAUUAUCUCAUAUUGUUUCGCUAUUAUCACAGCAGACAGCUUGGCAGUCAUUAGCAGCCUGGCUGAUAACUCAAACAGAUAGGUGUAGUGAGCUAAGCGGUAGAAGAGAGGAGAAAAGAUGAGAAGGUGGAUGAAGAUAAUAAAAGGAAAACAAGAAGAAAAUAUGAAAUGCGAGGCUUCAUCUCUUCUGUCUGCGUCUAUUUAGUCUGAUUCUUGAGGUGGGUUUGUCUGACGAAACACUGGAUUUCAAACCCACCGACUGUCAUCUGUGUUUUUCGACUCAAGCUUCAACUUUCGGAUUUAAUGAAUCAACUGCGUCCAAGAGUGAUUGAUGUAACAUCAUCACAGUCCCAGUGGCCAUUAAAAAACCAUCAUAGUAAGCCCACAGUGUCUUCCCCGCUCUUUGCAGCCUGGAGUGUAUUAUUAUUACAUUUACAUACCCUGCAGUUUAAAGCCUGCUUUGCAAGACCAGCAUGUAAUGGCCACAGUCAAAAUCCCCAAAACUCUGUGAGGAUGAUUAGAGCCACACUCAGAGUCAUAGGCAGUCUGUAAUGACGGCAUUAAACGAAGCCAUAGUCAUAACUCAGCGGCAGGGGUCCAUCAAAGUACUAAUUAUUGCCAUAGCUCACUGUUGUUGCAGGGUGUUAGGAAACACCACAGCUGUACUGAAAAGAACCUGGCUAUGGGAGUUUGGUCAGUAAUAAUAAAGCUGUUCACCAUAAAGACCAGGCAUACCGCAGCGUCACAAACCUAUUUUCACUCUCUCACUAUUAUGGUGACUGAAUAAGUAUCUGUAAAUGUCCUCAAUAUAAAUAUGGUGAUUAACUUCAAGCAUUAUUAUUGUUAUUUUAAUAUUUGUGAAUUGAGAAAAUGACAUUUAAUUAGAUUUCUAUACGAUGCUGCUUUCUGACCUUAAUGAGGAUUUUUUUUACAGAAGAUCUUAGAUAUCAGGACUGAGCUUUUAUUUCUAAGUAACUGUAUAAAAUCCCUACUAAAGGGUUAUCUUAAAGGGAUAUCCCGGCAUCAAAUUAAGUUAGACAUCCCCUCGAGAGAUGGAUGUUGCCGACCACUUGCUUCUCUAGAUAUACCAACUUUAGUGACGACUGCAAAGUAGCGAUACACAGCGGUCUACAUCUCCGCUUGUUUGUCGGAGGGAGCCCUGACGAGUCGAUCACCAAGUGCAGCGGAUCAUUUCCAUGAAGUAAUAAUCAUCCAAAUAAUCAUUUUACACUGCAGAUUUUAAUUUCCAGCUGAUCAGGUCCAAGCUCCUUACCUCUCAACCUUUCCUGCAAAGAUCUUCUAUAACAGCAUUAUCACCAUCUUCCCCUGCAAAGAUCUCCCUUCAAACAGCAUUAAACUUUAUUUUCUGUGUUGGGUUGUAAAGUAGUAGCACAUUUUAUGAAUCCAACCUUCAGUUUUUCUGCAAUGUAACAGGAUUUAACACAAUGCUGCAUGUCUGAAAGGGAUUUAGCCCCUUGCUGCAACCCUCUGGCUGGCAGUACAGAAUAUACUGCGCUGUUGGCACAAAUAUUUGCACCCUUAGUAGCUCUGGGUUCUUGUAUUGAGGGACAAAUAUGCUUGUUAAACUUAAAAUGACAGUCAAUGGGGACUGUAGCAUGCAGACAUACAUUCAUUCAUCAGCUGUGAAUUUGUGCGCCACUACUAAAAUUUCACAAUUGUUAAUAUUAAUGUGCCACGAAUGAUUUCUACUCACACUGUUUGAGCACAACAACACAAAACGAUAUUUUCGACUUGUUUUGAGUCAUCAACGAGCGCAUCAAACCCUGUCGAACCCUCUUCCAUCAACGUAAAGGUAAUGUACAAGCUUAUACACGGUCUAUAUAGUGCGGGUAAUGUAACAGCGUAACUCCUUGAGCGACAAGAGAGUGGGGGUAACAGUGGGAGUAACAGCGAAAAGAUAGCAAAGAGAUAGUAACUCUAAAUACAUAUUCACUGCAGCUUUUUAUGCACUACAAAUAGAUUAUUUCCUUGAUUUAAUACAAUAUAUUUUUGUAUAUCUCAAACCAGUUUUAAAUUUCAGUAAUGGUCUGCCAUUCUCCUCAGGGAGGGUGGUAUAGCAGCUCCAUGACCGCCUGCUUUUCUUAAUGGUCAUCUUAUUUUUAACUAUUUGAUUGUAGUUGCACUUCUUCCUAGUGGUGCACUACUUCAUAGCCCCAUACACAGACAAGCUUUUGGUGCAGUAAUCUGACAGUAUUAUAGGAAUCAAACCAAUCCAUACGACACAUUCACACAGACAACCAUUCACCGUCCACAGACUGUGGGAGGAAAGUGAAAAGAACCCACUCAGGCAUUGGAAGAAUGUGCAAACUCCACUUAGAAAGACCCCUUAUGGCUGGAAGAUCCAAGCCAGGAACCUUCUUGCUGUGAAGGCAAAAGCGCUAACCAUGCGCGACACUGCCCGGCCUUAGUGUCAUUUGAAUGAUGACAUGAUGAAAUACAUGAUCCUUGGUUAAAUGCCAUUUGAACAAAGAGACAGAACUCUUUCCUUACUCGACUCUGUUUCAAUUACUAUGGUUAACAGAUAGUUGAAUUCCAUCUAGUAGGGGAAACAGGAACGUCGAGUGUCUCUUAUCGGUGACUCACAAAUCUAUUGUUGUGUCUGUAUCACAAAGCAGUUCUGCCAGGAGAGUUUAUGGACAUUGUGCGACAUAAUUCCAGGCUAUUGAGGCUUUCAGCAUUCAUCUCUCUGCCGCCAUUUGAGGCCACCAACCUGUGAAAUUGCUCGUUGGUACCUCAGGAAUAAGAAUAACUAUUAUUGAGUAUUAUCUUAUCAGGGCCCCAUUACGCUUUUCACAAGUUUCAUAUCACUAUCUCAGGGUUGGUCAGUGUGAUAGUCAGGGUAGAUGGAGACCGGGGGAUAAAUGAGACUCAACUGAAAAGAGGAGAGAAAGAUUUGUGGAGGGGGAGUGGACUCAUGCAGAGCCUUUUAAUUUAAUGUCUUUCAUCUUGAGCCUGAAUGUCAUGGAGGGAGUGUGUGUGGAAAUGUGUGUGUGAUCGACAGAGAGAGGUGCAAGGGGCUCUUGGUGGUAGACAGCAUGGUGGAAUAUUCUCAUGUUUUCUGAGUGUGUUGUUGGGGUGUUUUUGCUGCUACACGUGUGCUGCUAAAAAUGCAUAUGAGCACCUGAAUCACCACCUGCGUAUGAGCUUUCAAUUUUCACGGUAAUCAGCUUAUGUCUGCGGAGGGUGGCAGAGCGCAGGAGGUGAAUUAUAUUCUGUGUGUGCCCGGUGUGUGUGCCUGUACUUUUUAGCGUCAUUUUUUGAUGUCGGCUCAUGUCUCUGUGGAGGAGCAGAGCCACGGGAGGUAAAAGCCUGCUGAGGGGCUGAAGGCGGGGACAGCAAAAGACUCUUAGAGUUUUUUUUUUUCCCCUCUGUUUCUCUCCAUCUCUCCUUCUCCAUUUUCUUCUCUUCAUCUGAAUCAUCACUCUGCCCGAGCAAAGGUCUAUAAGUAUGACAUUGAAAUGAAAAGUCGAGCAGGUGAACACGAGGAACGGACGUGUCUGUGCGGAUAUCCUUGAAGAUAUUCGUGUCUUUGCCUCUCAGUCGAAACUCACACAUACAGUAUGAAUCUUGCAUGCAAACACACACACACAUUCACCCUCACCGAAGCCUAAUUUGCUCCCAGGAAUUCAUCAAAUUAAAGUUGAAAUCGUGCCAUGGAAUUAAAUAGGUCGAGAGAAUUAAGUCCACCUUAAUCAGCCCUCUGUCCAUCCAUUUAAUUUCCAAGUCUGUCAAUUAAUAUUUCCUAAUCUUUAGUAGAAGAAGUAUGAUGGGUUGCAGACCUGCGUUUAGCUCACACUGAUAUAUGUAGUACUUGGUUGGGUCAUUCUAGUAAGAUGCUCACAUCCGGAGCUGAAUCAUAAACCUCUCCUCGCCCUCUCAUUAACCUGAGGUAAUGUUUGAACUCCAUGUUUGUUGUGGACGGGUUUAAAAGCUGCUACUCAUUAAUCAGAAAUUUGCAAAACCUGAAAAAGAGGGAGCAAUGAAAGUUUAAUUCUGCUGCCUUCAGGGUGUGAAUAAACAUGGUGAAUUAAAAAAAAAAAACAGAGGGCCUUUUCAGCCAUCAUGAUGGUGCUGUUUUUUGUAAUUGAAUUAAAGGUGCAGUGCAUCACAAAUCUCAUGAUGUUCGGUUCAUGACUCAACCAAAAUAUGGAAGAGAAAGAUUUAAAAAUAUUUCACUUCAUGCUAAGUUAUUUAUUAAAACUUUGCAUUUUGAUGUGCUAUAGUAAUAACUCGACAAAGCAAAGGUUGUUAAUGCUUUGAAGUUACAUAGUGAUUGUGUGUCAGUGAUCCUGCUGUGUGGUCUACAGGUUAUGUCAAGUAUCCCUGUAUUUUUAUUACUCUACCCCAGAGAAGUAAAUAUCUGCUUAUUCUUGUUCUGCUCAUGUUUGGGGACUUUACAUGGCUGUUUGUUUUGCUCUCACUACUACUGCUGCGGUGUUCGGUGAGAGGAUUGAUGCUACGUCUGACCAGCAGGUCAAAGAAGGAGGAUAGGGGCCACCGCGGUGCAUUGUGUGUUUAUUUUAGUAAACAGAAAAGCUGUCUUUUUUGUUUUCAUCCAGAAAUGUCUGUGUGGCACAUUUGGGGGAACCUUUAUAUGCUGACCAUGCAGGUGUCAUGCGGCUGCCAUCUGUGCUUUCUGGGAUUAUUUGAGUGAGCUUGAAUGGCAAAAUGAUUUUAUUAGUCAUGUUUUUAAUCGUUUCGCUAAAAAAAUGAAUGAAAAAGUACAAACUACGGCAGCUGUCUCACAUAGCUAUUCUCCCUGCUCUUGUCUCUCUGAUCUCUUCUUUUAUUAAAAACAAAAGCUCGGUUAACCAUCACUCUCUAAAGUGGCUGUAGAAAUAAUUAUAAGGUAAAUAAAUUCUUUAUAUUUUCAUCAAUGUUGGCCCACAGUGUCUGCAGUGGGAAAGCAAGAAUGGGAAGAUGCAGCGCUUUCCAAAACAAUACCAGUGUUCCAGUUUGAUGAGUGACCCUGUUAACCAGAGGCUCUCUGCUGAAUGGAGCCGUGAUCGUCACUAAAGUUCUGAAGAUUGUACAGGAACGGCUGGACGUUUAAUGAAAGAUUAAAGAGGCACCCAAGGACUUUUUCCAUUUUCAACUCUAACCACAAAUGCAUUAGCUAGGAGUCCCCAGUAAACAGGAUCACCUGUUAAACCAAGUCACUGGUAAGCCUGCAGCUAUGUUACCUUUAUAGAGGUGGAAAGUUCUGAAGAUUGUACAGGAACGGCUGGAAGUUUAAUGAAAACAUGACAACCAUUGCAUUAUUUCUGUUCAUUCCAAUUGUGCUGACAUGAGCCAUCUCUAGCAUACCUUAAAAGCUGAUUCCCCUCUGCUGUAUUCCCCCUCUAACCUUUUCUAUACAGUAGUCACCAUGCAAAGCAGGUUUUGUUUGAGGUAAUCCGAGUUGACGUUCUUUGCUACCAUAGGGUUUGACUUUGCAUUUGAAACCCAUGGAUGUGUCCCACAUAUCAAAAAACCAGGGAAUUGAAAAGGAGCCCCCAAAGAGACCUUCGGCAUGUUAAAUAUAAUACCUUUACACUCUCAGCAACAAACCAGCAAAAGCAGCAGCAGGUGCUGUAAGGACUGUUGGCUGUCUUGGGAAUUGCCUCCCAGGCUUUCAGAACCAUCUGGAGCUUGUUGAGGUUCAGUGCAGCCUGACAAGAAGUCACCACUCAGAGCUGUAAACCAAAUUCCAAGUCCUCCUCUGCACAUAGGUUUUAGCGAAAGCCUUGUAAUCAUGGUUUUACUUGUGGUAGAGUUUAGUAAAUGACACCAAAGUUGGACUCAAUGGUUAAGCCAAGACAAUGAAGUACAUGUUAUCCUGCGAGAACACGGGUCAGCUAGUCACAUUUGUCAUGGAAAACACGUUAUCAGUUCUACUUCACGACUUUUACUGUCAGCUGAAAGAAAUACACAUUGAGGGAAAAGCUCUCUCUGAAUUUCAAUUUUACCAACCCUGAAUUUGCCCUCCUGCACUAUCAGCCUUUUUUUUUUGUCUUUUUUUCCCUCCCCCUCAGUCUGACAGCCCUGCACUACCUUACAACCUUAUAACACAAGACAUUUUAAAAAAGCUUUUCUGUAAUGAGGAACACUUUUGGAAGGUGAGGAAAAGGAGACAUCAGACGCCGUGUCAGAGAUGGAAACGUGUCUGUGUGAUCAUUGAUCCCUCUGAGUGUACUAGCCUGCAGAAACGGUGAAACUUGAGGACCUGUCAUUCUCAUUGAGAACAAACUCUGAUUCUGACUAAAGUUAGAAACGUGGAAGAUAAAGCCGUGGGGAGUUGUCAGAGAUAUUUCUGCAGUCGGAGAGUGUCUGAGUGUCUGCCUUUUACUGCUCUCUACUCACUUUGUCUCUUAAAGCAGUCUCUCUUUUUUCUCCUCUUUAUUUGGCCUUUUUUAUUUUUCUGUACGUUUGACUCAUACAGAUUGUUCUUUCUAAAUGAAAUUGUCAGUUUUAUCUUAUGAAUUGCCAAUACAAAGACGAACAAAGUCAUCUGAAAUAACUUGAUUGCUAACCAUAGUCGGGUCCCUGAUCUUAUAACAUAAAUACUAUUGGAAACAGGCGGUGUAUUUUGAGUACGAUGACAGAACUGUGUUUCUGGCUCAUGAACACUGCCACCUAAUCUUACCUUGAGCACUCAAACUACAACUCAGAAGUCGGUGAGUUGUUUGUGGAGUGUGAUGAUUCGCUUUGCUUCCAGGGUCAUCACAAGGUGUAAAACCUUGUUUCAGAGUCAGAAUAAUGAUCCUCCUGUCCCUCAUAUUCAGCUUGAGAAUAAAAGUUGUUUUGGAUGAAUGAACUUGUACUUUAUUUUGCUGUUUCAAUCUUGAUGGUGUUAAAGCCUGAGGUAAGUGAAAGUUUUAGAUCCAAGGGGAUAAAACAACCAACAAAACCCUCAUUAUGAAGUCCUGCUGUACGUAGACCAGUCCAGACUAGACAUCCUUAGCGAGUUUGAGAGCAUAAAACAUGUCUGUGACGGAAAAGCUUGAGUGAGAGAUGAGUCACCAGUACUUACCGAGAUGUUCUUAAUCAUGAAGAAUUCAAGAAGUUAAAACAAACGUCAGGGAAAUUAUUUUUUCAACAGGAACUCAACCAUCAAGAUGCCCGCUCCAACAAAAGACCAAACAAGGUGAAAAAGUAGAUCUUAAAGAGAAACGUCUUCAGUGUAAGAAUCUUUAUGAGGCCCGAACGCUUAUUCUGGUUGGCUCAGUCUGAAUAUUGACGGCCCACUUUCACUGCUGGUGCGAGUUGUCUCAACUAACCAAACAAAAUGACAUUUUUUAUGGUAUUCUUGCUGGGAAGUGAAAAAACCGAUACAGCAUAGUAUUGCAAUAUUUUGUCUGGUGAUAUAUCGUGUCAUCUCAUUUACCAAGUAUCGAUUUUUUUCUAAUUAAUUGCUAAUAUGAAAUCAAAUCUAUGAUAAUGAAAAUAUAAAAUCAACUGUUUGUCCGGUGAGGUUGGCAGAAGUUAGUACAACAAAUAUAUGUAAAAGGUUUGCAAGAUACGCUACAUGAAAAUAAAAUACUGUGUAAAUAAGACAAACAUCAAGGAAGCUAAACAGUUGAAAACAAUUGUAUAAAUCACAAUAUAUUGUAUUGCAAUAUUCACUGUAUUGCAAAAUGUUAAAAAUCGCAAUAAUAUUGAACCAUGGCCCAAGUAUCGUGAUAAUAUCGUAUCGUGGGGCCAUUGGUGAUUCCCACCCCUACAAUUUAUACACUAGGCAAGAUUUCUUGUCAGUGAUGAACUUACUAUUUACAAAUAUCUCAUACAAUCCCAAUCCAAAUGAUUCGAGGUGACACAAAAAAAGCUUUUAAAAAGCUUUUACACACAAAAGUGCUAAAUUGUUGUUUUUGUAAAACGCUCUGAUGCAUAGGUCUUUUUAAUGAAUGUCUUUGUGUCAACUUUUAAACCAUUAUUGUGGUAUUUCUGCUUUUAUUAGGUAGCUGAUGCCCCAGAGACUCUGUUCAAAGGCAGUGAAAGAGGUUAAUUGGUGAAAUUAUAAUUUUGUAUUCGAGGGGUCGCUUUAAACAGACCAAGAUAUUUGAGAUUUUUUCUUCUUGGGUUGUUAUGUUAAUACAGAUUAUUAGCAAAGAGGGAUCUGAAACUGAAAGGUAAAUCUCUAUAACUGUGUAGUUUCCGUGCAGCAGAAAAGCCCAGUGAGUUGGUAAUCUUGAUGAAGGGCAGGGGUUUUGUUUCUUGGCUGCUCUUUUCACAUUUUAAAAGAUUCAUUGUUUCCUGUGCAUCCCCCCCCUUAAAUGAAAUCUUAAGGUAAAGUGGUUGUCAGGCCCUCAGCGGUAAAAGCAUACUCUGAAUCCUAAUAGCCUUGCUGGCAUGAGAGCACUCUUUCUGGUUGUUUUUCCUUAAUGAUACUGAUUCAUUAAUCAGUUUUCUUCAAUAAAUCAACUUAAGCUUUGCCCCACAUUUUUCUCCAGUCAUCACGCUCCCCUGCACUGCAUGUCUCUCUGCCUCCUUUUAUUGAGAUCUACUGGAUUCCCGAGCUUUGCGGUUUGGUUCGCAGUUUUGUGAUAAAUGAUACUCUGUGUAACGUGUGAAGAUUCUGAUCUCAGCUUAGGUAUGACUAAAAUCAAAUUAAUGAAUGGAUGCCGGAGAAAGUAAACCGAAACGAGCUGAACACUCGCCAGACAGAAAAAAACUGCGUGCUUUCCCCUGAGUAGAGAGAAUUAAUUUAUAAGCCUGUUUAUCCACUGAUACUGAAAAGUCACAGCUCAGCUGAAGUGUGUUCACCUCCAGCUCUCCCUGCACAGUUUAUGAAGUCCCUGUUGCUGAUUGAACCAUUCCUCCUUUUGCUCUCACACCAAGAUAUGCCUCCACCCUUACUUUCAUCUCCUCUUCCAUUCAAAUUACAGCGUAAAUAGAAAGCACAGGUGGCUUGGCAGAUGAUCAUUUUUGUCUUGGCACGGUUACAGACGUAAGAAUUUAUGUUUUACCGAGGUUGUUUGCUCCUGCUUGUGAAAUUCAGAGGUUAUAUGUGUACCUUGAAGUUUAAAACAGGCCCUCAGGUCAGUCUAUGGUAAUCCAUAUCUGAAUCAAUAUCAAUACAUGUGCUGAAUGUUUUGAUUGAGCUACAGUGAAGCUCCGUUAAAUGCAAGCCACAACAAUUGAAAAAGACUUAUUAAAGAAUUAUCUAUAGUUGUCCCGAACAUGGUGUGCAGCCCAGCAUGAUAAGCUAUUAGAGUAACCCUUAAUAGUUUUAUAAUGGCGAACAUGUUCUUUUUUGUCUGCACAUGUACUUGAGGCAACCUUUAGCCGAGCGUCUCUGAGAAUGGGGAAGCAAAAAACAGUGAAAUACUCUGCAGUGUUUCUGUAGACCAUCAACUGGGAGAACACAAGUCCUUCAGGGCCAUUAAAUCUGCACUGAUGGAGUCAUCUUCAGAAGAAAGAAUACAAAACUACUCCAACUUCUUCAACGCUAUUGUGCUUUAGUGAUGCAGAUUUGAAAUAUUACAGGUUAGAGCCCAACAUGCUAAAAUCAAACACAAAAACCUCUAUCUUGUUUCAGCUGUGGAGCUCCAAAGAGAACAGUGCUAUAAUUGUAAUAUUAAAAAGAUGUUCAUUUAUUUGUGUUUAACCACAAAAAUUUGCACAGAAGUCGGAGUCAUGCUGUUUUGGUUUUUUUGUGCACUGGUGCUGGUUUUUCAGGAGUGUUUGUAUUUUGGUGUUUUUGUGUCUCUGCAUUUGUUAUCACUGGUCUGCACACUACCUACUCAGGUCCAUACAGAACAAAUUCAGGAGUAAACGCAAAUGUUCUCCACAUGGAAAUGGCGUUUUGGGUGACAAUACUUUUGACAAUACAUGGUACAACUCUCUUAAGGAGCCUGCACUGACCACACAGUUGUGUUCGUGCUGCAGUGGCCCUGAGCUUGUUAUCGCAAGUGUCUCCAUCCUCUCAGAGGUAUUGAAAUUUUGUGCCUUCUUCCUUUUCUGGUGUCUUCUUCAAAGAUGGUUGAACUGUAUAUAUGCACUACAUCGCUUUCAGUGGUUUCCAGCCAUUUCCUGUUUACGCUGACAUUGCCGUCUCAAAGAAAACUUUUCCAAAACGAAACAGCAAUUCAUUAUUUUUGUCUCUGUGUGGACAAGGCCUCAGACUCUUGCUGCACAUGAUCAAUUCAUCCGUGUCCUCUGAUACUGCAUGGAUAAUGAGGCUAGACAAGGCAAGGCUCUGUGAUAGCAGCCACAUUCAUAACCUUGCUUAAAAGACAGCAAGGGCAUGUCGUAAACAGCUAAAAAUAUCAUUUAAGAGACUGUUUUCAAAGUCAUACGUCAGCAUGAAGUUUGAGUAUAAACACUUCCUUUUUAAGCUCAUUUCUAGUCAGCUUCAAACUUGCUGUGGUUAGAAAAAGUGGUCUAAGAGACAGUUGAUUCUGCAAAGAAGGCAAGUGUACUGUGCAGAAGCAGAGAAGUAGAACCACCCAAUGACUGGCGGGUGGAAACGGAGAAGAGGAUUGAGAGAAACAAUGAGAGAGCGAGAGGGGAAAGGAAAUAUAGAGGGAGAUUUUUUGGAAGCAAACUUAGCUCGACAUCUGAGUAGUUCUCUAUUUAUUCUUGUCCUGCUUCUACUGGAGCUCAGGGUAGGAAAUAGCUCGAGAGAUGACAUGGCGAUGAGAGGAAGGAAGAAAUGAAAUGUGGAAUUAAAGAAAGGGAAAAAAAGAUAAGUUUUCAGAGAUGAUGCCAUGUCUCUCCGAAUGCACAUUGUACUCUCGAGUUAUUAUCAACACACGGGUGCAGCAGGAGCACCUGGCCAUGAAAUGCAAAAACUGAUGGAAUCACAUUGAAUAAGAAAACAAAUAUUUUUUUGUUUGUUGUUUACCAGUCUCUCUGCUUCUUUUUGUCCGCUGGUUGCUCAACACCCUCUCCCCCACACUUUUACUUUUCUCGUCUCUUCCAUCCUCAUGUUCAAGUUUGUCACCCAGACAGUCUUCAUCUUCUCUCGUCUCCUCCCUCAGAUUUUCCCUCCAUUAACCUUCCCUCCCUUAAUUUUCUUUUUAUUCUCCCCUUGUUUCAUGUCAAUCAUCAUUUCUGUCCUUUCAUUCUGCUGAGCUCUCUCCUCUUGUCUCCACUUUUACUUUGUUCUCCUGUCAAGUCUCCCUUCCCCUUCCUUCAUCAGCCACCUCUUCACUGAUCUUCUUCCUUGUUAGCUCAACUCCCAAAUGCCCUUUUUUUUCUCCUCUUCACCUCCUCUUCCCUCCUCUUCUUGUCUGUAAUAUAUUUAUAUCUCCUUUUCUUCUUCCCCCAGAGUGAGGACCUUCCCAAAGGACUCAGCCUUACUUGGCAGGGACACCGUAAGAGCCCUGAUGUACUACGCAUUGAAGGUCUGGAGCGACAUCGCACCACUUAACUUCCAUGAGGUGGCAGGAAGUGAUGCAGACAUUCAAAUCGACUUCACUAAAGCCGACCACAAUGAUGGAUAUCCCUUUGACGGGCCUGGGGGCACCGUGGCACACGCUUUUUUUCCCGGAGAGAGGUUCACAGCUGGGGAUACACACUUUGAUGAUGACGAGGCCUGGACCUUCAGAUCUCCAGGUAAUGUACAUCUUGAUCUGCUGUGAUAACACACGAAUGAAUCGAAAGAAGAAGAACUAUAUUUUACUUCUUUACAAAUAUCUUUUGAUUCAUUUUGAACCACUCAUCUUUGGGUUUUUAUACUAAAUACUUCCUUUUGUUUUACGCGCACUAUGUGGAGUCUUAAAUGAUUUUAAUAGCAUAGUUCUCUAACACUUCUCCAUGACCUUCAUAUCAAAGUGAGAUAAUCAGAGUGUUAAGGUCUGGUAUUAAAGCUCUUCUGGUCAGUGUUCAUUUGGGCAGCUAACUGGUUCUGGCUUUUUCACUCUACAUUUACAUGCACUUAAGAAAAAUCCAUUUAUUGCAACAAUCCAACUAAAACUGGACUUUAAAAAUGCAUGUUAACACAUAAGUUCAACUUGAAUCACAGUGAAAUCAAAUUUCUCGUAGUCAGACUUGCAUACCUGGAUAAUGCAUUUGGAGAUCAAUCGUCUCUGUCAUACGUAUAUACUGCCCAGUCAAACUGAAACUGCUCGUGCCCCAGUGUUCGCACCCCGGGCUCUGAGCUGGUGUGUGACGAGCAAAGAUGUGUUACCAGGAUGUGUUGUGAAACAAAACCUCGACAGACAAAGAGAGAAUGUAAAAAAGACAAAACUUUUUAUAACAAAUGGCACAAAGCUGGGUGAUACAGCAAGAAGGUCCUGGGUUUGAAUCCGGGUCAGGGCGUUUCUGUGUGGAGUUUGUGUGGAGAGUUACUCCAGGUACUCCGGUUUCCUCCCACAUCCCAAAAACAUGCAGAGGUGGGGUUAGAUUCAUUUGUUUCUUUCAAAUUGCCCAUAGGUGUGAAUCUGAGUGUAGAUGGUCGUUUGUCUCUAUCUGUCAGCCCUGCGAUAAACUGGCGACUUGUCCAGGGUGUCCCCCUGCCUAGCCCCAAGAUGCUGAGAUUGGCUCCAGCCCUCCUGCGACUCCCAACAGGAAAAGAUGUAAAAGUGACGCCCUGUUAGCCUCUUGCUAACACCUUUUGUCAGCUGUUUUGAUUCAUAAUAUCUAAUCCAGGGGAUGAUCUGAUGGUAACAAGCUGAAAGGAAGCAUGUCGCCACCUACAGUAGAACAGGCAGACAUCCUUCUGUCAGUGGUUUGAUUCUUGCCCAGUGCAUGUAAACUAGGACAGAGACUGUAGCCAAGUUAAAUCCCCAAACAUAUGUUUGUCAGAGGUGCAUUUUUGCCUCGCCUCCAUCUUGAAAAAAAAAGUCCAUAGAUAAACAUUUAUUGUCACGACCAAAUUAACCCUCCAGCUGGUAAAUUUUGUCAGUGGGUAAGAAAAAAGUACAGUACAGACCAAAUUCCUCCAAAAGAGAUGACAACAUCAACACAACUUUCACAGUCAUAGUGUCUGUAAAGCUAAUCGUCCGAUUGUUAUCAGUUUUAGCUAACCUACCUUUACUAACCUUUUUCUAAUUUUAGGCCAACAUCAUCUCUAACUGCCUCUGUUAUUUGACUAUUUCUGCUGUUCUUGACCAUCGAACCUUUACUUUUCAUGUAUUUAUUUCAACAGUAGUACCAACAGAUGGUUUCAACCACAAACAUUUUUUCAGCUAUCUUCUUUGUGUCUUUUUUUCCAUUUUUCAGCUUACUAUUUCAGCCUUUACUACAACAAAUAGGGGUUUUCUUUAUGAGACACACAUCUCUUCCCUUUAGCAUAAUUUAAAUGAUUUAUUUUUGGCUAAGUUUGGACAUCUUUGCUUUCUUGCUUGCUAAUUUUAUACAGUCUGGGUUGUAACAAACUUUUUUUGUUGUCCUGUCACUUUAAUGAGCUUAGUGGUUAUAAAAUAAAAUGAAAAAAGAUAAUUAUUUACACACUUUCUAAUUCUACAAGAAAGUUAAGUAUUGUUUGUUUAGUUGACUAGCUUAGCUUACCACCUAGCAUGCUGAAGCCUUAGAACUAGCCCCAGGGUAACCUCUGACUGAGAGAGCCUGAGGUGAUACUCUGAUAGCCUACAGUCUCAUAGUGCAAGAACUUUAUGAUUCAGAAAUUCUGGUGCUGGGAAUGUGCCGACACCUCGGCGUAAUUAAUAUUAACAUGUUUGUCAGCCUGCGAACUGCCCUCAGUAACAAGUACUGAGUCUUUUUGCGAUGUUAAGUUUCCUGUGUUGUAAUGCUGGAGUGCAUAAAUGAUUAAUGGCUUUACCGAUGAACUGAAAGAAUAAUCUUUGACACAAUGAACCAAAAAUCUUUCUAGUUUCACUUGUUUUAGUUGUUUUGACCUUUUCUUUUCCUCUUUUUUUAACAACAUAGUGAGUAUUUUUUUUAUUAUUUUUUUAAAUGAGACUUGGUGUAAUUAAAGGGGCAAACAGUGGCAAAUAAGGUGCUGUUGAGCUUCCCUACUGAAGGCAGACUCUGAUUGUGCUGCACGGGCUGACAGUUUGGUUCAUCAGUCUUAUCCUGAAUGAUCGGGGCAAAUGUCUUUCAUCAAACCAUUUCCAAAGAGUGUUAUUGCUUGCUGAGGGAAAUCUGGGACUUUGAAACGACAACAGGAUGACAGCGGCUUGAAACGGUAUUCAAUCAGCUCUGCCAAUCAAAAGUGGAAAUGCUGAUUUUAAAACUCUAUUAAAAUACUGUAUGUGUUAUUAUUAGACAGCUCUGACAGACACAACUCUGCAUUCUGUUCGCUUUGGUGACCUCUGGAUAUUCACUGAGUCACUCUUUCACUCGCUCAUGCAUUUACGCUCUCUCUGCAGACAUCAUCAUUGCCUCCUCUUUGCACUCUUGCUGAACCGUCUGUGUGCCUGUUAUCUUAUGUAUGGUUGUGGACUAGCAGAGACUGUGCCGAGUUUGAGUUCGCUUCACUUCAAAAUGAAAUUUCUGGUGGCACAACAGGACCAUUUAUCAAAACGUGACCCAGUCGUCACGUUCCGAUAAGAACCUCAUCAUCCCAAAUUCUCCCCACUGUCCUUUCGUUUUUUUCUCAAAAAAAAAGGGGACGAGAUAGAGGUGACAAGCAAGAAAGGGCAUGGGAGCAUUACUAGUCCACUCAUCCGAAUGAAAUGAGCGGAUGUAGUGAUCAAGCCGCUCUGAAUGCAUCGUCAGGCAGAGGCUGUCUCAGUGCGGUCACACGAAUGACAGCAUAAAUCAUUCACUCUCCUUUUCUCUGACUAGCUUUCUUUUCUCUUCCUCUCAUAUGGAUGAUUGAACCUAAAACGACCUUCUGCUAUCAUCUUCUCAACACCUCUAUUCAUCCCUUCUUUUUAGAAGAUAAAUGGAUGUGGAUAAAUGGAUAAAUUGAGAUGCAUGGGAAAUAUUAAGCUGAAAUGUCUCUGAAAACUUUAGAAACUUAGCAAAAAACUGUUUUUGCGAAGCAUUGUGUUUAUUUUGGAAAUGUUUCCGUUUGAAGGACGGUUUUUCAGUGACGUCCUCAUUAGAUUGGCCCGAUUAGAUGGAUGAUAAAGCCUUGGAAAGGUUUGCUACAGUAGUGUCCUGAGGGUUUAAUCCAGAGUGACCAAUCUGGAAGAGAAAUGGCAUUUGAGGACGCUUGGUUUACUCAGUUGGUAGAGCGAGCGCCUAAUGAACUAAGACUGAGUCCUCAUCUGUUUAGCUUUAUCUCAGGCCUCUUGCUGCAUGACACCCCCCAUUAGAUAAUCUGGUAAUUGAAAAUUAAAGGAGCAGCACGUGGGUUAUUGAAAUGGAAAAGUAAAGUCAGCAAAAUCAUCGGAAAGUCUUCAGAAUUUUUGUGUAUGGAUGAAAGCAACGUUGAGUGUAAAAGGGCUUAGAGUCGAAAACAUCUCUGUGUAGCAGUGAAUGUAAGAUCUAAAGUCUGUGUGCAGUCAGUUGGGAAUAUAAAAUAGUUCUGUUACUAGAACAACAGGGUUUGAAAGAUGGAAAGAUGGGUUACCAAAAAUACGUGAGCUACUUUACAAUGGUCAGAGUCAUGAUUGGAUUGUUCAGAUACUAGAUCACAUCAGCACUGACUUUACAGACCUUGUGGGUUUGGUCCUGAUGUGCAGUGGUCAGUACCUACCAAAAGGGGUCCACUGGUGAGAGGGUCAUGGAUGGCCAAGGCUGAUUUGCCAUGUUUACAUGUGCAAAGUUUCUUGAUCCGAUUAAAAAUUUAAGGGAUCGGAGAAUCUGAAUCCACUGUUUAUAUGGGCGCAAAAUCAAAUAACCCAAUUAUGACGCAAGUUUUAUUCAGAUAAGAAGCAUUUGGACAUGUGCAGAGUUGUCUGAUUUCGCUAAAACAACCACAGAAGAAGAAGAGUUGUAUUGACGCUUGUGCUGUCAACAAACGCGGUAGUGGCUCACUUGCCAGAGUUUUAUGCCAGAGUGUUAAUAAUGAAACCUCCUGUACUGGCCUCGAUGAAUAAGCCAAAGGCUGAAGAGUGAAGACCGAGUCAGGUUAGAGAGACAUGAUCGGAAUAAGUGUUUACAUGGAUACGUUUCAGAAUAACAAUCGGCAUAAACCACCCUUCUACAUUGGAAAACAAUUUCUUUACCAUUGAGCCAAAUUGUGACGCAUUUUUAUACUGAUCGGGCCUCUAUUCUGAUUAUUUGUGCCCAUGUAAACGCAGCUAUUGUUACACAUGAGGGGUGAGGGAAAGCUACUGUAGACAGUUGAGUAGAAGAUUUACUUGAGCUCAAUUUGGUGAAAAAGUUCAUGCUGAUUCUUAUAGAAAAGGUGUCAGCUCACACCAUGUACCACAGUUUGUUGCAGAUAAGGGACCAAAACUCAACCACAGAGCAAUGGUAGAAGGAGUUCAAGGAAGAACACAAGUUCAAGGUGUUGCCUUGGCCUCCAAAUUCCCCAGAUCUCAAUCCAGUUCAACAAUAAUAGAAUUUGCUGGACAACCCAGUCCAAUCCACGGAGGUCCCACCUCACAGAUUGUCAGAUUUACAGGAUCUCAUCCUAAUAUCUUAGUACACAGACCACCUCAGAGGAGGAGGAGCAGACACAAAAUCAAAUGAUCAGAAUGAUAUUACUGUACAGCUCCUGUUUCUGCUGCUCAGCAUGUUGAACACAGACUGUGUGUUUGUAUAAUGUCAUCUGUGCUGAAUUCAGAAUGCUGGUGUAAAAGGCGCUCCAUCUGGAAGGUUUAUCAUUUGCAUGCUGAUUGUAAAAUUUUGAUGCAUUUUUCAUCUCCAUUCCAGCCUACACAGUCUUUUCUAAUGUGCUUAUUGCACAUGUUAAUUUGGUGAUGAAAAUGUAGUUAUAUAGCAGACCGUGUGGGUAUUUGAUGUCUGUAUAUACUGCCUCUGCUUGUAAAGAACUGCAGAAAGUACCAAGGCAGGGCAAAAAGAAUUGACACCGCCAGACUGUAGAUUAACUCCCAGGAGACAAGAGAUGAAGGGGUGCCAGAAGUUUGUGAUAUGUGUGGAUGCAAUGACUCCUUCUCUGAUUUCAAAUGAAGUCUUUUUUUCCUUCGAGGGGAAACAGAAAUACCCGACUUGGCAGCCUAUACUCAUUCCUAACUGCACCUCUUUCUCGCCUCACACACAGACAUCCCAAAUAACGUAAUUCCUGGAUGAAAGGUAAAUCCAUGACAAAACCUGACAUGAAUACCUCUUUCAAAGCUAGAGGCAAAACAGAAAAGAAUCCACACCCAAGCAAGCAGCAUUUUAUGAAUCAGCAACACCAUAAGAGUGUUUCUUUACACCUUGUGAUUUUCUCUGUGAUAUGUAUAUUAUCUUGUGCAAUGUGCUGAAGAAACAGGGCUCAGUUACAGCGUAUGCACACUGAACUCCAGUGCUUUAUUUGAUGUUGUUGCAUCCUCAGAAAGUUUGCCUUUGUGGGCCGUUCCCAGGAGGAUUCUUUAAGACAAGGAUCCAACCGAAUCAUGCAGAGUUUGUAACAAAUUCUGUCACACAUAAAUAUGUGGUUUUGGGUUCAUAUAUGGCUCAGAUAUUUCUCUACAGUUAACCACAGCAUUGAACGUGUUUGUAGUUUCCAAACAUUUCAAGAGGAAAAAGACAGUUAUUUGUCACUCAAAAGUUUAAGGCCCCAAAAGAUGGAAAGUCAUCCACCAACCUAUACCAACCCUGACAAUGCAAAACAAACAAACAAAACUGCAUUGUUUCUGUUCUUUGGAUCAGUUCCUGCAAUGACAUAACUAUAUAAUUUACAUAGAAAUGUAUAUAAAACCACUUUCAGCCAUCCAGCAAUUCCACUCUCUCUUCCAGGGUUGUGGUUUUGCUUCAUUGUUUAGAUUCAAGAUGUCAAAGGUUACCAAACACAACAGUGGUUUCUUUGUAUUCUUGAUAAAAUGACUGCUAUAGUUCAUGCUUAUUAGUUUGUUCCAACCACUUCACCAAGACUGCUUUAACAAUGAAGACCAACCACAUGAAAAAGGACAAGAAAGUAUGAGGACCACUUUAUUUCUUACCCACCACUCAAAGACAUGCUGUUAUGUCCACUGUUCAUUCAUUUUUGAAGUGUACUAGUGCAGAUUCUUCUCCUAACUAUACAUCCCUCACCCACUGUAACUGGUACUCAGCAAGAGUAGGUUCAUGGAUUCUGCUUGCCCUCAGGAUAACCUGAACUAUUCCAUCCCAGUUUUGCACAUUUGCCAUGAAUUAAGCUGAGGGGCCUUAAAUAUUACCAUUCUGUUGGGUCACUUUUUUAGUAAACAGGUAUACAAUAUCUUUAGUUUGUGUAGUUAAUGUGGGAUGAAGAGUUACUCAGUGUAAAUCAGUGCUUUUCACCAUGUGUGUGCAGACAUGCAGACAGGCCACAGAUCUUGAAUUUGAGUUGUUUUUUUAUUUGCAACUGAGUUCAACCCUGUUUCAAGGUGCACGGCAUAGUAUUUGGCAACAUUUAGUUGAAAAUAUAAUCUAACAUUCAUAGAUUUAGUGUCAUGAAAUUAGUGUCUGUGUAAAGUUCAUCUUGUUAACUUAAAAUGAGCUUUUUAUAACGAAGAGUGGGUCCCCUUCCACAGAGGGAACCAUCCUGCACUGCCAUGUUACUACAGUAGCACAGAACGGACGAAUGAGUAUCAACCUUUAAAAGACAACUAAAAAACAUGCUGUACACUAAUAGAAACCCACAAUAUGUGACCUUUAAGUCACAUCACAGAUUAAUGCAUUUGAUUUAGCAUUAUGUUUCCUGCUAUAGAGCGGCUGUUGCUCAGUGGUAGAGUUUGUCAUCUCCCAAUUGGGAAAAGUGUCCUCGGGCAUUACACUUGACCCCACACACCCUUACUGGCUGCACCCAGUGGAAUAUGAAUGGAUUUAGUCAAAAACUGAUGGAGUCUAUGUAAAGCAGCCUCUGUCAUUGGUGUGUAAAUGGGUGGAUGUGACGUAUGUAAAAGCAUCUUUAGUGAUCAGAAGACUAGAGAAAGUGCUUCCUAAACAUAGUUCAUUUACCGUUUACUAACAUCAUGAAGUGAAGUAACUGACAUCUACGAAGGAGGAUAAGGGCCUCAAGAAAAGAAAAAUAAUAAUCACAGGAGGGACAUUUUUUUAAUUUCCAUUUCCAGAGCAAAGUCGAAAUUUCAAGAUUAAAGUCAAAAUUUAAAAAAGUCAAAACGAAAAAAAAAAUAGAAAUUUCGAGAUUCAUGUUGAAAUUUCGAGAUUAAGAAAAUCAAAAUUAUGUGAAUGAAUUUUAAAUUUCAAGAUUUGCAAGAAUACAGUCGUAUUAAAAUAAUUACUUACGACAGUUAAGUCGUAAUAAAGUAAUUACUUACAAGAGUAAAGUCAGAAUAAAGUCUCUAUAUUCUAACCUGUUGUUUAAGAUGACAGUUGUUAAAAUGAGAGCCAUGGAGCAUUUCGGUAAAAUGAACUUCAAUUUAGAUUUCUCAAACAAGGAUAUUUAUUUUUUGGCACAUCAGCACAACAUUACCAUAAGUAUUAUAAUGAUUUUAUUACGACUUUAUUCCUAUUAGCAAUGACUUUAAUCUCAAAGUCUUAUUUUUUCUUCUUAAUGUGGCCCUAAUACUCUGUCAUAGACAUCAGACACAAAAGACUUGAAUUGAAUAAAUCUUUUUCCCUUUAAAGUCAAUGGUAUCUGUCACAGAGAAAACAAAACAAUCUGUGUUCUGCUAAUAGAUGAUCAAUCACUUCCACUGCAGAUGUUCAAGCUACUUUAAAGAGACUUGAAACAAUUGCCUAGUGUCAGUCUUGUCAACACUUGUGGACAGAGUAGUACAUCUUCUCUCUUUACUGAUUUAUCCUGUACAUGUGUAAGUGGUAUUUUCUGACAGAGUGUGUCAUCCUGCUGUCUGUCAGCUGUCAUAUGCAUCACUCACUGUGACUCUUUCCUCUAGAAAAUGUAAAUAACAGCUGUUUCAGCAGCGAGCUGUUAAUCACCCCGUCCAACUCAAACCGUGGCGGCAGUAACAGCCAUGAGAAAACGGCUGAAUAGAAAUAGUCGGUCAUAUAGCAGAUGGUCUUGUUUUAUAUUUGGAAUUUUUAUUGUCGUCUGUCUUAUGAACAGCUCCUUGCAUUGGUUUAGUAUUUAGUUGUUGUUGUAACCUUGUGCUGGGUUCACAUGGUUCACUCUUGUUUAACUGCUGUCCACCAGAAAGGUCUCCAGAAACAUCCAGCACCCUUUGAUGUAUUUGACCCCAUGUUUUAGAUUAAACUCAACCUGAAAGAUGGAGCCUAAAGGGUAUGUGUGUGUGUUUCCCUGUGUGUGUGUGUAUGUGUGUGUAUGUGUCAGUUAGGCUGUCUGCCCCAGCUGGUGAGUCAGUGAUGGGGCCAGGACCUGUGUGGAUCGCCCUCCUUUGUUUUGUGCUGUCAGGGCUGUGAGCCAUAUGCUACAGGACAGCAGCUCAAUCUGCUCCAAUUAGACCUCCCAGCAGGCAGCGGCUGCAGCGGCAGGACAAGAAGAGGAUGCUGUAGCGCAGCCUGUGUGUGUGUGUGUGUGUGUGUGUGUGUGUGUGUGUGUGUGUGUGUGUGUGUGUGUGUGAUAGUUGCUGACAGAGGGAGGGGAUGUGUGGUAACAGCUGCAAAGAUGUAGGUAGAGUCAGGAAGAGGGUGGGAGGUCAGAGUUGUGCCCUCAUUAAUAUGACAACAAUAUUUUCGUGUGUCACAACAGUCUCCCUACAUAAAGAUAGUAUUGCAUGGGUCAUUAUAACUGGAAAAGUACUGUAAAGAAAUAUUAUGUAGGGGAAUAAACAUACAAAUUCAACCCAGUGAAAAAAAGCGAACUUACAGCCCUAAAUGUGUCCUCAAGGGUGGACUUUAGACAUGAUAUUAUUAUUGCAAACUAUUAAUAAUUCAUGUAGAUGAACAUUAAAUGUUACCCAUUGUGAGUUAUUAUGGGAAAGUGGGCUUCAAUGAAGGAAGGAAGAAAGCUAGAGAUCAGUUGUGUGAAGAACAAAUCUUUGGAGGAUACUUCUUUCUUCCGAAUCUCUGAAGGCUGAAAAUUAAAUCAAACCUUUUUUCAGAUGCAGAGCUAGCAAAGACGGCUAUUUUUAACUUUUAAAUCCUCUGAAGAAAAAAAGGCUGACCAAAUCAGCUCCUCAAAAAUAACCACAGAGCUGGUGGAGUUCUCGUGUCUUUCUUGGUUAGCGAGUGAAGUUCAGUCCCAGUACAGAUUAUUAAUGCUUUCUUUAGCCGUGUAGUUUGUCUUCUUUCCUUUUCGGUGGCUGUGACACUGACGCACUGAAGCAGAGGGGAAGAAAGUUAACUAAACAACUCCUAAUUUCAUCAAGUCACUCUCUGUUAGCUCCACCUAGCUGCUGUUUCACAACCUUCUCUUCUGUUUCUGACGGUCUCUGAGCUGAUAUUUGUAUCUUUUUGUCUACAUAUUGUUCUGCUUGUAAGACAGAAAACAUUAAGUUCUGCUUGGCUAAGCUCUGUAACCCACAGAGCUAUCACGCUCAUAAAUUGUUAUUCUUUGCAGUUUUUUUAUUCAAAGCCUGGGAAUCCCGUGAGUAGAUGAGAACUUGUAAGGUCAGCCCCAAAGGUAGAAAAUGGAUGUUGGUGCUUCAGCAGAUUGUUGAGCUCUGUAAUCAUCUUAAGAAAAAUGAGUCUUAUCAGGCAAACCCACAGCUGAGUAAUUGCUUCUGCUAAUACCCCCCUUCUCUGGGUGCAUUGUUCUCAGCAGGACCCUAAACUCAGGCCCACUAAGACCAUCUCUUUAUGUGUGUGAUGAUAGUUAAUGCUGGAAUAUUAAGGAGCACAUUUAGCGGACCGGUUCACUCCCCCCCCUGCUGUGUAACUGAUGGUGCUGGCGUCCAUUAAGAGCCAUGAGAGGUGGAUUCUGGGUAAGAUCAAAUAGGUGGAGGUCUUGAAGUGCUGUUUUGGUUUUGACAGGCACCAGAUUGCUUCUGUUAAUGAUUGCACAGCCCUCAAUCUGCUCGUGCAAACUGAUUGCCCCGACUGAAACAAAAGCAUCAUUAAGCAGGUGAAUUUUUCAUGACUUUCAGUUUUUCCAUGUGCUGCUGUGAUGUGUUCGGUUUAAACCUCCACAAGGACCCCUCAUUGUUCAUCGGUGAGGAAAAAUUACCAAAUAACUGACCGUUCAUCCGUUUAAUCCCAGAUCUUUAAACGUGCCCCUCAACCUCAAAAUCUACCAACUUUUAUCUGCACACAACAAGACAGAAUAAUAAAAAAGGCACAUUUCUGACAUUAGAGAUGAGCAGUAAAGCCAAAAUAAGGAUACCACAAAAAAGUGAUGAAAGGAAUAUUAAGAGAAAGACGAUAACAUGGCGUCAAAACUCCUAUGAGGUGAUUUUUUUAUGCUCAUGGAAGAGACUGAAAUUCAUUUUAUGGUAUGCAAAAAAGAAAACAAGACCAUCAGCAACAUGAUUGAUGAUUUCUGGACUGUAACUUUCAAUGCCUGAAAUUGGAACCAGCUGAGCGAACUGCCCUGUUUUUAUAACGUCCACGUUAAAUAUACGUUUACCGUUUAAAGGGAUAUUUUAGCGUAAAUUUAAGUUAUGAGUUACAGAGUUAGACACCCCAUCAAGAAAUAAAUGUUGCCGACUGCUUACUUCUCUAGUAAUACCAACUUCAGCAACAACCGCAUGAAAGCAAUACACAGCGGUCUACAUCUCCACACGCAAACCUCAACCAAAAAGCCACUCUAUAGCCACAAUUAAUGCUCAGAACAGCACCUAACUUCAUCAACAGUACAUAUAGAGUCCCAGCCAUAGUACUAGCCAUCAAACAUCUUUUUAGCUAAGCCUGGUUUCUUUAGCGAAGAGAUCAAACACCGCCGCUUGUUUGUGAGGGAGCCCUGAUGAGUCGAUCACCGAGUGCAGCGGAGUUUCACAGCUUAAGGAAGAACAUUUGUGAUCAUUACUUCAUGGAAAUGCAAUCAGAGUUCUUGUGUAUCUUGUAUGUGCACUGCAGACGCGGUAGUUCUUCUGCUUAAGCGUCUCGGUCUGAUUGCAUUUUCAUGAAGUAAUAGUCAUAAAUUUUCUGCUGCACUCAGUGAUGAACUCCUCUGGGCUCCCUCACAAACAAGCGGCUGCUGGAAGAGAGUGGGUGAGUGGUGUUUGACCAUAACUUAAAUUUACACUGAAAUAUCUUUUUAAGUCACACUGAUCAUUUCCACACACAAAAGGCCAACGAGAUGUUUGGAGAACAGUGAAAAAUUUUACUGCUCUGUACAGUCUGUUUACACGACAGGAAAGUUCCAGCUUUUUUUCCCGUCCUUUCUUCACCUGCAGAGGUUUUGUUUAAUACCUGGUUUCAUUAACACGUACCAAAGAAGCCAGGUUCAUGUGAGAACCUCUGGCUCAAAGCAGUGAGUGAAUACUGUUGCGUUUGCAGACUGCUAAGGCCACUUUCAGUUUGAUUGACAGAGACUAUUGAUCCCCAGCCGCAUGAUCCAGGUGUGUUAGUCCAACUGGAGUUCCAAUAAUGUGUUUACAUGUUUUGUAAAGUCCACUUUUAGUCAGUCAGUUUCAGUCGAAACCAAUUUCUCUGAACAACAUUUAAAUGUACUGAAUCUCCCUGUGUUAGGAGUCUUCACAAAUGAUUGCCUGAGCUUUUGUUGAUUCCGGUGGAUGCACCUCACAGACAGCAAACUGCUUCCUCCUCAGUUAGCCAGUGUCAGCAUCCUGUCUCAUGACUUGAUUUAAUCAAUCCCCCAUAGCCCAACCUAAUCAAAGGCAGUGCAGGGUGGUCCAUGACUUUAGGACAUAGCAUCUUGUCGAAGUAACAGACCUCAAACACUUACAUUCUGAUCAGUACAAGUUUUUUGCAGUCUUGUUUUCAAGAAUUUAAGAUGUGUAGACCUCUGUGACCUCAUAGUCGGUCACAGCCAUGACCAGAAGUAAUGAUGUUUUUAUUCCUUUUUGCGAGUGUCAGCCUGUGCAACUUUAUUACAGUCUUGCAUCACUAAAACUAAGGCUUUAUCACAACUCACCCAGACGUUUAAGUCUUGAACAGCUAAGACUGAAGGGCCAUGGACAUAUUUACAAUAUCAAAAUCCUUUCUCUUUCUCCUUCAUCCUUCUUUCUUGUGUUUGUGUAAGAGAGUGGUAGACGCUGCAAAGGAAAGUGUAGGAAUGGUCUCUAAAAGACCAAGGAGCCCGGUGGAGUUAUUGAAAUAUGGAGUGAGCAGCUGAAUUUACUCUCUAGAAGCUACAUCAUGUUGUCAUGUGUCGGUUUUAUAGAACAUUACUCAAAGUGUAAUUUAAAGUUUUGUUGUUAAACCAACCCUGAGCUGUAUAUUAGGUCACGUAUUGUCCCUGCACUCAGUUUCACUGGAGUGAUGCCUGGCUGUAACACAGCAGACAAUGAUAAAUUAUUUCUGGCACAAUACAGAAUAGAAAACAGCAAACAAUGCUGUGAAACAGGGCAAACAAUAUCACCCCUAUCAGAAUCCAGAUGCAGAAAACAAACUGCAAAGUGAGAACAGGAAGUACUAGAAGACUGUGGAGCGUAAGAAAACUGCAACUUGAAAUUGUAACCACGGAAGCAGCUCAAAUUCAAAGCCAAGCUGAUCCCCCUCUAAGAAACCAGGGCUCUAUUUUCGUGUCCGCCGGGGACACGGUGGAAGGUGGCGGACCCGCGCUGUGGUAUUUUCGUCUGGCGGAGCCCGGCAUACAGCCAGUUUGGUAUUUUCAUGGACUGAGGCGCAUCAAGGUCCGCCAAGCUGGGCCUGGUGGCGUGGCAGGGGGAGGUGUCGACAGAAUCAGCUGCGACACUCAUUGAGGGGCUGCCUUCUGUCGCCAUCAUGUGGCAUUUCUGUCUACAGACAUCUCUUUGACUACUGCACGAAAAUUGUAAUAUGCCUCGCUGGUGGCGAAUUUAAAGGCGAGGAGAGGUCUCAGCUGUGUUAAAUCCACUCCACGCCCUCUCUCCUCCCUCGCUACGACUUACGCGGCUGAGAGGAGCUGAGUUAGGGAGGGGGGAUACUUACGCCUGGCUGCGCCGCUCACCAAAAUACCAAAUUGUGCUUGGGAACGCCUUGUCGGCAUGGCGGACCUGACUUAUGCCGCGCCUGCGCCUCGUCUCCGGCGAAGCAUGAAAAUAGAGUCCCCAGUCUUAUUGUCACUGACGUCUGCGCUGUUCUGGAUCCGGGUCUUUGCUGCUGCUCUCCCUGCCUUGGCUUCUGUUCAAGCAGACAGUCUCUACGCAAAAAUAUGUGUAAAAUAUGUAUAAACAUGUUAACUAACUUGAAGGGUUCAAAUUGGAGAUAUCAGGAGGGGGAUUUACUCUUGUGCCCGAAGUACAUUUGUGCUGAAAAGUAGAAUAUUUCACAUGGUCUUGCCUGCAUAAAAUGAGAUAAGUUAAUGGGAGUGUUGUCCAUCUGUGUUUCCAUCAAAGAGAAAACACAAACAGACUAAAACUUAUAUUCUUCUGACAUAAAUCUGAUGAACCUGUCAUAAAAAGUGGCACAGCAAAUCAACACAAACCAGGGUGUUUUCAUCGUACGGCACUGUAAGCUAACCUCUGACCAGGCUGCUGUGUUUCAUCUAUGAUUUGUCGUCCUCUUUUAUCUAAGAACCAGACAGAGCUAAGAGUCAUGCUGUUUCACAAUAAAGGGAUCACUUUACUGCACUGCUUUCAAAAUGAAUUGUGUUUACCUGGAUAACCUGAGGGUCUGAUCGAACAGAGAGGAUUUCAUCAGCCUGAUUGACACCUUACAUAGUAGAUGCACCAGCACAUACGUGAAGAUAUGUGAAUAUCACAUAAGAGAAACAUCAGCUUUGAGAAACCUUGUGUUUGCUGUUUUUCUGUUGAACAUUUUGAACCAGCCCAGUUGAUGUUUCUUGUUUUGAUGAUAAUUAUGACAGAAGUAAUCAUCGCAUAAGGGGAUUUUUCAUUUGUUAAAUAAGGUUGUUCCAGGGCAAUAUUUCAGUUUGAUGGAUUCAAAUCACAGUAACUUAAUUUUAUACUGAUUGGCUAAUAAAUCAGAGAGGACUGAGGGGACAGGUGUAGCAUUACAGCUGAUACCGUGCAACCAAUGAAAUCCUGCACAAGCUUUAAACUGCACCGGCUGUAGACUCCAUGAUUUUAAUAAUGUCAGUAAGCACUAAAAUACCUUCACUAUGAAUCUGACUAAAUUAAAAAACAUAAAUAUAAAUUGCAAUUGCCCUUUAAGGAGUUGUUUACAUAAGUCACAGUAUUGUUUUUGUAGGCAUUUAGAGCAAACAGUGUUGUAGUCCUGAGUCCCCUUUGUUCAAGUCUGAUUUCAGUUAUAGUCAAUGAAGAAGAACCUGAAUAAGUCUUAGCCAAGUCCUCAUUUCCUGGUCCACAUUGAGUCCCUAUUACCAGGGGGAUUAUGAGGAAAACUGUUUCACUCCAAAUUACUACAAUUAGAAAUUUGAAGAGUAGAUCAAUAGGAAGUUGAAAUCCCUGUAAAGUGGAUAAAAAUGAGAUAUUAACCACCCAGCAGACAAAUUUUGGUGUAAAAAUUGACCACCCUAUCUUUGGGCUAGUGCAUGUAAUUUUGGUGUUUAGAGGCUCAGCGUCAAUCAUCUGUGUUUGUCUGAAAUGGCAGACCAUGGACCGGCGCUCUCUAAUUUUGAUUUUCAGUCAAUCAUUAGGAGCACAGAGACAGUUAUCUGUUCUCUGAGUUGAAUGCUGGCGGUGCAUGAGUCUGAGUCAAGUCAUCAGUGCUCCAUUACACAUCAAGAAAGUAAGGACUGGAGUCAGAUUACCACCCUUCAGUCCUAAAUCUUUACAGUGAUUAUAAGAAAAUGUGCGCCUAGUCAAAUCGUGGUGUUUGGAUGAUGGUUAAAGACUGGUUAAAAAAAAAGGCUUCUUCUGGCUUCUUGGACCUGAACUGAUGUUUUGUUUUUUGUGUUUUCAAGACUGAGGAGUUUUUUUUUCUGUGAUCUCUGGCCUCUCUUCUAUUUGAUUGCUCUGGUCUUACUACAUGCGGUUCAAACCUGGGUCAUGUUUUGCAUAAUGGUGGACUUGAUGACCAGUUGUGUGCACUCGGCUGCCUCAUGAGUUGACCCCCGGACGAGUCAUAAUGACCCCAAAGGCAGAUUGUACGUGCUCUGAACUUGAAGCCUUCACAUUGUGUCUUGUCACAAAGUUGUGUCAUGAUAAAUUCAUCCAGGUUAUUUGUUAUGUUUUUUAUCUUGUAACGUCACGACAUGUUGUUCUGGUCUGUGAUGCUUUGUGACUGAUUGAAAUUUAGAAGUACUGGAUGGACAAGAGAAACCCAGAGGUUCUCAAUCAAGUAAUAUUGUUAUAAAUGUUGUCCACAAAAGGAAUAUUAAAAUAUACACUCUAUAACUCUAUGGUGCAAUUUUACCGGCAGUGCUACUGUUAUAAUAUGACUAUAGAUGAGGAAAAUGACAGAUAUGUAAUAUGAAAUCAAUAUAAAGGGAUUGGAAAUGCUGUUCAGUAUUUAAAGGAACUAAAUAUUUAAAAUUAAAUCUAGAAAAAUCUAUUUAAAAACUUCAUCAAAAUGGACCACAUGACAUAGCUUAGCAUAAUAGAUGUGUCCAUCUCAUCUCAAAACACUUUAAUAUAUGACUCCAACCACAAUAUAAUUUACAUUAACUAUGGGAGCCCAUUACUCACAAUGACCUGAAAGAUUAUUCAAUAAAUAUUUGACAUAUUUAUCCUUGACCCUAAGGAAAAGAAUCUAAAUUAUAGGUACUCAUAUAGGAGGUUCACAAAUUUAGAUUAUGAAAUAAAAGCUUAAUUUAACCUAGUUAUAAAAAUAAGGUAAUUGUAAGAUACAAGGUCAUGAUUGUGACCAUGAUUGGGUAGACCAAUUAUCAGCCCAGGUCAACUAUCAUUGGCCAAUCAUCUGUACAACUGAUUAAAUUAACUAAUUUAAUAGGGACUAAAAGGUCCUAGGGCAACACACUUAACUAGCGAUAGACCGAUGAAUCUGUCGGUCAAUUGUAUUGGGCUGAUUAUAUCGGCUUCAGCCCUCACAAAGACAAAACCACCAGUAUCUCUCCAAAUGAAAAAAAACUCAAAUCUAAGAGACUAUGACACAGUCACUCAUCAAUAUGGGAGGGACAAAAAAGAGCAGUCUAGGAGACCAGUGGGCUUUGAAAUAAAGGUGUUAGUUUUAGACUCAAAGUCUUCAUGUGGAAUCAUAAUCAAUUUCCAAACUCUCUGAGUCACUCCAGAGUCAUGUUGACUGUAUCUUCCAAGAACACAGCAGCCCUAAGGCAAACUUCAGGGCAUCUCUGAAGGGCUUUGAGGGCUAUAUGAGGUCUUUGAGGCAGCCAGACAUGAGUCUUUCAGAAGUCUCCGAACAUCAAAGCCUCCCUGUCCUGUGAUCUGAGUUUUUAGGACUGUGGGAAUAAGAGACAGGAAGAGUUUAGAGGUCCAGUAAAAAGAUACCCUUGGUUUCUAUCUUCAGUAUCUUGCAAUAGAAGUUGAUAGUAAAUAAAAAAAAGUCCUUGUAAAUCCAGGAAAACAAUACUCAGUAUUCUCUGUUGCAGUGAGUACAAGUUACACAAAGCCCUCUCAGUCUUUUUCCCUUUUUUAAAUGGAUCUUGUUCAUCCACUCGUUUCUCAGCCCUCACUUUGUCCACAGGCAUUACAUUUAUUCUGUCAGCCUCAUAUGAAGCGUAAAUACGAUGACAUGGUACAUAGUCUUUUCCGAGCCUCUGUCCUCUUUCUCCCUCCCUCCUUUUGUCCACCUUUCCUCUCUGCACCAUGUGCUCAUGCAGAUUAGAGUUGGCAUUUGCCUUCAGCGUCCUCCUCUAGGGCACUGUGAGCACAAACCUACAUCCCAAACUGAGGGCAACCGUAGGUGAACUGAAUGCAGACUUGAGCCUGGUCACCAAGGAACUCUAAGCAGACAUGGCUCGACAUGCCAGCUCUCCAUAUUUUUACAACCUGAAUCUCCAAGCUCCUGGUUUUGUCUUGCUUAGCAGAGUCUGACAAAGAGUAUUGGAGGCUUUUUCUUUUUUUAGACUGAACACAGAAGUAAAGGUGCUUUAGUAGCCUGCAGGCUCUCAAGGUUUCUUUCUGCACUCAGGUUUUGAUUGCUAGCCCAGGGACUCUGGCAGUAUUACCAUAGUUAUCUUGCUGCACCAAACGCCUACCAGCCCUCAAAGCCUUCUGAGCUGUCUGUCAUGCCUCUUAAUUUGCAACAUAAGCAGAUGAGUUGGAAGGGGAUAAAAUACCUAAGCGGAGGCUUGACAGCGAGAUUUGGGUUGCAGACUUGCAACAGAAAGGUCACACUGGUGUCUAUCACAACUUGGUGCUCAUUAAUAUUCUGUGACACCCUGUUCAUGUACAAACUCGUGUUAUAUUGAGCAUCUUUUGAUGAUUUGAAAUGAUUUUCACUGACUCUUCUCUCAUAAUGUUUUUGCAUCUUUAAAACCAACUCUUGUUUUCAACAGUUUUCUGUCUGCUCGUCUCUUUCAGACUCUCAUGGGAUGGAUCUGUUCGCAGUUGCAGUCCACGAGUUUGGUCAUGCGAUUGGCCUGGUCCACACCUCAGCCAUGGAGUCCAUCAUGAGACCGUAUUACCAGGGUCCUGUGGGAGACCCUCUAAAAUACGACCUACCCUAUGAGGAUAAAGUCCGGGUCUGGCAGCUCUACGGUAUGAUUUGCCUUUCUUAUGGUAUGAUUUGCUAAAAGGUUGUGUAGCUUUUACUGCCCCAAAGCCUGUAUGCAAGCCCCCCCAAAAAACAUCAUCUAUCUAGGGUAAAAUGCACCACACACUGUGCAUGCAGGCUUUUUGCACAUGUCUGAGUGAGGUACUGUCCAUACAUUCAGGACAAUAAACAAACCUCACUGCAAAAAAAAACCCCAAAACAUUAAAGUCACAAGUACUGAAACUAACGAAACAAAAGGGACAUUUUGACCAUCUGCUUAGUGUUGCUGCAGAUUUUGUAAGUGAUGUCAUGUUCAAACGUUCCAAUUAUCAUUAACGAGUCCACUUCUGGAUGACCUAAAAUUAAUGCAUCUGUUCAAAAACACCAUGAAACUACUUUGACGUUAGAGCUGCUGCAGGCAUAAUUUUUUCACACAAUGACAGUCUGGAGCUUUUACACAUGACAGAAACGGCAGCAUGUUCGAAAAAUAAAUAAUAUUUUUUGACACAAAAGAUUAAACUGAAUGAAAGGAGAACAUUUAUUGGCAUUUAUUAGUGAGGAUAGCUUGUGGUUUGUACUUAAAAGAUGUCACACCCAUAGACUGUGUAUAGAGUGGAUGCUGUCUGCCUCCUCGCUGGGUGAAACCUUCAUUAGAACAGCACCCUCUGGUGACGGGCUGCAGUAUAAGUCAUAAACCCCGCCUCCUCCAGCAAUCCCUAUGGAUCUGUGGACAAACUUUAGAUAUUAAUUACACAGAUUAUAAUUUUCCUCCCCCCUGGUUGUGAUGUUGACAUGUAGUUAUUGUAAGACUGGUUUGUGCUCAAGUCCUUUUUUUUCUGUGCAGCACCAUUUUUAAAAGUUAUUAGGAGGUUCAUGUUUUCUAUGAUUGACACUUGAUACAGCCUAUGGGUGUACGAAGAUUGCAUAUCUCACCUGGGAGAUACGCUGUUUGAGCGGAGCGUCAUCACAGCGACUCUCCCGUAGAAUGCGCACAACGUUAGUGCGCAAGCAGUGGAGUGUGUACAACCCCACCAAACAUCAGACGUCAAAGAGACGUGCAGAUCGAGUCAGUAUUGGGUCGGUCCUUCAAAGACCACAUCUAGAUGUCAGUGCAACAUGCAAAAUAGGUUAGAAAUUUCAACGUUCAAAUUGUACCUUUUUUAGACAUCACUCUGAUGUUUGCUGACGUCUAGACCAAAUAUAGACAUCGGCCUAACGUGCAAAAUGGAUCCAAGAUUUAGAUGUCAUUAUUGGACCUCUUUUAGACGUUGAAAUGAUGUCCACAUUUGUACCUCAUUGUUGAAAAAAUAUGUUAAAUAGAUGUCAUUUCAACGUAGCAUUGCACAGUGGGUCACUCCUGCGCAAUGUUGGUUUAAAGAAGUGGAGAGAAAAAACUGAAAUACCGAGAGCUUUUUGGCUUUAAAUCCAUACACUGGCGGACGGUGAAACCAAGUUGUCUACAGUCUAUGUUCACAGCAGGUGUUUAAGAGAUAGUGAAGGGGAAUUGAAGUAUUGGCAUUCAAAUGAAAAUGUAUACCUAGAACUUAUGUAAAAAUGGUAUGUAUAGAGAAAGAUAGGGCUGAAGUGGAGAAGAAGGUUGCCUUUUAGGGGCGUGUGUAUGACAUUUAGGGGAAGUCUUUUAAGAUUCUAGGAAACUUUUUUUUUCCAAGUUUUCCUCUUCUUUUUAACUUUUAGUCAGUAUCUACUGAACAGAUUCUAUCAAAUGUAUGGUAUAUUAUGAAAAGGGCCUUUUUACUACACUACAUACUGGCUCAGUAAGCAGUUAAUUUUAUGAACAAAGAUGUUUUCAGCUCUCCUCCACAUCUGAUUAUUGCUGUGAAGCCGAGAACAUAUGUAGAGACAUGUUUUAUCCCUAUCUGCAUUCACAGAAUCUCUCUCUCUCUCUCUCUCCUCCACUGACCAUGACUCAUGAGCCUCUGCUGUAAUUAUGGGUUUCUUGGUGCAGUGGUGAAAACAGCCGCUCUCUCGCCACAGUUCAGCGGAGUGAAGAAACAGAAGCUUCUUCACACGGGAAGCUUCGAGCAAAGAGUUCUGUAGAGCAACGUUUUAGAUUUAAUGAAAACAUGGAUGUGUUAAUUGGACCUUGUAAUGGCAUGUGAACUAUAAAAGUAUCAUUGAUCGAGGAAAUGAAAGAGAGCGAUGACCGUGAAGAGAUGAAUGAAGUGUUUAGUGAUCAAAGGGAGAACAGAACUACACACAGUUGGUGCGACUGAUAAAAGAGAAAAAAGCAAACCGAGAAUCAAAUGAGUGUUUUUCAUCUGUUUGAUAUCCAUAUGAGCCGAUGUUUCAUUUCUUCAGGUGUCAGAGAUUCGGUCUCCCACACAAACAGACCAGGCAACCCGUCUCAGACAGCGGAGCCUCCCGUGCUGCUGGAUCUUCCUGAAAACAGAUCCACUUUCCUGUGAGUAGAGACAAAGUCUGGAUCAAGUUAAUGGAACAGAAUAUAAAAGAGAGCGAAAAAAAACUUUUUAUUAAGUACAAUCCUGCAUAAAAAGUCUGCUUUCCCUCUAUAAAAAUCCCCCAGUCUCCAGUUCAACAGCUUUACAUAUUUGAAAUGUGGUGACCUCGCAGGGAUGUGCCACGAAUUAUUGGGCGUCUGUUUUGUAAAUGCCAUUUGAUAUGGCAUGAGUCAGUAAUAGCCCAAGAACCGCAGACUAGAGGAUGUCAAUAAAAUAUCUAAUUUAAGCACCAGAAAUGACUCCUUUAACAAAGACUUGGCUCACAAAUACCUCUCUGUGAUUUGUCUCAUGGUUUGACUUGGCAAAGGCUGAUCUGUGAUAAACACCAGAAAAAUUCUGUUAAGUUUUCAUUAGUUAAAUGUGAUGUUGUUUCAAACUUUUCAAAGUUCCUUAACCAGGAGGAGAAAAUCAGGCUCAACGAUACAUACAGAGCCUGAUUUGGACGGGGCCCUCCGUCCGUGCUUCGCGUUCUUUUCAUCCGUAUUUCUGAAAGUAUCCUUGGAGUUUGCAAAUACGGCCCAGACGGAGUAGUACCACCGGAAACCAGAGGGGCAGUGUUGCUGCUGUCACUACCCGAUAUGCAUCUCUAGAGAGAAGCAAAGAAGACAAUGGCAAGUUGUCAAAUGCCCCGGCAGACAUCCUGAAGUAUUGAAAUUGAUAACUGUCAAUUUCUCUCAUUGGUACUACUAGAGAAAAGAAUUCUACGUCCUCCAACCACGAGGCAUUUAGUGGCCUGACCGACCACCACCUCCUCCAAUGCCGCUUCCGUUUCUGUCUCCAAAAUAUACAUCAUCACUAGCUCCUCAACAGUCGCCAUGUCUUUGUUUAGUUUGUUGUCAGAAACGUUUGACUCUGGACUGCCCCCUGAUGGAUGUAAUGAUUAUCAUCCAGCUAACAUAAAGGACACAUGAAAGUAUGUGGGCAGUGACGGAACCAUCAUUUGAAAUGGACACGUACAUUUUCAUAAAAAUGGCGAGCAUAAACGAACCUUUAAUCUGCCUUACGCAGGUGGCAUUUACUGCUUGGUAACCAUAUUGGAUCCUGUUAAAUAGAUAUGUCUGUUUUUCUGAUGGUUCCCUGCGUAACAUUUUAAUUAUAUUUAUUGUUUUUUCAUUUUUCAUACUUUCCCUCACGCUUACCAAAAAACAAUGUAAUGAACCCAUGAAGGAAUACAUUUAUUGUAAAAAGAUAUUUUUCUAAGCUUGAUAGGGAGUCAUGCGGUGCCAACAAAGCAAAUUAGCUAAGAGGUUGAGCUUGGGAGCCUGCCCGUCUAAUUAAGUAACUCCCAAAAGCAGGCUGGGCAGCCAUCAGCCUGUAGUUUCUCAGAUUACGGAGGAUAAUUAGACCUCAUUUUGUCCAUUUAUGUAUCAUUCAUGUACACGCACACUCACACUCAAACCCCCAAGCGUCGACCAUAAAGUGGCCUCUGAGAGGUCCAAAAAAAGACUUCAUAAAAGUGUCGUAAAUUGGAGGUCUGCGACUCAAACUCGUUUCAGAGACACGCACGUUCAACAGUAAUGCAGGAAAAUACAACCAGACAGCUCGGAGAAGGGUGUCUACACCAAACAGGCACUGGUGGGAUAAUGAACCAUCGUUUGUUCCUGGGUUUCAACUUUCCACAGCCUUCAUUAAUCAUUUCCUGCUGAAUCCAUCAGGUCACGAUGCGUGGAAAAGCUGGAUUAGGCCUGACAAGGGCACCUGUACUGGCCGAUGGGUGAUGGCGUGGUGUUAAUAGAGCGCUGAAUGGAGACCUUUGUUGGUAAAAGAAGGCCUGGCGGGCUCCCACUCCCAACCCUGUAGUGCUGAUAGCUUCAUCAUUUGCAGGCUGGCCACGUUAGCGCUUUAAGUCACCUAAAAGCCCCAGGGAUAAAUGCACCCGAAGACCUUGGCGUGUUUGGAUGAUGGCAUCUCCUAUUCUGUUUAGCCCGAUCCCUCUGAUUCAUGCAAAAGAAAACCCAGUUGCAGAGGCUGAUGGAAGCAUUAAAGUGGGAUUUAUAAAAAGCAAAGCAAGUGACAAACAGCCUUUUCUUCCUCUAUGUGAUAAAUUAUUUUAGAUGCAAGGUUAGUCAGCAGAGUACAGAAACAUUUUUGUCUCUAGUGUUCAAAAAUUUAAAGUGGUGAAGUCCAGUUUUACACAAGAGCUUCUUGUUUUCCUCUCUUUUUAAUCUUCUCUUCCUCUUUUUUCUACUCCCCUCACAUCUCUCUCAGGCUGGCGCGAGAUGCCCCCGACAGAUGCACCAGUCACUUUGAUGCAGUGGCCCAGAUUCGAGGGGAGGCCUUCUUUUUCAAAGGUACCAAGUCACAGAGGGAGACAGACAGACGCAGAGCCACAGAGCUGUGUGGGGAAAAAUAAAGCAAAAUUAGCUAAAUGAGCGGAAGUAAGAGGAGGGAAAGCAAAUUAAGGCUGGAGAGAGAGAGAGAGAGAGAAAAAAAAGAAGAGAUAAAUAGGAGAGCACUGGGUGCAUGUAGAAACCCAACUGAGCCUGUUGAGUCCUGCUGAGAGACUGCAGUCCAAAAAUUACAUCAGGCUUUCAUGCGGGGCCUCCGGAGGAAUGACCUGCAGCCUCACACUGACAACAGAAACAAGAGGCAGACUCCCAGUCCUUCAGCAGCAGCAGAUGUUUUAGCUAAGUAUGCUGAACUUUUACUGACAUUUCUGAACCUUUCUGAAUAUUUUAUACGACUUACAAGAGAUGACAUUAAAAGUUAAUAGAUCAUUGUUUCAAGCAGUUUGCCCUUUGCAUGUUGGUUUCUCAGACAUUUGAGAAAAUAUAAAUGUAGAUUUGAAGGUUCACCUGAGGUUCUGCCUCUUACAUAUGAGACGCUGUUAUUUUGCCAUUUUGAACCUCCUAAAUCAGAAUCCACGAGACACAGGACUCAGCUUGUUAUGAUUUAGUGAUUGUCUGAUGCGGAGUUUUAUAUAUUUUUCACACUUUUGAAAACUCUUUUUCACUCAGCCUUGGGCCUGAAACGCCACAUUUCUUAGAAAUAGCACAGCAAAUGGAAAAAACAUGUGAAAAGGACAAUGUAGAAACUGCAGCAGCAACAAUUCUUAUAUGUACUUAAUCCGAAUUUGGUAGGACCGAUAACAAAACCAGCCAACCUAAAACUGACUUUGACACUUUCAGUUCAAGUUUAUGUUUUACAAAAUCCCCAAACAGAUCAGGCAAUGACAGCAUAAACAAGGAUUAUCUUUACAGUGUCAGGUUACCUAUUUGUUACUGCAAGAAAAUCAAAAUGACAGAAGCUGCUGCAGCCAUGAUGGAUUCUACCAACAGUCUAAAUGUCACUAAACCACACACCCUGUCCUCUUCCCUCUAGGAAAGUAUUUUUGGCGACUUACACGAGAGAAGCACCUGGUGUCUCUCCGUCCGGCUCAGAUCAAUCGCUUUUGGAGGGGCCUUCCGACCAACCUGGACAGUGUGGACGCCGUCUACGAGAGGCCUGGAGAUCAUAAAAUUGUAUUUUUUAAAGGUAAACCCAAACAUGAUAUCAAAUCCUGGAGAAAGUUUCCAAAACCAACAAAAAAAAGUAGAGCUAGUUUAAAAGCACUUAAAGGGAUAUUCCGUCAUAAAACGAAGUUAUGGUCAAAAACACCGUAACACCAAGUUAGACACCCCCUUGAGAGAUGAAUGUUGACGACUGCUAUCUUCUCUAUUUUCACCAACUUAAGUAACAGCAGUCUACACUCACCCACUCUCCUCCAGCAGCCGCUUGUUUGUGGUGGUAGCCCUGACGAGUCGAUCACCAAGUGCAGCGGAGUUUCGCAGCUCAAGGAAGAACAUUUAUGAUUAUUACUUCAUGGAAAUGAUCCGCUGCACUCUGUGAUUGACUCGUCAGGGCUCAAUCCCCAAGAACAAGCGGCUGCUGGAGGAGAGAGGGUAAAGAACUGCUGUUGACCUGCAGACUUUUUAAAGUUUGAUUUAUAAAAACUAUGGGGAGGCAGUAUGUAUGGAAUCUCUACAAGAAUGGCGUGACAGGAUAUUGAAGGAAACAGUCUCUCUUUGUGAAAAGGGAAAAAUAAGUACAUCUAACCUAAAAAAGCUCGGGUAUAGAAUCAAGGACAUGUGCAACAAUUGGUAUAAAAUAUAAAAAAAAGCUUUCCUGGAGAAGAAUGUCUUAUAUUUGCAAUGUUACAGAAUAAAAUGUGUGAAUGUAUUUUCAUUUUGAGUGCUCUGCUCUUAGCCUCCCAUGUGUUUUAUCUGAAGUGCAGUGCAGAGUAUAAAACUACAAAUUGUGAAAUGGAUUUUCUGUCCACCCUCUUCAGGUUUGAAGUACUGGGUAUUUAAAGAUAAUAUCGUGGAGGAGGGUUACCCUCGCCCCAUCAGUGACUUUGGCCUCCCCUCUGACGGCGUGGAUGCUGCCUUCGUCUGGCUCCACAACGACAAAACCUACUUCUUCAAGGACAACCACUACUGGCGCUACGACGACCACCUGAGACGCAUGGACCUGGGUUACCCUAAAGACAGCACGCUGUGGAAGGGGCUGCCAACAAACGUGGAUGAUGCCAUGAGGUGGUCUGAUGGUGAGUGAGCAUAAAGACCUUUUCUUCUCACAUGUUCAACAAACAUACACUCAUCUAGCUGCUGGGAGGUGUUUUUUUUUUACUCCAGUGCUUUCUUGUCUAGCCCUUUCUAAGAGCACAAUGAUAGGCUUCAUAGUUGACUCACAGGUCUUUUUAACUUGAUAAACUUUCCCGUAGGGUAAAACCAGUCACUCUGCAAGGUUACUGAAUUUUAACCCCUUGAUAUACAGAUCCACGAUUCCGAUCUUUGCAGGAAACCAAAGUUGGGCAUUUAAGGAUAAGGUUGCCAUGAAGGUUAAUAAAUAUAAGGUUUACUUUGAGGUUUAUUGCAUCAGUAUGCUUCAGAACAUCAAACAUCAACUUAGACCACCUGAGAGUGAAGGAAACCGUGUCCAUGAUUGAUGCAUAUUUUUCAAAACAGACAGCAGGCGGCCUGGAAAGCCGAGAUGUGAGAGCAUGAAAGAGUUGGGUCUCUUUUGCCUUUGGUCAUGACUGAAAAUCAUCCCUCACCCCAUUGUCUGACUCUUGGUAGGACAGUUGGUAUUUCCCAAGGUGAUCAAAAUGAUCCGUCUCUAAAAUGUGUAUAUUCAUGUUAGGAUGCCAAUGACAAUGAUCUUUGUAAAACAGUCACAUUUAUGGUUUGGUUCAGGCGUCAAAGAUCUUUUUGUUUCUCAGGUUACAUGUUUAGUGGUAGGGAGGGGAAUCUCUUAUUCUAAAUGAUACUAAUAACAUUAUCAAGCCUCAGAAAUGAUUUGAGUCCUCAUUCAUACCAUCAUCUAGUCAAAUCUUGUCUGUUGACAUAAAAAUAUGUUUCCAACAGAACUGGCUUUAGUUUUAUUACCAAACAACUGAGUGUUUCUGGACAGACUGAGACGUUUUCAGAACAGAAUUAACUAGAGACGUUCUUAUCACAGACUCUCAUGGACUCAAUGUAAACACACUUUUUGUUUUAUAACAAAAUGUAUUAUUUUUGAUAGACUUCCAUUUGUAAGUGAGGAUAAUAAAAUAAAAGAGGGCACAUGAAGCAAACACCAAAUGAAGCAUAGUAUGUGCUACUUUGGUGAGAGAAAAGAGACAACAAACAGACCGUGACAAGGCUAAAAACCUUCAUUAGUUGCCGCAGUGAUUCAUGCAGUCCUGAUUACUUUGUCCCACCUCUCAACAGCAGAACUGUUCAGUUUAAAGCAGCUUGACACAGCUCACUGAGAAGGAGUUUAAGCGAACUGCUGUGUGUAGCAAUGAUAUUGAAGCAGUCCCCGUUUCAUCUGCGGCCCAAAACCCACAGGAUGCGUGUUGAGUGCGUUUCGUCAGCGUCGCGUGCUACGCUACUCUGCUAAAGAUACACACUGAGUCUAUUUUCAACGCUCUACGCUUUCAACCUGUCAGUCUCAACAGAGCAGAUAGCAUCAGACAGGAAGUCAAGCACAAGCAGGAUAUAGUAAUUCCAGUAAAUUUCAAAAUAAAACACCAUAUGUGGACUUCCAACUGUUCCAAUACUUCCUGGUUAUGGAUUUAUCAUUAACACAGAUCAACCCUGUGGCCAAUCCCUGAUCCAUGUGGACCACAACAGGACUAGAGAUGUUCCGAUACUUGUGCUGUGGGUAUCGGCCGAUACCGAGUACCAAUUUAAUACCAGUAUGUUAUUAAAAAUAUAUCAUACCAGGUCUGCAUGACUGUGAUGUGAUUAUCAUUAUGGUAAAGUUUCAGGUUAAACCCUUCGUAAAACACAAAUAAAUACAGCAGAUUCAAGCCAUUUAUUUUUAGAUAGAACAGUAUAAAAGAAAUGCAAUUUAAUUCAAUAAACCCAGGAGUAAUUAUGUCAAAAACAUUAAAGUGCAGCCACAAUAUUUUUUAAAUAAAAAGGGGAUUUAAACAGAACAGAGCUAAAGAAGCUAACCAGUAAAUAAAUUACUAAUUUAAUAAAUGACGUGGUAUCUGACUCCGGUACUUGCCAAUACAGAUGCCAUCAUUUCCUGCAGUAUUGGAGCAAUUCAGAACAACUCUAAACAAGACUUUUAGCUGCAAACAAAGCAAAGUGGAACAUUUUUUACCAAACACGAGUAAACCUGCAAAAACCCAAACUUAAAAAUCAUGUUGCUUGAGUAGAAGCUCAACAGUCAAGAAAAAUAUCCAAAUUAAUAGGAAAACAAUGACAGAAAGGCAAAGCAACCUAUUGUGAGCUGACCAGGGCUGAGCUACGCUGCUGCUACGCUCCAAACGUGCUUCCUGUGGACGAAGACGCGCGCUGUUCGACUGAGCUGGAAAGCGACGCUGACUAAAUGCGCCCAAUGUGCAUCCUGUGGGUUUUCAGCUGAAGAACUCUUCAUUUGGCAUCAGGUUGCUGCUCACUGUAUGCGGUCCCUUACUUAACAAACUGCUUGUUUGGCACUGUCAGCAUCGUUUAACUAUCAUUAAAACCUAAAACGCAGAGUAAGUGAAAGCCUUUCUCUAAAGCAGGUGAACAAAACUGCUCUAAAACUGUCUCACUGUUUCUUAACUCAAAAGAAGAGCUUUAAAGCGAGUCCCUCCUGAGUCUGUCUUUGUCUCCAUGCCUUGCUUGCUCCCUGAAGAACUUCCAGAGGUGAGAUAGUGAAGACGUCUGUUUCAGUAUUCCACAAAAUAAAUGAAUUAGACUAAAAUCCAAAAGUAAUCUGUCACCUAGAGUUAGGAGUGGGAGAGGAAGCCAGUGACAUAUUUUGACCUCCUCUGUCUUGAUUAAAAAUGGAUUUUAUACACAUUCUGAUUGAUUACAUUCAAUAUAGAUGACGAAUCACCGGUGCCUGUUUCUCCCAGUGAUAAAUGAUUGCAUUUGUCAGGAAGAAAUAGAGUUGUAACACUCCACCGGAGCAUCAGACCACUGGUUGCUCUGGGUGUGCUGAAGCCCAAGGCAAGACCAUGCAAUAUCCUUCUCAGGGGGGAUCCUCAAAGAGGAGGGAAUUACAAAAGAAAAAUGAGACUCAGAUGGUCCAAUUAUGCAAGCGAGCAAACGUUCAAGUUUUGGUUCAAGUUUUUUGAUCAGAUAAGUUUGAACCAACUUCUUAAGGGAAAUGAAAAACAGUGAAAGAGAUACGAGUUAGCUAAACAAUUACAUUUCAUCACCGGUGUUGGAGAAUAAUAUUCCUAUUACUGUAGGUCAGUCAGCUGUUGGGUAGAAGUGGAAGUGCAAUGCUCUCACCUUUUAGCAAGGCUGUAUCUGUGGUUUAAAGGCAACUCUCUACUACCCAGGUACAAACAUGGAGGCAUUAUAGAUGGCAUCUCAUGGUUCAAAAUUUUCCAUCAAGACAACAAAGAUAAAGAUAAAGAAGUAAAUCUAGGCUGUGUGUGGUGAAACUGGCGUAUAACCACAUAAACAGGAGCAAAAGCUGGGGGUUCUUGCUCUGCCGAUGUUAGCCACACUGAGCCAACCUGUUUGACAAUGUUCAUCCCAGGUUUCAUGAUCACAUCUUUGAGAAUUGGUGCUGAAUUUGAACUGUAUACUGAGUGUUUUCUUAACCUUGGACUAGUCUGUUAGAAAUCAUUUAUAUUCACAUGAAAUGUAUGUUUCCAUUUAAGACUUGGAGACUGUCUUUAGUGUGUUAGGAUCUCUUUUAAAAUGGAACAGUUUGGCAAUGCAGAAAGUGGCUCUGACUUUCAUCUUCUUUGUUUAAGACUAAAAUAUCUCAGCACUCCACUGACAAUGGUAACACGUGGCUCUUGUGUAAUGAGACCGAAAUCUAUAGUUUUGAGUCAAACAGCAACAAAUCAUUUAAGUUUAUGUUUCCCUUCAAAUAUGAACCGGCGAAGUCUGCUCAGUUGUCAAGUCGUACCAUCAUUUGGUCAAUAAGAGCCAAAAUUCAGAGUUCAGUGCCAAUCAGACAACGUUAGUAUACCAUCACGUCAAAGAUGACAUCACUUUUUAUUAGCUAAACUUGGGCUUACUGGCAUGUAUUACUGUUGGUAUGCUUCACGAUCAUGUAGUCUGUGUUAGAUCAUUUAAACUAAUGAGUGUUUUGGUUAACUUGCACAUGACCUGUAUCAUUAUUAUUGAAUAGAUAUUACUUCAGUAGAUUGAGACCCUCAACACGACAUUCAGCUUUACUUCUGAUGGUUUAUAAUGAGCAAAAACAAACACAGCAAAUAUAAAUCAAAAGUGAGGGGGUGUAUAUCUUGAAAAGCCAAAAGGGCAUAAAUUCAAAUUUAAUUUCCUCUGAGUUCAGUUGAAGUUUUUUCACUUGGCGAUAUGACACUACAGGAGUGAAAGUAUCUUAAAUUAAAGAUUUGGUUCCUUUCAUCCAGUGUACUCUGUCAUGGUAUUUAUUUUUAUCUUAUGUGAGUUUAUUUUAUUUUGGCACUCUCACUGGUUGUAUCCCUGCAUAAUAUUUUGCUGGCAGAGCUGCAGUAUGCAGAUUAGAGGCGCAUUUGCAUUUGAUUGUUUUUUUAAUGUGUCACAAUAUUUUUUUAACCUUUCUAUCUGUUAUUUUGACGUGGCACACAUGGCUUUUUCUUUUUUUUUUUUUCUUCCGACACUCUGCUCCACACGCACUCAGUCAAACACAUUCAGACCUUGGAGCUGGCCCAGUGUAAUCACAGCGCGCAGCUACACUGUAGCAGCUGAGCGUCAAGGUCAGCGACUGUUUCCAUUAAAGCAGCACGGUUACUGCACGAUAUAGAGAGGUGUUAAACUGUCAAAUUCCAUUUUUUCAAUUGACUUCCAGCAACUUUUGUUUCUGUUAGACUGUUAAAUAUGUUUGUUAGACUUCCGAUGAUUCUAGGACGUUUUCGCACUCAAAAAUAACCACAUUAGUCUCUGGGUUCUGGAGUUUGAACCCUGUCCCAAUCCCCCCCUACAGAAUGUAAGAAAGCUCUAUCUGUCAGGUGUUGAGUGCUCUGGGUUCUGUCUUCAUUUACUCAUGAGUGCAUGAGGGCAAUAACACCAUCCAAACUCUGCACACCCCCGGCCAUUAUCACUGCACAGCCUGGAGGGGUAAACUUGGAGCCCUGCAGAUACACACAGACCGUGGGACCAUGGGAACUGAAGCCACAUCAAAGCCUGGUUUUUGUUUAUUUCACCAACUCAGGUGAGAUAAAAUAAGAGGUAGCAACUGUAGAGGAGAGAAAGGAGUAAUAUGACAGCGAAAAGAAGCAAAGAAGUAUGGUGACACCUUGUUAUGACCAUCGAAAAAAAAGUGACAAAGAGAGAAAAAGAUGCAUUGAGCGGGAUUGAGACAAGAGGAGAAAUGGGGACACUUGAGGGUGAAGAAAGAUCACAAAGACGAGGAAAGAAAAGAAAAGAUAUUAGAAAGAUAGAUAGCUUGACUCAGAGGACAGAUAGAGAAAUCACAGCGACAGAAAAAGGCAGUAAAACUGUGGGGAAUGGUGCUGUAAAGGGAAAGAGGGGGCAUUAAGGAUAGUAAUGUGGCUGUAAUGAUUAUACUAAUCAUUGCUGCUGCUGGUGUGGGUGAGGCUCCCAGGAAUUGUUUAGCCUUUUAGUCAUAGCUUGUAAAAGGUAAAAACAGAGGAAAUGAAAUUUGGCAGGCAUGAAUAUUAACUCUGAGGAAGUUCAGCUCAGAGGAAGUUGUAACAGUCCAUAAUUUCAACGUGUUACCAUUGUUCUGUGCUUGUCGUUACUCUGAAGAUGAUGGUUCAUCACCAUCCGUUUCUGAAAAAAUGAAGAACAAAUAGUGCUUUUGUUUGUGGUAUUUCAUGGUUGUGUUAUAUGAUUGAAUCUGAUUAUUAAAAACCUCAGUUCUCAACAACAAAAGCUCUGCUAAGGUCAACAUGAUCACCAAAAAGUCCAGCACAUUUCACCUCUGCCUGUUGACACUGUCUACUAGGUACUGAUGUGAGAGCAGGAGGAGGAGCCACAUGCACUGUGAAGUUGAUCUAUGGUUGAAGCUCGAUUUGGGGAAUAAACUGGACUACAGUCUUUGUUCAUGUUUACAAGCACUGGACAAGAUUCAAAUCACUGAUAGAAGCAUGUCUGCCUCUGCUACGGUAGGACCCAAACCAAACACCUCUGGUCCCUGGAGGUAGCGGGUCGCAGGAACUGGAAUGAGUCCACAGUAGACACUGAAGAAGAGCUCCUUCUAAAGUCCACAGUCAUCUUCACAGUCUUGAGCAGGUCCAGCUCCAGGUGGUCCUACCACACCAGAGGAACAGUUGAUCCACCUUGGUCUGUAUGCAGACUCAUGACUGUGUCGGUGGUGUGGUGGAGAAGUUCAAGAACGAUUGUGUAGAACGCCUAGCUGAGUCCACAAACAGAAUCCGAGUGUAGGUCCCUGCACUGUUGAGGUGUUGCAGGGUGUAGUGCAGUCCCAUGUUUAUUGUGGCUGUUAUCUAACAUAGCUUCUUCCUCUUUGUAAAGUGUCUACAUUGUUGUCCGAGGUAUACUGAAACUAUUACCACAAGACACAACAGCACACAGGUGAGCGUGUUCCUUUGUUCUUUGAACACAGAGAUUAUUUAGAGUCAGGCUGUUAUGCUGCCACAAACACUUUGAAGCUUAAAUCUGCAGCUGUUAAAAAUACAUGAGCUGAAUACUCAGGGUCAAUAAUUACAGCUUGGCAAUAACAGCGAUUACCAUCUUAAAGCUGGCUAUUUUCAAACGAGUUUUUGUACAUUUUGUGACCUGUUUUUUACGACAUUGUACAGCUCCAGUAAAUAAACAGACUCUGGCUGUGAGAAAAACAACGUUGUGGUUUGGGGCUGUCAGUGAUUUGUUGAAGAGAAUAUUAGGACAGCCAUCAUCUGUGUUAUUUCAUCCCUGUGUUUCAGUCAGGCAUUCAAAGAUACAGCCCUGAAGAUCUGAUAUUAAUGAAAUCUGUUUGCCCUGUUCACUCAGAGUUUGUUUUGGCUCGAGAACUGAUUGCAGCAUAAGUGCACUCCUCAUGGUCAGGAAUCUUGAAAAGGUCUUUUCUGCAUCAUCAUCAUCAUCAACUUGAAGUGUUGGGUCUGUCCUCCGAUUCCCCCUCAGUGAAAUAAUCUGAAGACAAACUGUACUUCUGAAGUUGAUUCAGGAGUUAUUAGUCAGGAGUGGGUGACAUUUGAUAUGUAAUCACCACUCUUGACAGCUCUAAGACUCUUAGUCUCUGAAGAAUAGAAAGGAGAAUAUGAAGAAGAAGACAGAAAGGCUCUCAUCCCCGCGGGCCUGAACUUCCAAUAACAGUGAUAGAUGGAUAAGGAUGAGGACUUUGUGAGUGUGUGUACUCUAGGAUUUCCAUCUCUCUGAGGAUCAAGGUCAGUUCUAGACUUGAGGACAUAUUCAGAAAGUGAGGAAAUUAAGGUCAGUCCUGACUGCAGAGGGCUAUGCAGAGCUAUUUUGGGACCGGUGUUUUAUAGUUUAAGGAAGUGGGAGAAAUGAACUAUGUUGCUGUCGGUCCUCAGGCAUUUGGCUGUACAAUAUGGGUCUGUGAACUCCAGACAAUACCUUAUUAUAAUUCUAACAAGGUGUAGGCCUGCUUAAAUACAUCCUCAUAACUGGGCACAGGAAACGGACUCUUUUAGGAGUCAUGAGCGUUUAACCGUCAACAAGAAAACAUCAACACCAACCAUCCUUCAAGCGUUUUAUUGUCAUAUUAAGACAUCAGGAGCUCAGAGAAGAGCAAAAAACGGACUUUUCCUCAGAGUUCCUAUCAUGGCUCUGCUUCUUGGUUUGGCUACAGAGUAAAAGCAAGGCCAUACCUGAGAUAUUAAUAUGUGCCUGAGGUAUCCGAUCACAAGUAGACCACCUGAAGUACAUCUAAGAUCACCCCAGACUCUUUGGGAGGUCACUGCCAACUGAACUCUAUCUCUAUGGUGAUAGUUGCCAUGAGUGACAACCCUGUCCUUUUUUUAUUUCAAUACCUCUCCGUAAUGUCUAACGGGGCACUCACACCAAGCACGGGUAAAAUCAUCUACUCGCUUAAUUCGCGCAAAUCUAGACGAGUGAAUGAAUAAUAUUUACUCGCUUCAUUCGCGCACCAAUGAUAAUUUCAACGGUAAUCUCUGCCAAUUCAACUAUCGGGAUCAAGUGAUAGACAAAGGUCUUUUAGACACAGGGACCCGAUCAGUUUAUCCUCCAUUUUAGACAACACUGAACGACCUGUACAUCACCCAGCAACCUUUGUGCUGAUUGGUUGUCGCAACGUGAAUAUCCACUCAUGUUGAGACAUUUUAAGCUCCUGCCCGAUUUGCGUCAUUUUCGCUGCCAGAGCAGUUUGAGUGCCUAAUCGCGUCUUUACAAUGCAGGGCUCUCAAGUCUCACGCACUCAGCGUGAGACACACGCAUUCCCACCUGUUCACACGCCACACAUCGUAUUUCUCACGCAUUUAAAUGAACAUGGUGAUGUCCACCAAGUUGCACCUCUUUAAGUAUGGAACAGGUACGAAUCAACUGAGUUCCUCCGAGAGUUCAGAAGCUGCGUGCCACGCGCAAGCCAAUCAAAUAAAGUAUAUCUACUGAACAGCCAAUCAAAAAGCAGCAUUGCUGUAUCCGGGUAGAUUUUGAUAUCUUGCGGUUUGACUACAGGAGAGGACAGACACUCGCCGUAAUAGAGCAGGUUUUUAUAAGGACGAGAUAGACCCGAUGAUUACAGUAAGUCAGUAACUUACACAUGCAGAGACCUCAACACCUCAUGGCAGAUAAACUCAUAUGAUAAACUAAAGCCCUAUGCUAUUGCUAUUAACAGCUGUAUUGACGGAUUUAGCCUCCGUACAGCCAUUUCCAGCCAUUUUCCCCUCCACAAAAGCUGCAUUUCUCAUAUAUCUCAAAUAUAAGUUCUGAUACUCAUGACAGUGUAAUGCUCAUGUACCAAAGGAUUAAGUAUCUCCAUGUUUGUGAAACCUAUACUAAAGUACAAUUCAUCUAAAUGCUCCACAGUGCAGAUUUUAACAACUUUACGACUUAAUACUUAUACAUUUGUACAUCCGUUGUAUUUAAGAGAUAAUUAUACUAAUAGUUAUCUUCAACCCCCCCCAGGAAAUCUCACUCUAAGCUUAGUUCAAAACUUGAGAGCCCUGACAAUGACUUGACAUGUUAUUCAGUGGUGAGAAUGAUUUUACUCACUUGGUGUGUGGAGACAGUAACACUUUACAUUCACAAAUUAGACUGACGGUACUGUUCAGGGAUUAGAAAACACAGGAAGUAGAUGCCCGAGCUGAAUUAUGAAGUAUAGUCCUUUGUAGUAACGGGACAACAUUUCUACACUGCCGUGUAUCGUUGUCCUAACUUUGGUGACACAGUUAUCAAUACGCCAGCAGCCAGUUAUGGAUUGCUCACCAUUGUCAAAAGGAAAACGAAGACGACAAAAAUAUGAAGGGUGCUCUCAAGUCUGCAGAAAGAGGUAGACUUCAAGUUCCACAGUCUUACAUGAUCACUUUAUUGCCAGUGAGUGGGAUAUAUUGUGGCUGGAGCAGGCACAGGCAAACAGGUUAACAUGAAAACAAGCUUCUUUGUUUUUUUCCUGCUAUGCAAUUGCACAGUGGAAUGUGAAAUCCUACAUUUGGACCCCAGUAUUAUGUUUUGCAGUGUACGAUAUAAGGUGUACUUGUGGGGAAACCUUGAUCUGGUGAAAGUGUAAGAGGCCAGUGACAUAAGUCUGCUGAAGGUUGCAUGCACAUCGCUGUAAACCACACAACUAUAGAGUAAGAUCAGCUUUUGUGAAACCACAAUACUGCAAACAUUUUGUACCACAUUGUUACUGUAGUCCAUGACAGUCAUCCUCCACUCCACGUGAGUCUAGGUUGUGUGUUUUGCACUAUUAUCAAUGAUGAGGAGUGGAUACAAUUGAAGAAGAACAUGUACCAUAGAGCAGAAACGGAUAUCUUGGUCAAAUUGACGUCCUUGGUAGCUAGAAAAUCUGAAAUCCAAUGCUGAAAUCCUUUCUUCUUUAUUUCCUUUUCCUCUGUUUUGUCGUACUUUCUCCUCUUUCAGUACGUACUGUAAAAUAAUUGUAGGCUAGAACUUUUAAAUUACAGAAAAGUGUUCAAUUACUCCCUUAAAGAAAAAUAUUGCCUGUGGAGUUCAUGGUGAGCGUCAAGGCCAUUUACAACAAUAGAUUAUUCUAUACCUCCCUGGAGGCCCGUCACCUAUUUUUCAUGGAAUCAAUUAAAUCAAUUACUAUCACAGUUUCCAUUCGCAACAAUGAAUGAGCCACAGCACUAUCGCACACUUACUUGAUCUUAGAGUUCAGGGUUUCACCAGCUGAUCAGGAGACGCUGAGCUACAUUCAAGACUCAAUUUCAGUAAAUUACAGUGCUUUCAUUAUGAAUCCUUUAUUUCUAAUAUCAAAUUAUGCACACAUCAUUUUUCUCCUCAAAACAGUCAUCAUGUUUUACGCACAGAAGCCAGAGUGCGUGUGGUUCAAUAAUGUGCGAUUAUCAUUUUCAAUUCCGUGUUUAUCACUUCUGAUUAGAACUGAACCUUUUUUUUUUUCUUUUUCUUUUUCUUUUCAAGUGAACACGUUUAAUAUUGGAGGCUUUGUUCCUGCAAAUUGCCAUUUUCAUCUUGAGUACACAGCAUUUGGUUUUGUGCUUUUUCUCUCCAGUGCCCAUGUGGUAUUUCAAUGACUCUAAUUAACUAAGAUACCCUGAAGUAAAAGGACAGGCGCAGUAAUGGCGAUGUCAGUAGCAAUCAACUGACACGGUGCAAUUACAGUGUCAGGGAAGUCCAGGAGGCGUUACGCACAUACGCACACACUCGCCUCAAAAUAGUUGAACCCCCUUUUUAUUGAUCACCUCAGUCAGAUUUAAGAGUUCGUCUUUAAAAUAUUAUUUUUCUGCUACCAAAGCAACAGUCAUAGCGUUGUAGAAUCUGCAGAUCCCUCUAAUACUCUGGAAAGAUCCUGACAGAAACGCUCCCUCUCUUCUUUGUAUCCAGUUUAAGGAUGAUUUGUGUAUUCUCUCCUGCCGCUGCUCGCUUAUGCAGGUGCUCAAUCUUGCAGCUAUCACGAGCAAAGUUAUUGGCUUCAACUCAGCUAUUCUGCGCACCGUCCAAGUGUAUACAGGAUGCAUCCGCCACCUUCAUUUUGGUCCAGACCAUCCAUCAGAGUUUGUCAUUGAAUCACUGCCAUGUCACGGUAACUAACAGCCACUGAAAUAUCAAAUCUAGUGACAAACACAUAACUGCUGGUAAACACUGAUGUGUGCCAGAGUAGCACACAUUUAUUUCAUAAAGAAAGAGGGUGUUGAUUUUCUAUCUGAGCAGCCAGUUCUCCCAACUAUGAUCACGUUGUUGGUCUUAGACUAAUAUUUUCAUGUGGAAGUAAAAUACAUGAUUUAUUUUUACAUCUUUGCAAAUUUGGAUGGAUAUUUUAUAUAUUUUGCUGCCACUCUAAUUUUGGGCGGAGGUCAAAUCAAACAGGUUGAGAACUUAUAAUGGAGUCAAAACGAAACUUACUGUAUGUUAUCUUACUGUACGUCUGCUACAUCACCGGCUUAUGUUUCAAUGCAGAUCCAGCAAAAUGAUUUGGGAGGUAAUUCAAGCUACCUAACCCCAAAAUUUCCACCGCAUGGGGAUGGGCGGCGAAAAGCUGUUGCCGCUGAUCGCCGCUGAUUGUUUCGAUUCAAGUCAAUCAGUCAAAUUCCGCCAGCUUCUUUCUGGCCCCCCUACGGUUUAGCGGGCUUCAUAGCCGAUCGCCAGCAUUCUAUUUUUUCUGGACACCUCAGCAUGUGCAUAAAUUUAGUUAAGAUUAGCUCGUGCUGGAAAAGAAGUUGGGCACAGACACAAAAUAAAACAUCCAGCUUCUUUUCAAAAUAAAACAGUACAUGUUUCUGCCGGAUCGUAUUUCACACCAUGCAAACAUGUUUUGUUUUAUAGAUAAGAUAAAUGGGUAACCCUUUCUUUUACGGUACACUUAUUACCCGGUAAUUAACAAGUAAUUACCUAGUAACAACAUGAAAUGAUCUGGUAAUUACAUGAUAACUACUAAGUCAAUACUGUCUAGUUUUUCUUUUUUUUGUGCAGCUCCAUUUUCAAAAGCUAUUAGGGGUUCUUAUUUUCUAUGAUUGAUGGAAGGUUACCUACCUGGUAGCUAGACAGUAUUGACUUAGUAGUUAUCAUGUUAUUACCAGAUAACUUCAUGUUGUUACUAGGUAAUUACCUGUUAAUUACCUGGUAAUAAGUGUACCGUAAAUGAAAGGGUUACCGAUAACUAUUGCACUAAACCAUGGUUAAUUCCCAAUUUUUUUUUAAUUUAAUUUUAUUUAUUAAUUUUUCUAUUUCUUUUUUUUUUUUUUUAUUUCCCUUCGGGGAUUAAAUAAAGUUUAUCUUAUUCUUGUUCUUAUUCUUAUCUCCACAAAAGUGUCUGAUCUACUGGUCUGGACAGAGUGAAUUUCCUCCUCUGGAAGAAGACAAUCUCCUGCUUACAUGGUUAUGUGGCUGCCUUUUAUAGAGACAACUCAUUAGCGUGCGAUUGCAUGUGAAUUCGCGGGUUCUUGUGAGUCCUGGCGAUUCCGCUGUCCGAAAAUCACCACAAAAUACGCCUCACAGACGCAUCCGGUAGGAAUUGGCGGACUGUGAAAAUUGCUGCCGUUCCGCAGCGGUGACGCCCCGUAUGUAGUGGAAAUUUAGGGUAACAGUAGGUAAAAAAAAAAAAAAAAGUCUGCAGAUUUUAAUUAAAGCUACAUCUCUUUGUAUAGCAGACAUAAGGCUUCACGUGCCCCCUCAUAUGUACCUUGUUGUCCCUCCCUGUCUUGAACAGCUGCACUGUGGGUUGGUAACAGCAGUGUGUAACUAAAAAGCAUAAACAGUCUGUACCCUGGAUCACUCAUUCAUGAAAUUAAGGUCUUCAGUGUUCUACUACUUGUGGGCCAGUUGUGUAUCCCAGAUAAGAGCAAAGAAAAUCCUGCGACAUUAGUGAACCAAAAAACAAUAAAAGGAGAUAAAUCCAUUAAAAAUAGGUUGCGGUUACUUUAAGGAGCAAUGAUAUUCAAGUUUCCACAAAGUUUGGCUGCAGAACAGCAGAUUGCUCAUCCAUUGUGGGGAUGAUGAGCAGUCAGCAUCUCCGGCUCUUGCUGCACAAAUCUUCCCUGCAGGCUCUCAUCCUGCCCACCAGCUCAACUGCUAAUAAAUCAGCCCCAUGCGAGUUUAAAAUUAGCCAGUAAAAACCUCUGCCACACAUUAUUGCAAUAUGUUGCUAUCAUUGUCAAACAUAUUUCAAAAAUACAGAGUGGUUAUAUAUACCAGCACUAAAAGCAGCAUUGGAUGGACUUGAUCUUGUGCAACAUACAAAGAAUCUCUCUGAUACUUCUGUCUUUUCUUUUUCCUCUCAACCUAAAAAAACUGUUAAUGUUUAUCUAAUUCAGUUAUUUCCACUCAAAUACUCCUUUUUCAACAUUUACUAAACAAAUUCAGGUUUAAACAGGCUGUCAGAACUGUUUUGCCUUUUUCAUCCUGUUAUAACUCACCAUGUUUGUCGGAUGCAGUGUGGGGUAGGCGGCAGCAAUAACUAUUGUGCGAACAGGCAGACGGUGUUUCUGCUUGGAAGACUGUGUUACUGCGCCCUUGUGUAUUUGGCUCAUAAACUUCAAAUUGCAUGCUUAUUCCACGUGUGUGUGCUGCUCAGCAUGUAGAUGUGGUUGUUUUUGUGCGGCCACAGUGAAGACGUUUAUUUAUGAUAUGAUUAUGAAUGUCAUUCAUUCAUGCAGCUGUACUUGACAUUCAAAAAGAAAAGAAAAUAGAUCUGCUCAAUCUGCAGAGAGAAAAUCUAACCAUGGCAGCAUGAAAGCAGCCCAAUUCAGCCAGGAAUCUACAAAUCUGGAGACCCUGCAGGAGGAAUGCUCUUCAACCUCCCCCUGUCAACGCUAAACAGUGGAAUAGCUGAUUUUCAAAAGCUUACCACAUGGUGUGCUUUGAGUUACAAGGCUGUAUUUUAGUAAAUUAGACACUGAUGGCACGGAGCUGUAUCGUUCUUCUUUGAUAUGCUUUUUCUCUCCCACUGUCAACAUUUUGCACCUCUCAGGGGGUACUAGAUUCAAAUCUGCAAUGUUGUUCUCCGUUUUAAACACAUAGACACACUUUUACAUUCACACACAUGCACACUAAUACCAACCCUCUUCUCUCUCCCUGUAGGCUCGUCCUAUUUCUUCAAGGGGAAGGAGUACUGGCGGGUGCCGGGCAGUGACAUGGAGGUGGAGGCAGGAUUCCCCCGCCUCAUCGCUAAAGACUGGCUGCUGUGCACAGAGAUGCAGUCAGACUCUCCGGACACAGAACUCAAAAGCACGGGGACAAAAGGCAACGUGCACCACCAUCCCGACCACGCAGAGAACGGGUACGAGGUGUGUUCCUGCACCUCUGACACUGCAUCACCUUUAGGCGUCCGUAUCUCCCCCUCUCCCCUGUGGCUGCUGCCACCUCUCUGGACGCUCUCAUUGGCCCUCCGCUCUGAACUGCUAUGAUGCCAAAGCACGGGACCAAGUUCCUGAGCUGACUGGUGGAGGGCCACGGGACUCUCAGUGGAAGCAAAAACGAGAACAUUUUGUUCUUCUUAUAUCAUUUGGUAUACUUUGGCGCUUAUUUUGCUGUUAUUUAUUUGACAUGUGGUUUGGUGGGCACUGCCAACUGACGUAGUCAUCCUUGUAGGCAUCGAAACACCCACUAGGCUUUACAGAGUUUUUAAUGAAUGGUCACAGUGCUUCAUCUCUGCAAGGAAACAGCCUGUUGAAGAGAAAUGUUAUUUGUCCAAAUAUGCAGCAAGUUUGCUGCGACAGUGACUCAAUUACAGACUAUUUAUAGGGGGCUCAGCUGGUGAAACAGGGACAGCAUGCCAACAAAUACACUGUUACCAAUUUAACGUCACAUUACAGGUGCUUUUUCACAGGGUACAUUUCACAAAUUUCACCAAAAAUUUACCAAAAAAUCAUGUUUUAACGCCCGACUUUAGUGAUAUCAAGCCAUUAGGGCUGGGCGAUAUGGGAAAAAGUUUACCACAGUAUAUAUUUUUUUCAUAUCAGUCGAUAUUGAUAUAUAUCAAGACAUAAAAAAUGAAAUUUUCAGUGCUUACUGGUAGCGUGUCUUUUGCAUCAUUGCGUCAUCUGCAUUUCUGCCGUGGUAGCACUCAUUUCUUUUUUUCUGUCGUCUUCACCUGUUAAAGUGCUAUGGUUACGUGUAGCUGCAGCCUGCUACUACGCAGCUGUUUGCCACUUGGUUCUAAUUCAGCACAUGAUUGGUUCAGCGCGAGCAACUCCCCUUUUCAUUGGCUACUCGUAUGGUUUACCCAAACAAGGCAGAAUGCCGGCUAUCAAAAAGGUUAUCAACCAUGUUUUAUAUCGAUAUCAGGAGGAAAUUAGUUUCUGAUAUUUAUAUCAUUGUCAUUUUAUCGCCCAGCCCUACAAGCCAUGGUUUAAAACAGUCUCUACUUCAACCCAAAUACAGUGGAAAUGAAAAUAUUUGUAUUUCUCGUUUUUUAACAAACACUCAAUUUGAAAUCCUAUUUCACAACCCAACAGUAUGUUUGCAAAGAUAAUGUCAGAGUGACUCUGGAUCACCCACUGAAGGAACGGUUGAGUUUUUUGUCUUAUUUCAAAGUAGUGCUCGUGAAAACUGUCUCCAACAAAGUCCACAGAUUACCAAGAUAACAUCCAAACUGUUUCUGAAGAGACAGUUCGACUGGAUUCGAAGUAUUUUCUUAUGUUGUGCUCCACCAUGUUGUCUUGAGAUGUUGCAGAAACUGAGGGCAUGAAUAUAAAUCUGCCUGCAUGACAGGAUAGAACGAAAGGUAGAUGUGCGAUUUAGAAGCUGACCUUUGACAAACCUUAGAGGCCAUGGACACAGACAUAUAAACAAACACGGACACACACAUCUAUCCAUCGACUCUAUUUUGUGACUAGCUUGGUGUUCUUGCAGAAAAGGUCCAAACUUUUAACUGUGAGAGUUGUAAAGAUGGAAAAAUAAGCCUGUAGAUAAUUUCAAUCAGCAUCUGUUUUUUCUGCACAAAUCCCUCAAUUUUGGUUCUAAUCUUAUCUCUGCUCUUAUCUUGUCGUUUUCACCUCUGGUUUUGGAAGCAUUCCCCGCUCUUGGUUAGGUUGUAUUAAAAUCAGAAGAGGCUAUAAUCCUGUUAAUUUUACAUCGCAGGUCAUAGAGUUUUAAAGAGUCUUUUUGUGACUGCUGGUUGUUUCUUUGAUCAUUCUUAGCUACUUUGAAAGCCAAGGGUCACAAUCUGGCUCUUGAUUUAUUCUUGCUGUAAAGAUAUAUUUACCUAUAAACUGAUAUAUUUGAGUUGAAAAGUUCCGCAGUGAUUGCAGAACCAAGUGGACUGUGUAUAUUUUAAGCUGUGUUUUCUAAUGUAAAAUAUUUUUGUAAAAAAAUGAUAAUAAAAACGAAUCUGAAUGACUC